AGCAGAAGAGGCGGGAAAAGAGCAGGAGAGGUCGAAACGCGGAGCGCAGGGCGAGACGCUGCAGGAUCAGUCCCUCCCACUCCCCCACCUGCAAGGGACUCUCGGUCCGCUUGGCUUUCCCGCCCUAGCGGCCGGAAUGGGGGACGGCAGCUUGGAGCAGCCCGUUAACGGGAACAGCUGCUGCUCCUGCUCCGGCAGUUCGCUGGGUGAAAAGAGGGGGGAAUUCCAGCGCCGAGGCUGAGCCCGGGAAAACGCGCGGAGGGACGGCGGCGCGCGCGUGCGUGUGGCGAGGCCAGGGUGCGCCAAGGCGGGAAGCCGCGGCUAGGGCUCCCCCGAAGCGGGGGGGGGGGGGGGGAGGAGGAGGAGGAGGAGACGGCGGCCACCGCCAGCAGCAGCGCGGAGGAACAGGGAAGCUCUGUUUCCCUCUGGCGUUUGCGUCCGGGAAGGCUCCUCGCUGCCAGUUCCCCACUCCCUGGCGAAGUUUUCCAAGGUGUGGUUUCAAAGGGCAGCCUCCCAUCCCUCUGGCGCUCCGUGCCGGGCUCCCGCUGAGCCCCAGGGGAAGCAGCAGGAGGAGGAGGAGGGAAGGAAGGAAGGAAGGAGAGAGAGGGAGAGGGGCGUUCAGAGCGGACCGUCUGGGCGCGCGAGGGCAGCAGCCGGGGAAGGAGGCGAAGAAUGCGGGGCUGCUGCCUCCCAGGGCGGCGGGACGGCGCGCUCCGUCGGCGGGGGGGCGACAGCCCUUGCCGCCUCCUCUGAGCACGCUCUGCCCCUCCGCCGCCGCCACAGGUGAGACGGACGGGCGGCUGCCUUUGCCUGCGCGCCACGACGGGGGCGCUUUCCUUCGCGCGCCGCCGGAAAAGACUUCCAAGUUCCUCCACCUGGAGCCUUGCAGCCUCAGCCGCCUCGGAAAGGAAUGGACGGCCAGACGUGCGCGGCACCGGCUCGCCUCCCUCCUUCCGGGUAAGCAGCACCCGCAGCCUUUGCCGUCUGCUUCAACGCGCGCGGAAGCAACGCAAACCACCCCCCCCGACCCCCACCCCUUGCAAGCCUCUGCGGCUGAUCGAGCAACUUGGCUAAGUUGCAACAAGUUGCCUUUCUGGCGCGCUCCGCCUCCUUUUCUUCUGCCCUGGCCAAGAGGUCGAGAGUUUCAAUAGAGGUGGAGCGGGGUGGGUGGGGGCGUUUGUGUUUGGGGUGGUGGUGGUUUUGACUCGACAGAGACCUCAACACGUGAAGAACGUGCUCUGUAGAGUUGCUGUGAUCAUAGAAUCAAUGAAAUGUAGAUUUGGAAGGGACCCCCUAUGGUCAUCUAGUCCAGCCCCCUGCAAUGCAAGAAUCUCAGCCGAAGAAUCCCCGACAGGUGGUCAUUCGAUCUCCAAGGAAGGAGAGACCGCCAUGUCCCAAGGGAAACCCGUUCGGCUGUCGAACAGCUCUUAGUCGAACAGGGCAUUUCCUCUUUGGAUUUAGUUUCUGAUUCUUCCUGACAGUUUUGGGUGUUCUGUUUGGGGAUUGCAGUUAAGACUCGCCGGAGUACUUCUGAGUAAGCAUGCUUGCUUAGACUCGCACUGUAAGAAGCACGUAUUUCAUACUCACGUUAUCUAUCUAUCCAUCUAUCUGUCUGUGUGUGUAUCUCUUAAGCAGUGUAUAGUAUACACGUUUGCUUGGGACUGGGAGCAGGCUGUGGGGCAUUUACUUUGGAAUAAGCAGAUCAGGACUCAAUGAAAAGGCAUAAAACCAGAAUACCCAUUUAAUGUUCCACGGUGCACAUUUCCACAUCAGUGUGCACAGGAUUGCAGCCUGGUUUUGUGAGGUUGUUUGUGUGUGUGUGUGUUUGUUUUUUGCAAAAGGCGUUCUAUGAUAUAAUGGAGAGCCAAUCUGGUGUAAAAUGCUGAUAUUUUUCCUGUUAUAUUUAUAAAAAGUUUGUGUGUGGGAGAAACCCAUCCUUAGAAGUAAAAUACAAUGUGGAAACACUUGGAGAGGGAAAAGGGAGGGGAUGUGGACAGAGUGUUCUGGUGAAAAAAGAAUACACCUUGCAAGGCACCCUGUUCAGAUUCAGUAAAUACACCCAUGGAGGUCAGGUCAACUUAGCUUCAUAAAAGGCAAUUGUUGGGCUCGAGCGUUUGAAAGGCAAUACCUGGGAAUGCUUAGGAAUCUGCACAGAGUUUGAAAAUCUCCUUGGCUACGUAGCAAACCAUCUUUAGCAUGUAUGUGACUGUGAUGUAGAGUUGAAGGGAAAUCUCUCUGAACAGGGAAAGUAUAUGUGGGGUGUUAGUGGAGGGAACAGCUGUGCUUCUAAUAAAGAAAACCUUAAAACAAAAUCAAAAAUGCAAUUUCUGGCUUGUUACAAUCUAGUAGUGCAAGGAAGGCACUGCAAGAAUACCUCAUAAGUGCGCUUUAUCUUCUCCUUAUCGUCCUUUGGUUACUGAAAAGAAAAAGUCACUAAACUGAAAAGUUGGAACUCGCCUCCAGUCCAUUGGAAUGGUUAGGUUCAAUCAUGCUUCCAAGGGGAAUUAAGGGUGAAUGUUGUUCCUGUGUCUCCAGUUCUUUUCACUUCCUCCUCAGGGGCUGCAUCUGAAGAGUUAACAAGUGUGCUGACUGUACUUAGCGUUUGUGUACACAAAAUAAAAGAACAGGUAGUUCAGCACAUGGCAGCUUGACAAUCUGAAAAUAUUGUUGGAGAUACUCAGCUGCUGGCCUUGUCCAAAGAAACCAGGAGCAAUGUAGCCAGGCUAAGUAACACUCUAGUCUCUUCCCCAAGGCAUUUCAUUGUUCGUUUUUUGCAGGUAUAAAUGAGGGUGUGUGAAAUAGAGUACGCCGCUCUGAAAAUAAUCUAAUCUGUCUUUUGUGUCGGGUUUGUGUGCAAGUAUAGUGGAAGCACAAAAGUGCAGAUUUCAUUUUUCCCUGUAGAUUAUGAUAGGAAUUUACUUUAGCAACAGGCCAGAACCUGUUCUUUCAUAUCAUUGUACGUUAAUAUGUCUUGGUUAUAGGCAGGAAAUCUGUUGGGACACCAAGCCUAUUUUAAAAGCUUAAUUAUGUGGAAGAAAUAUUCCUUAGUAGUCUGGAUUAGCUGACAGUAUUGCAGAGAGUACUCGCCGUGUCUGCGAGCCAGAAAGAGAAGUUGGAAAGAGAAGAAUGGGUCUGCUUCUUGUCUGUUGUCCAUGCCGAAGCACAGCAAGUAGGGAAACUGUAACGGAAGAAGAACAAAUCAGAACUCAAGUGCUGCUUGCUUUAAUAAUGCGAACAAAGGCUGUUAAAUAAAAACAAGACAAUAAUGCAAAACGCAUGUGCUGUGGUUUUGGGAUCAGGGCCAAAGGAUGUAAUGAACACUCCGAAGGGACAUGAAGUGGCUCAACAAAGUGAAAAGGCAUCUGCCCCUGAACAGUUCCUGGUUGGUAGACCACCUGCGAACCAUAUGGAAGGCUGCUCUGAGCUCCAUGGAGGGAAGACUAGGGUAUAAAUAGUACAGAUAAGUGGCUGAUGGGGUGUUUUUUUGUUUCAAGGCACCUGGUGCCUCCUAGCAAACUUCAUUUAGGUUGAAGUCCCUCUGCUUUGUGUGUGCCCCUUACUUUGAUUCGGAAUGGUGGGAUAUCCUUUGGCUUUUCAUAGGACUCUUAAAUUUACAGUGGUACCUCGGGUUACAGACGCUUCAGGUUACAGACUCCGCUGACCCAGAAAUAGUACCUCGGGUUAAGAACUUUGCUUCAGGAUGAGAACAGAAAUUGUGCUCCGGCGGUGCGGCGGCAGCGGGAGGCCCCAUUAGCUAAAGUGGUACCUUAGUGGUAACUGUUUCAGGUUAAGAACGGACCUCCAGAACAAUUUAAGUUCUUAACCCGAGGUACUACUGUAUACCUCUGGGGUUAUGGUUUAGACUGCCUACAGUCUAAAUUGUUUUGAAAUGUUUUUAAUAUGUUUGUAUUUUUUAUUGUUUUAUUUUUAUUUUUGCUGCCCUGGGAGGAAGGCCAGGAUAGAAAUUUAAUGGAAUAAAUACACAGAAAAGUCAGCUAUAAACCAAGUGACCUUUGUUAUGCCCCAGUUCAUAUAUUUCACUUAAAACAUACGUGCAUUUCUACUCCACUUACUCAUAAAAUGUCUUAGACAUGUCAUUUUUUGGGGAAGUGCAAACAGAUUGUUAUUCCAUUUAGGAUAUGACCGAGUAGCACUCUUCCAGGUUUUGUUUUGCAUGCUGAGGGUCUCAAAUUCAUUUACCAGCUUCUCUGGGUAGGGCUGCGUGAAAUGCAUGUCUAAAACUUUGGGAGAGCUGUUGCCAGCCAGAGUGCAAUCCUAGUACUAUACAGGUUUCCUCAGAAGCAAGUCCCACUUUGCUCAGUUAAGCUUCCUUCUAGGUAAGUGUGAAUAGGAUUAUGUCGUCAAAGGCAUUUCAGGAACAAUACCAAAGAAAAUCCCAAAGAAAACAUCAUUGUCUCUCUUCCCUGUACGUUUGCUUAUAAAGGCCACGUGCACAGAAGCAAAACCAAGGUAGCUUUGCUUUAGGGAAGGAUAUGCCAGUGGAUAUCUGCUGUGGGGACUAGGUAGGAAAUGAUGUGAAGAAGAAGAGAAGAAGAGUUUGGAUUUGAUAUCCCGCCUUUCACUCCCUUUAAGGAGUCUCAAAGCGGCUAACAUUCUCCUUUCCCUUCCUCCCCCACAACAAAAACUCUGUGAGGUGAGUGGGGUUGAGAGACUUCAAAGAAGUGUGACUAGCCCAAGGUCACCCAGCAGCUGCAUGUGGAGGAGCAGGGAAGCGAACCCAGUUCACCAGAUUACAAGACUACCGCUCUUAACCACUACGCCACACUGGCGUAGUGAGUGAAUGAGCUGAAGCAUCCCCAAGUUAGGAAUGUCCUUUAGGUGAAGUACAUUCAGUCCCCUAAAUUAGUGUUUUCUGAGAUGUGCUGUUAGGGAGGUAUGCUUUGAACAAGAUGAGAAAACCAUUGUUGAGGUCACCUAUAGCCUUUUGGUGACGAUAUCUGUUCCUCCCCUCCCCCUCCAUACUCUAAAAUGUGGUGUUGAAAAGGAAAUAUUUGCUAACUUUCAUAUCCAUGUGGUCCUCAACUCAGUGUUGUGUUUUCAUUUGUUUGGGGCUGCCAUAGCGACCAUAGGAAAUACUGUAGAUAUGGGGGGGGGGAGAGACCCAUCCGUAUACAAGAUCAAGUGACUCAGCUAAGUUCCCUUGCUAAGUCAUAAAUGAGUAACAUGUUGUGUAUUUCUGGUGUGAGGUUCAGCCCUGGUUUGUAGUAGCUUGGUAUCCACUAAUCUUUAUUUCCCAUAAUUAUUAUUUUUUAACUGUUGGAAUUUAACUGGUAAACACGAUCCACUGAAACAUUUUAUUGCAGCACAGCAGUUCCCACGCCUCCGUAUCUGAACGAGGUUACUGGAAAGAUUGUGUAAUCCCCCAAAGGGGACAGUGUUUGUAAUAGUAAUUUCCUAUGAAUGAAUGAAUGAACAACACAAUGAAGGCAGUCUCUUCCAUGAACUGAUGUUCAUAUGUUCUUAGAAUGGAUGUGGCAGUUAAACCCCACGCUAGCUGAAAGCAAUUGAUUUUUGAAUGAAAUAUGCAUGUGCAUUCCUUUAUUGUAACAUCAAAAUGCAGAUGCUACGGCUGUAAACAUCAUCUGGAGGCUGGAAUGAGAAACAGUAGGGAUCAUAUGACUGCUGACAGGAGCAGCAACUGAAAUGUAUGAUGCGAUGCCAUUGCAUUGCUCAUUUCUCCAUUCCACUUUAUUAGCUUCUGUUUCUGGGGGUGGGAAAAAUUCAUGGUGUGAUGAAGUCCUAUCACAAGGUUUAGUUUCUCGGAUAUUACUGGGGAGAGAAGGGGAGGAAAGAGAUACGGGGAAACUGCUUUAGAGGCAGCCACAUGACUUCUGUUGCAUUUGAUUUUUUUACUAUUAAGUUGCAGAAGUACACUCCCCACAUAGCCCAAGUAACUUCAUGUUUCCUAGCAGCUUGUUCAUCCUACCACAAGGCUUUUUUAACUGAAGCAGCAACUCUCCUGGAGUUGGAGAGAACAUAGGGAACAAAUAUGUGUUGCACUUAAAUCAUCCUAGUUUCUCUAAGUAGCGAAAAAUAAAACAGUUUUAAGGGCAGUGUGCUAAGGUCAGUGUUCUAACCACCUUUUCCUCCUUUGGCUCAUUCUUGACUCCCUUGCCAUCUGAAGGUACAGUUACCUCCCUAGUUCGUUUGCUGCUUCUAGCGUUUGAAGAGUUAUGAUGAUUGUUGUUGUUGUUGGUCUUAAUGUUUUCAGUAGUGACAUACUCCUCAGAUUCUUUUUUUUUUUUUUUUUGGUAUCUGUUAUUAUCUGUGUGCCUUUGUUCCCCUGAAGUUUGUGUUCUUUGCAAAAAGCCGUAUCCUUAUGAUGAAAACAAUAUUGUAUAGAUAAUUACAAAUUGAUUCAAAGCUGAAUAAAAUGCACGGAAAAGCACACAUAGGUAAAUAUGUGAUCUGUUUUGCAAGAGAAGUCGGGAUAGGAUCAGUAUAAUUGCUUGGGAAGAUUGGCAUUUCUCAAGAGAAGUGGGAGGUGGGACAGAGGAUCGCAUGGUUCUUGCUUAUGGAUUUUACCAUACUGGAAUUCCGUUCUGCUUUCAUUAAGGUUCAGGUUUUGUUCUUUUGUUUAUGUUCCCCACCCUGAGCCUUUCAGGUGGGACAGGCUAUAAAUGAUAAUUAAGCAGGAACGCUAUUGGCUUAACUCUGGCUACAAAAACCCAGUCCAAAGGAAAAUGUGUUAAAAUGGCUUGAGCUUUGGCCUGUCCGCAUGAAGACGGGAGGUGAACAGCUGUGAGGCAGACACUAGUCGUCUUUCUUUAGGGAAACCCUGCUCUGAAAAACAUAUACAAACAGAAGAUAUUGGGGUGUAUGAUGUUGGCUGCCCUUGUAGCAUAGUGGUGAGGCAGGGUUUCCCAAACUUGUUGGGAGGACUACAAUUCCCAUCAUCCCUAGCUAGCAGGACCAGUAGUCAGGGAUGAUGGCAGUUGUAGUCCAGAAACAGCUGGAGACCCAAGUUUGGGGAAACCCUGGGUUAGAGUGUCAGACUUGGACCCAGACCCCCAGGUUCAAAAAUUCUGUAAGUCAUGAACUCCAUUGGAAGCCCUUUGGUGAUUCACUCUCUCUCUCAGCCUACGAUACAGGGUUGCAGUGUGGGUAAAAAAGAGGGCAAGAACCUUUUAUACUACUUUGGUAUUUAUUGAAGAAGGGACAAGAUAAAAAUGCAGUAGUGAUAACCAUAACAAAGAUUAGAGAAGUUUGUGUAACAAAUAUUGAGAAUGGAGAGGAAGAAUGAUCUAGUGAAAUUCUGUAAACCGGUCCUUUCUGCUGCAGCUAAAUAAUAUACAUAAAAUAUAAUAAAUACUUUUGCAUUUAAGCCAUUUGUUUCUCAUCCCCGAAAAGAAUGCACUAGCUUUUUCUGUGCUGCAGACCCCCUAAAUUUCACUAUUUAUUUGCCUGAAGAGGGGCUAGCGAACAUCACAGUGCAAUUUUUUUAAAAAAAACACCAGUCCGACCUGAAAGAAUACGAUUAUACAUUUUAAGUUGGCUGCUCAGAAUCAGGUUUAAGCACUUCCCUUUCUCCUGCAAAAUUGUUAUGCACUGCAGCCAGUUGAAAUUUAGAAGAUGGCUGUAAACUGCAGUGUGUGAACGUUUCCUUUGAAAAUAUCUGUAGACAUAAUUCCAAGCGGGCAGUUUCAAAACCCAGUGUUUAAUUUUCUUUUAUUGCUUUAUCAUGGAAGGUGCUAAGAUGACCUCGUGGUAAGGAGGGUGGAAAGUGAUUUUGGUAGUUGUAGUACCUCUUCUCUGUUCUGAAACUAAGCUGGCGCCAAGUAGGCCUAUGACGCAGGCCUGUAGUGUUUUUAAUCCUGCUGUGUCCAGGAAUUGGUGUGGUUCCUAGUAUAGCUUGCCAGAAAUCCUCAUUGCGUGUUUGAAAUAUCUUCAGUGCUGAUGUUGUAGCCUUUCACCACUGGAGAGUGUUGCUGUGGGAAGCAGAUCAAGGGAGCUUUUGGGGGUUGGGGAAUGUAGCUACCAGAGUGGAAAAAAAAGAUGUGUGGGAAGAUAAUGUGCACAUGUGGAGCAGAAACAAGGGUGUGCAAGUAGAAUUUAGCUCAAGAUGAAUGCUAUCCUGUCAGAAGUCUAUAAACAAAUGAUAGGGCUUAUGGAUGACUAUGUGUUGAAGGUAUAUUUUAAGAGAGAAAAGAGGUCCAAAACUUGAGAAUAUUACUGAACAUGUUAUUGUGUAUAUGUGUGUUCUGCAGGAAAAUAUAAAUGCAUUUGGGUGCUUUCUGUAAUAGUAUGGUGCUUUUAUUCUUAAGUUUGAAAACAGCUCUUACUGCUAAGCAUUUUUAUACUUGGAAAAACUGUUUUGACAAUUCGGUGUUGUGAUUUUGUUUUAGGUGUGAAAACAGUUAGGAAAUUUAGAUAAUUUAUUUAUUGUCAUUGUCCGUAUAUACACAGUAUACACAACAACGAAAAUCAAACACCCACUCGAAGACCGGGUUCACAUACACAUUUGCACGUAUCUCCAACACUCUCAUCCUAUUCAGACAUAAUCUAUAAAAACAUAUCAUACUCCAGAAUGUAACAUAACCUAUUAAAAGCAUAACAUAACCUAAAAACCUGUCUCAUUCCUUCCUACUCCCUGCUUGCUAUUCCUUGCAACUGGCCCUGAGAUCAUUAUUUAGUGCAAUCAGAGCUCUUGGAUAGAAACUAUUCAGAAGGCGUGUGGUUCGUGUUUUCAUUGUCCUAUAUCUUCUGCCCGAAGGCAACAGUUCAAAGAAGUUGUGAGCAGGAUGGGUGGGAUCUCUCAGGAUAUUGUGUGACUUCUUCAAAGUGCGAGACGUGAAGAUCUCAUCCAGGGUUGGUAGUUGGAGCCCAAUAACAUUCUGGGCAAUUUUAAUUAUUCUCUGUAAAGCUUUUUAUCCGUUUCAGAGCUGCUCCCAUACCACGAUAAUAUACUAUAUGUUAAGACACUCUCGAUGGUACUGUGAUAAUAGGACAGAAGUAGGUGCUGAGAUAGAUUCAGUCCCCUGAGCAUUCUCAGGAAAUACAACCUCCCCUGCACCUUCCUCACAACCAUAUUAAUAUUUACAGUCCAUGAGAGGUCCUCAGAGAUGUAAGUGCCCAGGUAUUUAAAACUACCAACCCUCUCCACCUCCUCGCCAUUUAUGUGCAAUGGUAAAAAUACGCUUUUCUUUCUCCUAAAGUCAAUUAUGAGUUCUUUGGGUUUUUUGGUGUUAAGCAUAAGAUUGUUUUCUUUACACCAUUGAAUUAACCCCUGUACUUCUUUCCUAUAAGCAGUCUCAUCGUUCUCACUAAUGAGCCCCACCACUGUUGUAUCAUCCGCAAAUUUGAUGAUUGUGUUGGACUCAUACAGUGGGGUGCAAUCAAAUGUGUACAGGGAAUAGAGAAAGGGACUUAGCACACAUCCCUGAGGGGCUCCUGUGCUUAAUACUAGAGUAGAAGAAUAGUAAGGGCCCAUUCUCACUGUCUGCGGCCUAUCAGUCAGGAAAUUCCUUACCCACAGACAGAUCUUCUGAUGUAUACCCAAAUUGGUCAUUUUAAGAAAUAACCUGUCUGGCAGAAUUGUAUUGAAGGCAGAACUGUAGUCCACAAACAACAGCCUUGCGUAGGUUCCCUGUCGUUCUAGAUGACUCAGUACAGUAUGGACAGCGAUGGAAAUAGCAUCAUCAGUAGAUCUAUUUCUUCUGUAUGCAAACUGGAACGGGUCUAGAGUGGAUGGAAGACCAGCCUUAAUAUGAUCUAGCACCAAUCUCUCAAAACAUUUCAUAACGACAGAUGUUAAGGCUAUUGGUCUAUAGUCAUUGAGAGAUACCACCACUGACUGCUUGGGGACUGGCACUAUAAUCGAUGUCUUCAGGCAGGUAGGGACAGAACCCUGCAACAGGGAUAGAUUAAAAAUGUCCGUAAACACACCAGCUAAUUCUGCAGCGCAGUCCCUAAUAGCCCGUCCCAUGAUUCCAUCCGGUCCAGCUGCCUUCCUAAUGUCAAUGCUCCGAAAGGCACGUUGUACGUCACAGGUCUGUAAUAAAAAUGGUUGUCUAUCAGUAGUAGUUUCUGAUGAUGUGCUGGUAGCCAAUGCUGUAGUGACGGUAGUUCCAGUUCCCACCUCAAAGCGACUAAAAAUUGAUUCAGUUGAUCAGCCAGGUGCGCACUGCUGCUAGCCAGUUCGUUUUUAAUAUUUUGCCCUGUAAUUUGUCGCAGGCCUUGCCAUACUCGACGAGGGUCGGAGCUCUCAAAAUGUUUUUCGAUCCUCCGGCAGUACAUAGCUUUGGCGUUCCUAAUGCCCUUUUUCAAUUUGGCUCUGGCUUCUCUAUACUGUUGCGCAUCACCAGAGUGAAAAGCAGCAUUUCUUGCCUUUAACAGAAGAUACACAUCCCUGUUUAGCCAGGGCUUGUUGUUAGGGAACACCCGUAUUUGUUUGGUGGUAGUGACAACAUCAAUGCAGCUUUUAACGUAGAACAGUACUGUUGAAGCGUAUGUGUCCACAUUAUUCUCCACAAAGAGCGACCACUCGGUGCUCCGAAAGCAAUCUUGAAGUUGCUCAGAUGCACCUACUGGCCACACUCGUAUCUCUCUAGUUGAUGGUCUAAUUCUGCGUACGAGAGGUCUAUAUGAUGGUAUCAUAAGUAAAGAUAUGUGGUCUGACUGCCCCAAAUUGGGCAAGGGCUUGGUCUUGUAUCCAUGCAUGAUGUUACUAUAUACUCGGUCCAGGGUAUUUCCCCCCCUAGUGGGACAAUCAACAUACUGGUGGAACUUAGGGAGCACAGUUCUUAAAUCGGCUCGGUUAAAAUCACCAGCAACCACAAAUGCUCCAUCCGGGUGGGCCCGCUGCUGUCUGCUAAUAGCAGUUAGCAGGUGGCCCAUAGCUGUAGUAGUGUUUGCAUCGGGAGGUAUAUACACCGCUGUUAUUAUAACAACAUUAAACUCACGUGGCAAAUAAAAGGGCGGCACUUCACCACUAGGUACUCCAAGUCAGGAGAGCAAUGCGUGUCCAUUUGUUUGAUGUCCGAGCUCCAGUUGUUAUUUAUAUAAACGCAAAUUCCUCCUCCUCUGCUCUUCCCGGAUUCGGCGGUUCUAUCCGCUCUAAUUACUGAGCGUCCUUCUAGCUGCAGAAGUCCCUGUGGAAAGGAGGGAUCCAGCCACGUCUCUAGAAGGACCAUAACACAGCAGUCCCGGAUACUUUUCUGCCGAGAGGUAAUAAGUUCCAACUCCUCUACCUUGUUGGUUAAGGAUCUCACAUUUGAUACAAGGAGACUUGGCAAUGCAGGCUUGUGGGGAUUUUUACCUAGCCUCACUCGUAGACCAGCCCUGCAACCCCUCUUCUGCUUGCGCCCCCUCCGUUUUCUUUUCUUUCUGGCAAGGAGAGCAAGGGGAGUUACCCAAGAAUGUGCAAAAUAUGGAGGCUCUCUGAUAAGCUCAGCUGGAAUGUUAUAGGUUGAGACCUCCUGGCUGCAACCUUCUCCUCUGCCGAUACUUAAGAGCUCUUGACGACUAUAAAUUACUUGUGCCUGAGUAUUCACAGUCCCUAGCAGCAAUAAGUUCACAAGUAAAAAUAAAACACAAAUCACUGAAUACCGGUCUUCGGAGUGCCGAGCCGCUGCAAGUGCUUGCGCCGCCAUCUUAGAUCCAGAUGGAAUCGGUAAAGAGCAAGAACACCAUACUAUUACAGAAGGCAUAUUAAAUGCAUAAAUAUACAAUAAAGCAGUUAGCAAUAUGUAAAUCUGGUGUGCUAGUAUUGCACCCAUAGGCAAAACAAUGCCCCUGAACAGCACUGUGCUCUUAGAUACCUUCUGUCUCAAUAUUUUGACCCUUACCCAGCCUACCACUGCAUCCAGUCGCUGGCUUAAAACAGUCACAGACUUUUGGUUUGAAACACAAGGUUCUUCUUAUUCUAAGUUUGAAACCAUACUGGACCCUACUAGCAGCUUUACUGCUAGGAGACAGUCCAUCUCAAAACAAUCUUUCCAGUGAAAACUAAGGAGUUGGUUUUCUUUGUGCAGCCUGUUGAGGCCUAAACAACAUUUUGGAUAAAGUCGUCGACCAUUUUGCGUGGGGGUUCUGUUCCCGGCCACCACAUGCGUUGGUGCAGCAUGUAUAAACGUGGCCCCCCUGCCUCGUUCUGCUCUGCCCCUGUCCUACCUUCUUCCAGAUCCAAAAGGACCUGUUCAUUGACAACCACACGUCAGUUGGAUGCAUCUAAAAUGGUCACCGCCUGUACGUGUAGCAUAAAUCUGCAUCUUGAAGGCCUGUGUUUUGCAUGACAAAAAAGAUGCCAGCUUUGAAAAGAAAAAGGAACAACUGCUACACUAAUGCAUGAGUAAGCAUGCCUGGUAGGCAAUGCGGGUUAAAGUAUUUAGCGCGUAAGUAGUUUUAUGUCAUAUAGAUAACAGUGGCUAUAUGCCAGUUGUUUAUAUAUAAACACUGUUAUAUUGUGUUUUUUCUUUAAGAAUGAUCUGAAGGUUCUGCGGCGAUUAAGGGAACAAUCUUCAUCUAUCUGGGAGGUGUUGCCCUAGGGAGCCUGAAUGUUUGUCAGCUGCUGAAUAUGAUGAAAAAUUGUUUUCUUUUGUUGAUUUGGCUGAGUGCAGCAGGACUCUCAUGAACUCUUAACAAAAAUUAUACUGAGAACUAUGUGAGAGAGAACGCUUCUUCAGCAAAUUCUUAAGACUUGUGAAAGAUUGCUGAGUAAUAUCUGCAUUAUUCUUUCUUAUUCAUAAACACAAUUAAAAUGCAGUGGACAAGAGUUUGCGAAUAACACUGGGGCGUGUUUGGCAUUUGUGGAAAGAUUUGUGGCAUUGCGAGGGAGGUUGAAACCUGGCAGAAGGCGAGGCCUUUGACAGGGACUUUUGCAUCCCACAGUAGUUUAAAUCCAACUCUGGUCCCUGUAACCUCACUUCUUGCAGUGAGGGAACCGCCAGGAGGUCCUCAGAGCUGGAUCUGUUUCCAGAAUGAACGAUGGAGGUAUACAGGGCUGAAGCUGUUUAGGGCUUCAGCACUUUGAAUUGCGCUUGGAAAUGUACUGGGAGCCAAUGUAGAAGUUUUAGGACUGGUGUUCUAUAUGGUCCCGGUGGCCGCUCCCAGUCACCAGUCUGGCAGCUGCAUUCUGGAUUAGUUGUGGUAGUAAUAGUAAUAAUAAUAAUAAUAAUAAUAAUAAUAAUAAUAAUUUAUUUAUACCCUGCCCAUCUGGCUGGGUUUCCCCAGCCAAUCUGGGCGGCUUCCAACCGAAUAUUAAAAACAAUACAGUGUCAGACAUUAAAAAUUUCCCUAAACAGGGUUGUCUUUUAAAAGUAAAAUAGUUGCUUAUUGCCUUGACGGGAGGGUGUUCCACAAGGCAGGUGCCACUACCGAUAAGGUCCUCUGCCUGGUUUCCUGUAACCUCACUUCUCGCAGUAAGGGAACCGCCAGAAGGCCCUCGGCGCUGGACUUCAGUGUCCGGGCUGGAUGAUGGGGGUGGAGACGCUCAUUCAGGUAUACAGGACCGAGGCCGUCGUAGUUUCCAAGACACCUUCAAAGGGCAGUCCUAUGUAGAGCGCAUCAUAGUAGUUCAAGCAGGAGAUAACGAGAGCAUGUACCAUUAUGGCGAGACAGUGUGCAGGUAUACCAGAUGCAGAAGAGCCUGCUGGAUCAGGACUGUGGUCAACCCAGUCCCAACAUUUGUGUUCUCACAGUGGCCAAAGAAGAUGCCUUUUGGGAAGCCCAAAAGCAAGACCUGAGCACAACAGAACUCUCCCCUCCUGUAGUUUCUAGCAACUGGUAUUCAGAGGCAUAGUACCUUUGACAGUGGAGGUAGUACAGUGGUACCUCGGGUUACAUACACUUCAGGUUACAGACACUUCAGGUUGCUAACCCAGAAAUAUUACCUCAGGUUAAGAACUUUGCUUCAGGAUGAGAACAGAAAUUGUGCGGCGGCAGCGUGGCGACAACAGCGGGAGGCCACAUUAGCUAAAGUGGUGCUUCAGGUUAAGAACAAUUUCAGGUUAAGAACAGACCUCCAGAACAAAUUAAGUUCUUAACCCGAGGUACCACUGUAUAGAGAAAUCAGAAAUGGUCUCUAUAGUAUCUCAUUAUGUAGAAUAUAAAUCACAAUAAGGCAGUGAGUAAAUAUCAAAGUAAUGGAUAAAAACAAUACAUGAAACAAUCCAACCACAGAAAAGUGUAAAACAAAUCACAAAAUGUCAAUUCAUAAUUGCUCAAUAACAAGGGCAGUUCAAAACAACUCAGAAGCCUAAAAUAAAACGGUCCCUUCCAACAGGCUGUACAAGAAACACCCAAUUAAUUCAUAUUGCAAUAAAACCCAAGAACCAUUAGUAUUAUUCAUAAGCUUAAAAACUGCACGAUUAACAGCCUGUAAGACAAGACCUGCCAUUUGCCAGGGAGGUGGUGGCGAAUCUUUGGAAGCCCAAGAUGUGCUGGAUGUUAAGUAAUCUACUUUGUUAGUAUGGGAAACGUGGCUCAGUCUUAUUUAAAAGGCGUCUUUGAACAGCCCACAGAGCAGUGUGAACAAUGCUUGUUCUGUAUUAGACUAACAGAAGCUGGGCUCUGACAUUCCUUAAAAUACCAGUGGCCGAAAGAAUUUCUGAUGUGGCCUGAUGACUUACCCAAAUUCAGCCUCGAUUAAAUUAGAAACCUAAACAGUGUUGCUUUAAGAUGCAGUGCCGUUUUGUUUGUGUGCUUCUGUGGAAGACUGUGACUUUUCCUUUUCUGUUAAUAGUGGUGCAUCUUAAGAACACUUGGAAUUGUAACAAGAGAGCAGUGAAGGGUCUGGAACUCUUAGCCAUUUCGGUCCUGAGUUUUGUCUUCUAAGUACAAAGAGAUUUUGAUUUCUGAUUCGCGCUCUCUCUCUCUCUCUCUCUCUCUCUCUCUCUCUCUCUCUUAACUCAUCCUAUAGAAUAAGGCAGCUUCUCCCAACCUGGUUCGAUCCAGGUGUUUUGAACUACAGUUCCCAUCACCCCCAGACCAUUAGCCAUGUUUGGCUGGAGCUGAUUAUAGUCCAAAGCACUUGGGAAAGUUUAAAAAGACUAGAAGAAGGCAGCUGAAGCUGAGUUAAUGCUUGCAUGCCCAUCGCUUGGUAACCUAAAUGACCAAAGAAACCAGUGCAGAUCACCCUAACUGUCAGAGUUUCAUAUCAUCUCCAGUACAUUCCCCUACUCCCAACAGAAAGAGUUCACAUGUUCAGCAUGUACAUGAGUCCCUGAGUGGUGUAGGAUAAACCAUGUACAUGCACAUCUGAAUUAGCACAUAGACCAAAAACAAAUCAGAAGAUGAACGUAGAAGCGGAUCACAAGAGUUUCCAUGGUUUCAGUCUAAAUGGCUGUAUUGCUUAGUUUCAAAUAUUCCCUGCAAAUAGUCUUGUGUGUGUAUGUGUCAUCUGUCCCUUUCUGACUUGGUUGUUUUUAAAAUCAGAAUACUUUCCCUAACUUUCCAGCAUAAAAAUGUCAUCCUUUUAGAAAAUAAUCAUAUGCUCCUCACAAAACGUAUUAGAAAUAUACUUCCUGUUUGUGUGCCCAUUGAGUAAGUAAGCAAAAGAUUAAGCAAGCUUUGGGAAUCGUUCGCCAUAAUAGGUUCAGGUUCAGCCACUAAUCUUACCAGAAAUGUGGUGGGAAGCUUGCAACAGGCUCUUCCUGUUGUACAGAUAACAAUGAAUAUUGUUUUCUUUGUUGUCAUUGCACUGACUUUCACAUGCUUUCAAUUUAAAUUGUUUGCAGCUGUUUUUCAAUCAGAGUUAAAUCAGACAAUUAAAGAAGGGAGAGGAAUACCUGAGUACCUCCCUAUUGUUUAGCACAGCGUUGCAAGUUUACCAACUUUUGCAAAAGCCACUUAAUAUGUUUGAUGUUUAGGUAGACAGGCAGAACAGAUCUGAUAUUGCAGAAUGAUGCAGAUUGUGUCUUUGCUUAGCUAUGUCGUGUAAUAAUAGGAGGUGUGUGGGUGCUUUUUAUUUUUUAACUAUUAGGUGGGUCAACAUUUGUGGCCUAGGGAACAUAUAAAAGUUAAGUGUGUAGUAUCUCGGCCAAUUCAGGAAAGUGAUUUUAAAAUCUCCCUUGCGUUGUUGUUCCCUUGCUCCAUUGCUCCCUUGGUUUGUUGCAUGUCAGGUGCAGCAAACUGCAGACUUACGUGCUUUCCUUGCUCCAACCCCUGUGUGGCUGAGAGAAGAUCGAGAAUCUUCUGCUUCCACUUCAGAUUGGCUGCAGUUUAGUGUGUUGUCGGAAAUGCAAACUGUAGUUAAUCUUAACUGGAUGGUUGUUUCUUUAACCUAGCCAACUUCAUAUACUACAGUUUGAAAUUGGCUUGUUUUGACAAACCACAGUUGUGAUUAACCUCAGUUUGUCUGGGUGUGGUUAUGAAGAACAAACCAUGGCUACUCUAAAAUGGAAGCCAAAGCUUCUAAACCACCUCCUCUUGGAGAAGAAUGAGCCAGGUAGGGUGCAUGAGCCUCAUUCUUGCUGUGACUUGUCCUCAUAACACUAAACUAUGGUUCAGAUUUCAGCUUUAUGUGUGAAUGAGACCACUGAGUUAGACCAUUGACUGUUUAACUGAGUACAGUGGUACCUUGGGUUAAGAACUUCAUUCGUUCUGGAGGUCCGUUCUUAACCUGAAACUGUUCUUAACCUGAGGUACCACUUUAGCUAAUGGGGCCUCCCGCUGCCGCUGCGCAGCGCGAUUUCUGUUCUCAUCCUGAAGCAAAGUUCAUAACCCGAAGUACUACUUCCGGAUUAGUGGAGUCUGUAACCUGAAGCGUUUGUAACCCAAAGCAUUUGUAACCUGAGGUACCACUGUACUGACUACAGUGACUGGGAGUUGCUCUCCGGGGUUUGAGACAAGAGUGCUAUUUGGAGAUGGCAGGGAUUCUACCUUGGACCUCUUGCUUUUAAAGCAUAUACUCUACCACUGAUGUGUGGCCUAUCAGCUGAAAUCAUGGCUGUGAAUUCAUUGACAAUUGUAGACGUUGGUGUCACACAUCUAGGCCACAUCAACUCACCAUCAAACGUAUUGAUUUACUCAUGAGAAUUGGUGAUCAUUAUAAAAGACGAGUCAAAAUGUGUGUUACAGAGGACCAGACUUGUAGUUGUAGUACUUGUAGCAAAAUUGUAAAAAGAGGUGGACAUGAGAUUUGGAGAUUAAACGCUGCAGCUUUAUUAAAAUAACCGAAAUUAGAAAUAACCAGUAGGAUGAGCAAAGUCGGGAGUAAUUAAGCCACCUGCACUUGCCAGGGCAACUGGUAUGACUGUGCAGCCACAAACACCCAGGGCUCAAGCCUGAGCCACCUAAAUAGCAUCUGUGGGCUAAUCUGUAAGGAGGUGAGUAGCAGAUAAACACAUAGCAGCUGACUAGCUCUGCUGUGUAAAGCCUGCCAAGGCCCUACCCCAGAGCCACAGAGCACCAUGUAAUCCUUUCAGUAGGUGCAGAAGCAGGAGUUGCCACCAUGAUAAUAUAUCUAGAAUACAGAAAUCAGACAACCAAAGUCCUAACUGUAUACUGUUUUUAUUUCCUAGACCUGGACAGUACCACAAAUAUGGUGCUGAUAACUAUCCUUGACUGCAAGUAAAUACAAAAGCAGGACCCUAAAUUGCCUCUUAGAAUGAAUUAGAAACACAAAGACUGUGCUUUCUAAGUUUACUUGCGUUUCUAAAUUCUGCUCUCUGUUUAUCAGAAUGGCCAAACACUAUGAAGCCGAGGUGCUUAUUGGGAUAUUAAGAAGCCUUAACAUUCUCUUCCCUUAUGGUUGUGCAAGUAUUAAAAAAUCGUUCUCCUGAUAUUGCUCUUCCAGUCCUUAAUAGUGAGGAUGCCUUACUGUGCCUGUGAAUAAAUAUUACAAAUCACAGGAACAUUGCAAGCUUGAGAAAUACUCUUCUUUUUCUUGGGAUGAAAAGGAACACACCCAAAAAUUACCUGGCAUAAAAACCCACUCUGGUCUCUCUCUCUAUUUAUAGUGGUGUAGUCCUUGGUUUUAAUUCUUUUCCAUCGUCCAAACAGCCAGCUCUUCAUUCUACAGUUCCUUACGCUGAAAAGCAGCCAAAACUAGCACAGGAGAGGGAGGUGGUUGUGGUUGUGGAAGGAUUUCCAGCUUGCCAAAACUCAGCCCAGAGCAAAUUUGUUUAUGGCAUAGUUGUGUAAACCUUUGGGAAUCAUAUUCAUGGAACAGCUGAAAGAAUCACCCUUUGCAAUAUUGCCGGCUGGUAAAGGAUAGGCUUUGUGUAGUGUACAGGCAGGGCUUGAAUAGUUUACUCAACACCAACAGGUUGGGUUCCCAGAAGAAAGUUCACUUUUGUUGUGACAGCUCGGAGGCUUCCCUCCUCCCUCCUUCUCAUUAUACAAGUAGUCAUUACUCUGAUGCAGUCAUAGAAACUCUGCUUGCUUUCAGAAGGUAAGUAGCUGGGAUUUUGUUGGUGUAGUCAGUCCUUUCAGAGUGAAGACUACAAUAACAAUCAUACUUUUAAUUUAUGUCCUGUCCCCUGAUGAAGUUCUGUUGCAUAUUCAUCAAAGAUGCCACUUUGAGUUGCAGUUUGGUGUAUAAUUGCUUUUUCUUAAAGUUAGCUUUUAUCAACAAGUUUCAGAUAGAAAGACAAAAAAGCAAAGUUACUUGCAAAAUAACUAUAAUAAUGAACAUAUUUAACUCAGACCUUGAAUUUCAAACACAGUUAAGUUCUCUGUAACAUGCUGGCAUCCCUUGCCCCCAUUUUUACUCUCAUCAGAUUUUAACUAUGGAAUUAAAGGAGAGAUUUUAAUGACAGAAUAUUGCAGUACUAGUUCUGGUGAGCAAGAAGUGUGCAAAUAUGCACUGAAUUUGCCAUGGCAUUUCCCCUCCAGAAUAUUGAGGUUUCUUCUCUUUCUCUAGUACAGGUUUAUAAAGUCUCAGAUCAGAAGAAACCAUUCAUUCAGUGUUCAUGUCGCCAUCAUAAUUUUGAAAUUCACAAAGGUGAAUCAAUAGGUUGUCCAUACUUAGACAUUUAGGUAUUCAAAUCUAACUGAUAAAUGAACUCGGGGUGUGGGAAUCUGGGUAAGCAUAUAUUUAAAACGAAUAUUAAUAUAUAUUAAAAUACUAUAUUGAAAAGCAUAUAUCAAAAAGAACUUUUCAAAUGUGAACCUAAAGAGUAAUAGCUUCGUGAGCCAUCAGUUUGAUUACCAGAUCUUUAAAACAUGUAAAUUGAUGCCUUAUAUUGUUGAUCAUCCCCAAAGCAUCUUGAGAGUUUGCAUUUUUCGUCCUGCUUUUAGGAAACGGAGAUAUUACUUCACUGGGCACAAACUGAAUACAGUAAUGUACAUUUGGGUAUGCACUGUAUUUAAAUAUUUUACACUGUACCUGAUUGGCUACUUCAGUUCUAUUGUGGCCUUUUGUUUAAGAUAUUGCUUGCCUCUGAUUUGGUGAUUGAAAACUGAUGUGGAAACUUGUGAAAUACUUGCUGUUGGGUAAGCAAAGGUUAAUGUAGUCCUGAAAUUAUUUCCUAGAAUCAUAGAAUGGUAGAAUUGGAAGGUGCCACAAGAGUCAUCAAGUCCCAACAACCCACAGUGCAGGAAUCUUUUGCCCAAUGUGGGGCUUGAACCCGCGACCCUCAGAUUAAGAGUAUUCUGCUCUACCAACUUACUUGACUUUCUCUGCAUACUGAUUUAACAGUGAGCUUCUUCAGCCAGUGAAAAUGAAAGUACGGUAGUUGUUAAACAAAAAUUUAAAAUGCAUUGGAAAAAUUAGUAGCUGACUGGUAUUCUGUAAACAGCCUUAGGGGUCAAUAUACUGUCACCACGUUAGAUACUGGUUUGCUAAUUGCGCUUUUGGGGUUAGUUACACAGCUAACACCAUUUGUUGUAACCUGGUUUCUGGUAUGUCAAAAGUUGGCAUUCUGGAAAAUUUUACACUCAUGUAUAUGAGUUUUUAAAUAUUUAAUUUGGAUAAAGCCCUUUUACAUUUUUAAAACCAGACAUCUGAACUUCUGAUGCGAAACAGAUGGCUUUAUUUCAACAUUUUGUUGUCACAUUGCAUCCACUUAGAUUGUUUAGCUAUGUCCUGAUUUCUUUCUUUCCUUUUUUUCUUUUUUCUUUUUGCAAAAGAUUGAAGAUAAAAUCCAGAUGCUUCUCAGAUAAUGCCAAUGGAUGUUUCUUUCACUGGUAUUUUAGAGCAGCCUAUCUUUUAGGGUUUGGUGUAUUGGAAACAGUGCAGCAGACUGGCGUGACCCAGAGAUUUGGAAGAAGCCAAAACACUAGGUAAAAUAUUUGCAUUAACAGGCCACUCAUUUGGGUGACUUAUCAAAUUAUUUCUGUGGAUACAAAUGCAAAUGUCUUAUUAUUGAAGGGUCAUCCACAAAACAUGUUUAGAAAUGGACCUGUUUGCUGAAGCUGAUUUUUUUAAAAAAAGCAAAUUGACUUGAUUUAUGGGAUUGUAUUUGGAAAAAGUGGCAUGGAUUACUUGCUUCAACAAAACGUAUUUGUUCACAUGAAUCAAUCCUGUAUCAGUAAUCAAUCAUCAUACUGUUCUUUGCUGCUGUCAACAGCAAGGAUGAUGUGGGUUAAACUAGAACCUGGUUUAGAGAAAAAACCCUUGUCACAGUUAGGUAAAGAUUGUGUUUCAUUGAACCUGUAUAUCGGUGACAACUGUGGAAUGUUACUAAGAGUUUAGGAGUGGUUUUUGUUGGGUAAGCUAACAUGCCCUGCUGGCCUGAUUGCCAAAUCCUUGGCAUCACUACAGUUACUGCUUAUCAUAGCUGGCUCUCAGAACGGAGAUUAAAAUCAUGACCCAGUUUCAGUCUGUGGUCUGAGAGCAAACUAUGGCCUGUUUUGCAUGUCUCAUUAAAUAAUAGUUAACAACAAACCAUGGUUAAAUGUUGAAUGCACAGCCUGUUGGUGCAUACUGUUAAAAGGUUUCUCACUCCCAGUGGCCUCUCUUCAUGCUGUGGGCAAGUUGCCAGGAAACAAACUAGAGUCCGGCUUCCUGUGAUGUCUCUCUAAAUAAACCAUGUGACAUCUCUCUAAAUAAACCAUGUCGACCAUGCACCAGCACAUUGCUUGUUCACACGAAACAAUAGUUUGUUUUUAACUCUGGCAUAAUGCCAUUUGGAAACUGAGUUGGUGUGGACUGUCAGCAGUUGUUCCAUAUCUGGAGUAGAUGGAUAGAGGAAUACUUUGUGGAUAUUUCUGUUUCUUAAAACAGGACAGCAUAAGAAUGGUAUGCGUCCAUAAAUCGCUGUACAGUGACACACGUAAUACUUCAGUUCCAUGUGUAUAAUAUGACACACUCUUUGGCUUUGCGUUUUGCAGCGGGGGAGUAGCCGAGAUGCAGAAAUAGCAGAGAACGGUUUUUUAAAAGUGGAAUUAUUGGUGGACUGAGCCAAGAGAGAGGGUGACGUUGGGACGCAUGUGUGUCGUGUCUCCUUUCCAGAAAAUAGUUGGAAGAGAGUUGCAUAGGUCCUUAUCACUGCCUAGCAUUUUAAUAAAAAAGAAAGAAACUCUUUUAUUAGUGAAAUGGCAACUCGUUAUAUUUUUUUACGGAAUAGUAUAUUGGUUGCUUUAUAUGUAAUGAAAUUAAUACUACUUACAUGCACACAAAUGCAGACAAACAUUAUUUUUAAUUCUGGUUAGAUAGUUUCUUUGGGGGGGGGAAGUGUUCAUAAAUAAAUGUAAAGUUCCUACAUUCAUCCUAAUUCUUAACUGUGUGAGAUAGGCAAAGCUGCUGACAUGCUUAAAGCAUGUACAUUCUGAGCAGGCUGUCAAACUACACUGUCCAUUGUGCACACUGCCCCCUUCUUCGUUCCAUUAAUGUUUUUACCUGUUCGUUUCAUUUCAGCUUAUCCUUUGUUACCUUAGUACUGAUACCUUCUAUGCACAUGUGUUGCUUUCUUGCAAGACUUUAGGUUUGGCUUCUUUCUUUCUUUCUUUCUUUCUUUCUUUCUUUCUUUGCCUUGAAGGAUGGAUGGUUCGGUGAUAAGAUGAGGUUGUUGUUGUUUAGUCGUUUAGUCGUGUCCAACUCUUCGUGACCCCAUAGACCAGAGCACACCAGGCACUCCUGUCUUCCACUGCCUCCUGCAGUUUGGUCAAACUCAUGUUAGUAGCUUUGAGAACACUGUCCAACCAUUUCGUCCUUCUCCUUGUGCCUUCUAUCUUUCUCAACAUCAGGGGCUUUUCCAGGGAAUCUUCUCUUCUCACGAGAUGGCCAAAGUAUUGGAUCCUCAGCUUCAGGAUCUGUCCUUCCAGUGAGCACUCAGGGCUGAUUUGCUUCAGAAUGGAUAGGUUUGAUAUUGAGUCUCCUCCAGCACCAUAAUUCAAAAGCAUCAAUUCUUUGGUGAUCAGCCUUCUUUAUGGUCCAGCUCUCACUUCCAUACAUCACUACUGGGAAAACCAUAGCUUUAACUAUACAGUGGUACCUCGGGUUAAGCACUUAAUUUGUUCUGAGAGUCUGUUCUUAACCUGAAACUGUUCUUAACCUGAGGUACCACUUUAGCUAAUGGGGCCUUCCACUGCCGCCGUGCCGCAACCACACGAUUUCUGUUCUCAUCCUGAAGCAAAGUUCUUAACCUGAGGUACUAUUUCUGGGUUAGCAGAGUCUGUAACCUGAAGCAUCGGACCUUUGUCGGCAAGGUGAUGUCUCUGCUUUUUAAGCUGCUUUCUAGGUUUGUCAUUGCUAUUCUCCCAAGAAGCAGGCGUCUUUUAAUUUCGUGACUGCUGUCACCAUCUGCAGUGAUCGUGGAGCCCAAGAAAGUAAAAUCUCUCACUGCCUCCAUUUCUUCCCCUUCUAUUUGCCAGGAGGUGACGGGACCAGUGGCCAUGAUCUUAGUUUUUUUGAUGUUGAAAGAUGAGGUUAUGAAGUGAUAAAAUUUGUACAAGGUCUUCUUUCCUCCCCAAAUAAAUUAGGAUAAUGAAUUACUGAGAUAUAUGUCGUGGAUGGAAGUGCACUUCGAUUUCUCAUUCACCACCCAGGCCUAAUAAUAGAGGAAGUGGCAAAUGGUUGUGAAGAGGGGAGGGCACAAUAAGUCUGUCCAAACUAAUCAGAGGGUUUUGUUUUAUUUAAUGGCAGAACAGAGAGAAGGGGAGCAGAUUACAUGGUGUGGUGUGGGCCUCCCUACCUCCACAGAUCUUGUGAUUUUUAGAAGAUAUGGCCAUACCAUUACAUUAAAAGGGGAAAAAAUGUGGUGUUUAGGAGCGGGGGGGGGGGGAGGAGUACAUUCCACGUAAGUAAAACUGGAAUUAGCAGCUCAGCAACUAACACUCCCCAAAAUAAAAUACUUGCCAUGUUGGAGGGUGAAGACUGGAAAGGAUUUGUGGAAACAGUGAUGCACAAAGCAAGCAUACUGCAUUUACAGGAGGAAAACAGGAUGCUGGUUCUGUUUCUUUUUGUAAAAAAAUAAACCCUUACAGUAUAAAUGAAAGGAUGUGUUUCUAUUUAUAGAAGGAAGUGUUAGACCUUUUAGUCAACUGUAUUGCAUUAGUAAGUCACCAUAUUUAUUGACGACAUGUACCUCCUUGGGGUUUUUUUAAAAGUGUGGUCUGCUGAGCUUUUCCAAAGUGUCUUACUUUCCCAACCUUUUAAAGAUGACAUGCUCCUUUAAUUCCUUAAAAUUAUAAAUGAAAAGAUUUGUCUAAUAAUGUAUGUAUAGGAGUUUGCUAUAUACAUUGUCUUAAGACUUAAAAUCCCACCGAGAGUGAUUUUAAAACUUUGCUGUAUUAUCUUUUAAAAUGUUUUCAGCAGGCUUUCUAUUAGAAAACAUACAAAAAAAAUUUUACAAUUAUUAAUAUCACAAUGGUAAAAAGCAAAAAAACCACACACCCCAGUGAUAUUGAGGAUUAAGGAUUAGGGAGAAAUUAGGUUCAGUUUGCAUUUAAAAGUAAACCCUCCCCCCCAAUUCUCCCUUCCCAAAAUGAUAUGCAAACACAGCCAUUGUUUGACAUUCAAUUCACACUCCUCCAGAUUUUGCAGUGAAAUUCUGCAACCAAAUUAGGUGUUCACGAGUGUGCCGGGGGUGGGGGUGGGGAGAGUUGAAAAAUGAGUGUACUGGGUGAAAUUGCAUAUAAUAAUGUAUUGGGAGACAUAUGCAGUAAAGGGUUGAAGAUUUUUGCACAUCAGAACUUUUUUUAAAAAAAACCAACGCACCUCAGGCUGAUGUGCAAAUGUGGAGAACUGAGCUUAAGAUUGGAAUAAUGAGAAAUCGAGGGAAUCUGAAAUUGCUAUAUUGAGGACAACCUGUAGAAUAUUUAUGCAGAGGGAACAGACUCCCAUUACUUUCAGAAAAAUAAAAGAAAGUGCUAGUUAUUUAAUCAUCUCCCCUACCAGCUACAAUUCUUUUCUUUUUUUAAAGAGAACUUUGUCAUAUUGUUUAGUCUGGUCCUUCUACUAGAUCUAUACAUGCAGCAAAAGAUGGACAAGUAUGCACAUAUUCAUUGUUCCUUUAAAAAAAAAACUCCUUGCAGGUGGAAAAGAGCAUAGUCAAGUGUGGUGAUGGUGGAAUUUGUACUACUACCUGUUUAUUUUCUGUACUAGUUUUUUGCUUGCAAGGUUUUUUUUAAUUAAAUAAAAGGGGGAAUAUCACAACAUGAGGUUCUUCCUCCUCCAGUUUGAAGUAGGGGUGUCCAUUUUGUAUUAGGGUUGCUAACCAACCAGGAGAGGGGGAAAAAUCCCUGUCCAGCAGGUUUUGUUAGCCUCUAGGCUAGUUGCCAACAUUUUUACUGCAUAAUAAGGCAGAAUUUUGGGCUUCUUUCCAUAAUUCUUUGAGUGCUGUGUGUGUGUUUUGAGUGGAAGGCAGCUGCAUGAUUUCCAUUUUAAUUUGCUCCAAUCUCUGCUCCUUAUUUUUUUCCCACACGGUCCUCCAUGAGAAGACUGCAGGAUACAUCUGUCUGGGACAUAGGAAGCUGCCUUAUACUGAGCCAUUGGUCCAUCUAGCUCAGCAGAGUCUGCGCUGACCACCAGCAGCUCACCAGGGUUCCAGAAAGGGAACAUUCCCAGCCCUGCCUGGAGUUGCCUAGGAUUUUACCUGGUCCCUUCUGCAUGCAAGACACAUGGUCUAUCACUGAACUGUGAUCUUUCCUGUCAAGACUGUGGGCUUCCUCCGUAACUUUUCCUCCCUUGCCAAUCUGUGCUAGGCAAAGUGGUUGAUGUAGCACUGUGGGGAGCUUGCGUGCUUUGCAUGCAGUUUAAUCCAGCAAACCAAAGGGCUCGGUUUGCAAGUGAUGUGGAAGAAUCUCUGCCGGUUAGAGUAGACCAGGGUUUUCCAAACUUGGGUCUCCAGCUGUUGUCGGACUACAACUCCCAUCAUCCCUAGCUAGCAGGGCUAGUGGUCAGGGAUGAUGGGAAUUGUAGUCCAAAAACAACUCAAGUCUGGGAAACCCUAGAGAAGACAAUGCUAAGCUAGAUGAACAAACAGUCUGACCUGGUACAAAAGCAGCUUCCUAUGUUCCCAACACAGAGAUGCAACUAUGAACAGCACAGUUUGCUCUUGUUAUUUAACCCUCGGCAUCUUCAAUGGCAAGGAUCAGGUGGUGGGCGAUGAGAAGGCUCUCUGCCUAAGAACUUGAAGUGCUCCUAACAGUUAGAAUGGAUAAUACAGGACUAGGUGGACCAAACACUUUCUGUGUGCAUAUACGUACAUGGAAAUAUCCCAUAGCAUUCUGCCAAAAAGCACCAUUGUUUUGGUUCUUGAGAAUCCCUGUUUGAUAGCUGCACAUGUGCAGACUGUCCAGUGGUGAUGAUGAUGGGAGCAUUGCCAUAUUUUCCAUUGUGGCCUGAGAUGGGUCUUCAUCCUGCUGGAUCAGGAAAGCAGGAUGCAAAGGAUGCUGAUCAGGAACUGUAGCUACUCUAGGAGAACGCACUUGUGUUCAUAUUUCCUUCCUGUCAGGGGAGGAAGUACUAGGAUGGUCCUUGGCCACCACUUCCCUUUGCUAAAGUUGCUCAUGUCACCUCUGCCUAGGGCCGUACACCAGCCACAAGAUAGGAGCUGGGCAGCAGUCUGGUGCUACGAAAAACACACUGUCUUGGUCUCAAGCCCUUUGUAGCUUGACCAGUUUGGCUCAUGGCUCAUCUGAGUCUGCUUCAUCCACCUGCCCUCCUUGGCCCUCCUUGCUAUUGAAAAUGGUUAUAACUUUCUUUAGAGAUGAAAGUAGAUGAAAUCUUCAAAGUACAAUAUUCCUUGUGGAUAAAACCUGCCAGAUUAUAGAUAUCUGGGGCAUGUGCUGGACACAUCAUAAUCAUAAUCAUCAUUAUUAUUAAUUAUUAUUUUAAGGAAACUUCUAUAACUUUUUUAAAAAAAAACAUUUUUUUGAGGCAGACAUGAAAAUUGCAGGCAGGAUCACAUGGUUUACAUCACUUACAGAUUUAAAAAAUACUAUGUGAUUUAGAAAUGCUUUUAAGCAAACAAGCAAGCUAUUGUAAAUGUUUAUUUUAAGGGUAGUUCUCUCCGGCCAUGCAAUAACUUUAACAAAAAAAAGCCCCACGUGCAACUGAACCACGUUGUUAACAAAGCCAAUCUUGUGAUUGCAAAACGAUAAUGAUUUUAACUUAAUAUCUGCCUGUCACUCUGUGGGCUGUGGGUGGGUUACAACAAUUUAAAAUUCAGCAUUGAAAACAGUUUUCAAAACUUAACAAUUACAAAAAAAAAUUCAAUGAUUAAAAAAUAGGCUUGGUCCUGAAAAUAUGCAUCUCUGUUGUCAAAGAUCAGGGUAAAGAGCCUUGGCGUUGGAAACCGUGGUUGGCAAUUUAAUUUAUUUCUAUAUUAAUUUUCAAAAUCUAAAACUGUAUGUGCUACGGGCAAAUAAGCUGUGGGAAACACCCUUUUGGCAUGGACAUUCAGUGGACAGAGUUUUCCACUUGAAACAUCUGUGUGAGUCAGCUUUAAAUAGGCAUUAGGAAGAAUUCUUAUUCCUUUUAUGAUCACGCUAUAUUUGCAUAAUUUGAAGCUGCUCCUUGUCAGACAUUUGGUUUGCAUUUAUCUGCUGUUCAUCUUCAAAAACAGCAUCUGCUUUAGAAUACAAACUGAGCAGAACAGCAGCAUAUCACAUAUUUAGCUUCUGGAUAAUGUGGCCUGAAUAGCCUUUCACCAUGGUGUUUAAAAAUAAAAGAAAACCAUAUGUCCAUUUAAAGUGCCAUUCAAAAUAAGAUUUUACAUUUUUUUCUUUCUGUGACAGAAAAUUAAUGCUCGUGAUUUUCUGCAUACAAAAUGCCACCUCCUGGCUCAAAUCUUGCUCUUGAACAGCUUACCAAUCAUUAGUUCUGCAUAAAAUUUAUCUUAGUUUUGGUUACAGAAUAAGUGUUGUGUGUUCUUCAAAAGAACACAAGAGUUUACAACAACUGGGUUUAGUCUAUUAUUUCUGUUCCUUCUCAUCCAUUUGUUAUUUGCUGCAAUAUUUGCCAGCCCUCUCCGUGGGCUAUGCCACCAGGGAAAUGAGAGGGGCCACUAUAUUCUUAAUUUGGUAUAAUGGCUGGGAUGAGCAUAGAGCUCAGUAGGGAUAGCCCUUCGUGUGUGGGAUUGCAGGUGUAAUUUCCUGAUAAAUGCCUGUUAAAUAGGAUCAGGUAACGUGGCUGAAAGAGACCCUGGAGAGCUUGGGCCAACCUGAAUAGAACUGGGAUGGGCGUCCUGUGGCUGUCUAAAAGUUACUGAACUCCAGUUCCCAUCAGCCUCAGCCAGUAUAGCCAAUGGACAAGGAUAAUGGUGGUUGUAGUGUAAUAACAUCUGGAGGGUCACAGGUUUCCCAUCUUGGAAUAGACAAUACUAAUGGUCUAUCUCAAAACAAGUAAGUAGUUAUAAGCUUUCUGUUUACUUCUUGUUUCUUUGAUGUUUAAGAAGUUCUGGGAAUAUCCGAAAGUAUUUGUAGCUACAUACAGCGGGUGGGGUUUGAAUGAGUUUGGUUUCGGAUUAUAGAUGUUCCCCAGGAUAUCAGCAGAACUCUGGGCAAAUAUUUAGUGAAACAUUAUCUGUUGUGUAUAAUUUCUUUAAUUCCUCAGGGUUAAAGUGGAAAGAGAACUUAAUCAGUGAGAAACAAAAGGAAUUGCACAAGAUCCCAAACAAUGGCUGUAUUUACAUAUUAUGUUAAGCCAUAAGUUUCGGUUGUUUAUUUGAAGGAUUUACUUACUGUCCAUCAGCACAGAUACCAUCCAGGGUGGGGCCCAGCAUAAAACAAAAUAUAGAUAGACAACUUUAGAAGCAGCUAAUCAAAAACAGGCAGCUAAAAACAACGUCAAGCUUACGAACACGUAAAAUUCACAGGCAAACAAGUUUGGUUGUAUCUGACUAAGCCAUUCUCUGAGUUGGGCCCAUUGACUUUCGUUAGUCAAGUCACUGGUUUCAGUACGUCUACCCCGAGUGUAACUUAAUUAACACAACUAACAAAUUUUAACUUGGUGCUGAAAUGAUAACAAUGUUGGCACUUAUUGUGCUUGUAAGGAGAGGGCAUUCUGCAAGUAGGGCACCACCAUAGAGAAAGCUCCAUCCCUUAUCGCCACAUAACAAUAUUCCCCUAAUAGUGCAGUGUAGAAGAGAUUUUCAUUUGUUCACUACGAUGUACACAAGCAGGAACAAGCCACUGUGAAUCUUGGGCUCACUCUCCUUUGUCCAUUUCUAGUGCAGUCAAGCGGAUGAGUUUUGUUCUGUGAACUGCCCUGAGACCUCCGUGUAUAGGGCAGUAUAUACAAAUUCAAUAAAUAAAUAAAAGAAGUUUGGAAGCUUCAAUUUCUGCUUCAUCACAGCUUGCUGUGUUGUCUGUACAAGGGGUUGUGUUGAAUCUUUAAGACAGCAUUAGUACCUAGAUUUAGAAGCUGGCUUGUUUGAAACUUGCUGUAGUGAAACUGUGGGGUUGUUUAAAAUUGUUUUUGAAUAUUAUACGUUACUUUGUAGUUUGUAUUUGUGGGCUGCGGUAUUGUUUAGGGACUUGCCGGAGAUUGUAUUUUUUAUUAGUUUGUGUUCAUUUGUGUUGUUAACUGUUUUAAUUAUUUUUUGUUAUGCAAUUUGUGCUAUUUAUGUUGCAGCUUUUCGUUGUAACCUACGGGCAUUCAAAUUUAAUAAAUAAAUGAAAUAAAACAAAUAUGAGAAUUUAUCAUCUGACAAACUGCCAUGAGGGAGCUUUCAUCUGUGUUGCUUUUUGCAGUUUUGUUUGCCAUGUCACAAUGCCCAGAAGCAGUUCAGUGGUGAUAACUUUGGAAGCAACCAUUAUUUAGUCUUUAAGAUGCCCUGGGUUCCCCUUCUCAUGGGAAUCCCCUUCCAAACCAGGCAGGAAAAAAUUCUAUGUGAUGCACCCACACAGAGUAUUAAUGCCUACUGGAAAUUCCACAUUAUUGCCAAGGGAAUAUGAUGCACACUUAACUGUUAAAACUUCCUUUCUAUUGCAUGUUUUAGUUUUUGAGCUUUCUUUCAUAGGAAAGUAGUCAAACCUACAGUUGGAAAGGAGGGUAACACAGAACCCGGAGAAAUAUUCCUUUAAGGAAGCAUUUAACGACGUAUGGAAGUUAUAGAACAAAAUCAUGAAUUGGUGGGCAACAAGAGAAAGGCUUGGUAUACUUAUAGUUGUCAUGCAGGAAUCUGAUGCAAUUGUCAUGCAGGAAGCUCUAUUUUUAGUAAGAGUCAGUGCUGUGUGAUUCUGCCAAAAAUAGAAAUAAUGUCUCAAGAUUGCCCAGCAUCUGGGAUGGUCUUAAUUGAAACAAAUGGUACUCUAAAAGUGGCAAAUGGCAACAAGUCACUGACAACUUUGCCUAGUGUGUCAAAAUAUCAUGUGAACCUACGGCCUUUGUCUGCAUUGUCUGCAUGUUUGUUUUUACAGUGGGAAGAAUGGGAGCAUGAUAAAGGAGUUUUGCCAGUAAUGGUGUGAUACAGUUAGUCUUGUAACCCUACUUCUGAAGAUUUUCACUGUGCUGAUUUAUCGAAUCCUAUUAAGAAUGCAAACGAGCACAGGUUGGUUGCUAGGGGUACAAUUGCUGUUGCUUGUUGGCACCUAUCUGUCUCUUGGGUGCACCCUUGGGGGAGAGGGCAAGCUGUUGGAAGGUUGCAGCGCUUGCUGUGGCUGUAGAGACCGAUGCAGGAGAGACAUAUUUUGUUGCAGCUGGGGCAGAUGAAGUGAUCCAGUUGUGCUGAUGCAGAUGUGCAAUGGCAUUUCUUAUCCCAGCGGCCAUCCCUCCUCUGGUCACUGCUAUGGAUACACAACUUGACUGCUUGUCUCCUGGUACAGCAGUCAUCUGCAAGGGAUGCCUACAUGGCAGAGUUGAUGUUGCCAGCCUUCAUGUCACGCUUGCAGCCAUCUUGGUAACACAGAGUUGGUCUGCCAGUGGGCCUGGUGCCUGAAGCCAGCUCCCCAUACAGCUAUUGAUUACAAAUUCAAGUACCGUAUUGAAUUGUUUAUAAAUCCCAUGUAGUAGUUGAAGCUGGGGAGAAUGCUCCUCUUCUGGUUUGAAAACCAUUCACAUAAAAGAUUAUUCCUUCAGUCCUUCAGUGUUUGCCUCUUUUCCAGUUGGUUGGUUGGUUUGUUUUGAGAAUAUUCCUUACAGUCUGGCAAUAUAUAAUACAUUCUAUUGUUUUCAGGUUCUGUGUAUACUCAGAGAUAUCUCUGGAGACUAAUUUUCCUCUUUAGGAGAUAUGUAGAUUUGUAUUUCAGAGGUAUCAAGCAGUCAUUCAUUAAUAGCAUUCCAAAUAUUUCUUUUUGUCCUUUUUGUAUUUAUCUGAUCUUGUGCAAAUAAAAAGUAUUUUAUUUUAAAAGGAAGAUGUUUCUGUUCUAGAAACAAUAAAUAGAGAGCAGAUGUACAGCUAAGCUCCCAAGUUCCCAUGAUUGUUUGUGUGCCUGCAUGUGAUGGAGAUCAAAAUUUGUGUACUGUCCAGUAUUUCAGUUGGGCGUGACGCAAGUAAAACUAUGUGGUGGAUAUUUAGUUUUAUGGUCUCCAGGGGAUGUGAGAACAAGUCUUUCAGGUUCUGUCUUCUGUUAUAAUAGGAAAGCUUUUUUAAUCUUUGGGGACGGAUGGACACAUAACCACAUUGUUCAUUAAAACAGCUUCGUCAUAUCCUAGAUGUUAUAUUUGAUAAUUGUAGGCAUGAACAAGAUGCUAAGUUAAACGCAAAACAAAAUGUGGCUUUGCAGAGAAUAGUAUAAUGUGAAGAGAUUCUGUGAUGUGUGUAUUCUUACUUCCUAAUAUCCUAGCAAAAUAUAGAAGCUAUUAUGUAGAAGACUUUGUACGCUCUAAGAAGCAGCAAUAAAGAGAAACAUUGGACAGCCCUGGUCAGCAGUUACACUUCGGAACUGUUCACUGAAGGUGAAAGCUGACUUUUGUACCUCACCCCCAUUUCAUGGGUGUGAAGAAUUCUUGGUCAAUAGUCUUCAGAGAAAGAGGAUAUGGGAAAGCUGGGGAACCAGCAUUGCUACAGGUGUUGUGACCACGCUUGAAAAAUAAAAAACAAUAAGUCAUGUAAAGGUGCCAUAUGUAAGUUAGUUUCUGUGGUGCAACUGGUCAUCUUUAGGGAAGUUGUCAAAUACAGUGGUACCUCGAGUUACAUAUGCUUUAGGUUACAGACGCUUCAGGUUACAGACUCCGCUAACCCAGAAAUAUUACCUCAGGUUAAGAACUUUGCUUCAGGAUGAGAACAGAAAUCGUGCAGCGGCAGCAGGAGGCCCCAUUAGCUAAAGUGGUGCUUCAGGUUAAGAACAGACCUCCAGAACGAAUUAAGUUCUUAACCCGAGGUACCACUGUACAGUAAUCUGUUAGCUUCUUCAACAGGCGAAGGGAUAUUCUCUCUCUCUCUCUCUCUCUCCCAAUUCUGUGAAAUAGAUAUUAGGGCCGGUGCAGAAUCUUUGCCCAGUUUGGAAGUGUCUAUGAGCAGCUGUCUGCCACUCCUUGGGAGGAACACCCUGACAGAAAUCCCAUACAUAAAUAAAAUGACAUAGUUUGCCUCGUGGCCCUACCUUUUGAAUUUCCUUCUAUGUUCUCUACCUGAGUUUGGUAGGACACCCCUAAAACCCGCUUUGAGUUAAUUUCAGCUCACUGAGAAUGGGUUUAGAAGCAUAUCCAUAUUAAUUUUAUCCUAGGGUGGUGAUAGGAAUACAGGGCACCAUAAUAGUUGAAAGAAUUUUCAGAAAAACUUUAGGAAGCAGCAAGAGGACAUGGGCACAUGAAUACACCUGGAAUUUCAGUUUAGUGCUUUUAUUUGUAAGGUCAGUCCUUGUAAGUUUUUCUUUUGUUUUCCUGUGCUAUGCUUACAGUAUUUAAAAAUGCAUUUUGUAAGAUUGUUCAGCCCCAUUUCAUUGAGUUACCCUAGGAAAUAAUUUUUUCUUUAGCAUAUUUAUAAAUGGAAUUAGAUCUGAUAUAGCAUCCCUGAAGUUAGCUGGUUUUCCCCUUGACUUCACUUAGAUUUGAAUCAGGCCUUUAAAAUCCUGGCACCAGUGAUCAGGAGCUCCUGUUAUUAAUUUACCAGCUGAUCAUUGCCUCCUUAAGAUGUUCUUUCCAAAAGACCUCAAUUAGUAGCUGGCUGUGCAGUUUAGUCAUAAUGUAAUCUUAUAGGGUUGGGGGUUUGUGUGUGUGUUUGGGGUGUUUUUUUUUUGUCCAAGCUUUUUAUUUCAACAACCUUUUUACUGGAGAGACUGAAGUUUAGUUGUGAGUUGGCAAGGCAAUACAGUUAACACUGAGCUUUGGAAUUUUUUGUUUGACAAAGUAGAUUCUGCUUCUCAGAACGACUGCCCCCCUGGGGUAGGAAAAACUAGAAAUAGUUUGCAGCUUGGUUGAUGCCCUGACACAUUUUAGCUCAAUUACCUCAUUUUUAUGAAGAUUUAACAGUUUAAGUAAUAUGCUAAAGCAAGUGUGCUCUGGUGUGUGUGUGUGUGUGUGUGUGUGUGUGUUGGGAGCAGUUGCAUUCCUCUAUAAUUUGGAAAUAUUUUGGCAAGGCAAAGUGCAAAGAGUACUAAAAAACAAAACAAAAAACCUCCAGACCUAAGUUAAAAGAAUGCUGUUACGUUUUCAGGUGAGUCUUUAAAAGAGUUAUGAGUAUAUAAUAACGUGGGGGUUUGGAAUAACUCCAUGAGGUUUAUUUUACUACUACUACUUCUUUUUUGCCUUAAAAAAAAUUACUCCUUUUCAAGUGAGUGUGGUGAUUUCAUCUUUUUGUGAAGCCAGUGCAAAGGAACUGUUGCUGUAAUGUUUAUGGUGUUACCCAUAUUGUGGCCCAUUUGAAAGCAAGUUUGGUGUAGUGGUGUCUGGCUAGCACUGAGAAGACCCAGGUUCAAAUGUGUGCUUAGCCACAAAGCUUGCUGGGUGAUCUUGAACAAGUCAAUUACUUUUACCUUAACCUACCUCACAGAGCAGUUCUGGGAGUAAAAUAGGGACAGGGGAACAUGUGCACUACCUUGAACUCUCCAAUGAAAAUAGGGACAUCCUUAAUAAUAAUAAAAAUAAUAAUACCUCAGCCAUCUUACUGGGUUGCCCCAGUCACUCUGGGCAGCUACACACACUCUCUCCCUGUACAGGGCCGCCUUCAGAUGUCUUCUAAAGGUUGUAUAAUUACUUAUCUCCUUGGCUCGGGGGUCAGAUAACUCCUUACCCUCCAACAUUUCUGGCUCUGAAAAAUAGGGGCAGUUGGAGGGUCUGCUGUAAGUGUGAUAAACCUGCAGCUUAGAAAGAGGAAAGAAAGUUAAGGCCUGAGGUAGGCCAGAGCCCUCUUAGGAUUAGCUCCUGCGAAUGUGCCUGGAGUUGCAUAGGUAAAGACUAUUUCUCCAGCUGCGACUUUUCCAACCGCAAUGUGUCAGAGAAGGCAAAAACAACUCCUGGUGGGAGUUAUCCUUCGUGAACCAACAGAGGUCACAGUUACACAUGCCUAGGCAUUAUUAUUUGCUUAUGAAUCACUUUCCACUUGAGUGAAACAUGCUAUAAUGUAUCCAUAAUGCUUUCCUAUGUGAAGGCUCCCUUUGAAAAUGCAAUGCAAUGCAAAUGCAACCCACUAGGUGGCAGCAUAGCUAGAUGCUGGUUUAAAUAUAUUUGUUUCCUUUUUAAACAAAUCUAUAUUAAGUUUCUGUAUAGUUUUAUUUGGCCAGCAAGAUGUCUUGUAUGCAGGUUUAAUUUUGUGGUUCUAGGUGUUCCGAGCUACCUUUGGGGUUAUUUUAGCCAAUUAAAAUAUUAACUAACAUGGAAGGGGGGGGGUGUGGAAUCCCUAAAAUUGGUCUAAAAUCAAAUUUAAACCAGUUGUUGAUACAUUUCUUUGAAAGUCUGAUAAACUGAGGAGUUUCCGUCAGUUAUUUGUGAUCUCACAUAAGCCCACUAUAUAAAGAGUCUAGCUCGUCCUCUUUUUCAGGGGUCCUUAUGGAGGGAUUCUUUGGUUUAAUUGUGAGCUCUCACGUUAAACAAGAGAUUUUGUACCAGAAUCUCAAGAAAUAAAUAUGCCCAAUUAGGUAUAAGGCACAGAGUUUACUGAUAUGUAACGUGUAGUCUGUGACUCUGGAUGAGGCUUGCUUUGUUGUUGUUCUGUUAAAAUUUUAAUAAUAGUUGCUAUAAUAAUAAUAAUAUUAUUAUUAUAAUAAUAUCUGAUGGUGAUGUCUAGCUUUUGAUCAACAUAUACAUCAUAACUGAGUGGACCGAAGGUCCGACACCUCAUUUAGUCAUGAAGCUAAGUCACCCCUUCUCCACAUAACCUACCUCACAGGAUCGUUGUGAGGAACAAAUGAGGUUGGAAGUGGGAACCAUGCAUGCAGCUUGGAGGGUGAGGGAAAAGUAGGAUAGAAAUGUAUACUAGAAAUACUAAUUGAUAGAUUUUCUACCCAUCAGAAAUAUAUGGAUUAGGAACAGCAACUGAGCAACCUCUGAAUGCCUGUCCUCAGGGGGACAACAGUAGGAGUGUGGUGUUAUGCUCAUGCCUACAGAAUGAGCUGUGAAAACAGGAUGCUUUGACUAGACAGACCUUUGGUCUGAUUCAGCAGAGCUCUUCUUAUGCGGUGCAGAGACAGAAUUGACAUAAACCUUGUUUGCUGAUGUGUGUGAAUACGCUCGCAACCAAAUACAAAGUCAUAACUGUGCAUCUUUGGGCUUGUGGUGAAAAUUCUUGAGGCAUCUGAAGAUGAUCUUCGGUCCGUAGCAGUGACUACAAGAAUCUGGGCCACGAGACACCCGGGAGCAAGGAAGCAGCAUUCACCAGAGCUCACCCUUCAAUGUUUAAUUUGUCUCUUUGCCAUGCCACUAGAAGGCCAAACGAGAUGAAAGAAGCAAGGCGGUGCCUUACCCAUACCUGAGGCAGUUUACUGAGGCAAAGAAAAGGUGUUUGUCCAAAAUACCCUUUGGUAGCUGAAUAUCAUAAUCUCAGUGGAUUGCUCCGAACUUCCAAAAACCAGGCAUUUGUGUAAUGAAAAACAUUUGGCGACGUCUAAGAUUACCAAGCUGUCAACUAUACUAACUAUUCCUGUAAUGGGCGGCAAUUGUUAAAACAAUUUUGCUGAGGUUUUGCUGAGUUCUGGGGUUUUUAAGUUGCUAUGGCCUCACUUGUAAUGUUAGUAUUUUGAAAAAUAGUGUACGAGCACUCCAGCGAAUUCAGGCUGUCAGUUAAUGUGGGUCUCUAGCAAUAUCAGCCAAUCAAACACCGACCUGUCAAUUCUUGUCCCUCCCUACUUGCACAGCUACUGCUGCUGCUCUCCUCCAACUGGGAAACAAAACACCACAGUUGGAUGCCUGAGGUCCUUGCCUUCUAUCCCAGGCACCUAUCUGUGGGGUGCUUUGUUUUUCAGCCGAAGGAGAUGGAUGCUGGGCAGGCAAGCUGCCAAGUCAAGAGAAGAAUUAGGAAGAUUUUGGGGAGUCUGUAUCCAACUUGCCACAUGUCCUUUCUGUGUUUAAACUCUUUCAUUUCCUUCUGGUCAUCUGUGCUGUGAUGCUGGGGGUCCAGAAACAAAUCUUUUGCAGUGCUUUCCCAUUUUUUUUCCUUUGAAAAGUUUGUUUUACACUUCCCCUUCUGCAUUUCACAAUAUCCUUCUUGGAGCCAACUCUUUCUGCUACUCUCUGGUACCUUUUCAAAGGACUAUGUCAGAUCACACAGAGAACCCCUCUCCCACAUAGGAAAUGCACAGUGUACCAUGUGAUAGUUAAGGAUGUUAUUUUUCCCCUCCAUAAAAAUUCUAGCAUCUCGGGCUGAGUGCCUUUUGAGCAUGUGCUGUUGGCUCUGUUUUGUGGCACUAAUACAGUAGUGUGUACUGUACUGUACACUAGUGGGAGCUGAGUAACCCUCCUGGAGUAUUCCUGGUAAGCUGUCUUUUGGUUACCAAGAGUUAGUGAUGAUAUCUUCUGUGUCCUUCCUUACGAUGCACACUGAGCUGAGAUCUGGAAACUUGCAUGAGUGAAAUUUCCUUACGCAAUAAGAGCUCAAAUAAAUUAAAGAUUUCCUUCAAUUCCAAAUUGUCCAAGUGCCAUCCCAUUCAAUAAACUCCAAGCUUUCUGCUGAAUUUUAGAGAAGUAACAAACGUGGAUUAGUAUACACACAGGUCCUGCUUUUACCAGGAAAUUGUUCGUUAGGCGAGCAUUCAUAUAACAAGCUGCAGAUUUCCAUUAUUUCCUACAGGAAUAUUUCUGAUCUCCAGUCACACCAUGGUUUCAUCCUAAAAUGGCUGCAGCCAACCAGCAAAAGAGAAAUUGGAAAAAAACCAAACUGAUUUGUCUAAUAUCUCUCCAUGGUUUCUUCCUGAAAGUGACUUCUGUUGACCAGCAAACCACAAAAGUAAGGAAGUGGGCAAUCUCUGACUGUUAGGAUAUCAGAAUCAGCUGUGUAGUGAGGUUUGGUCAUAAUUCUUUGUUUGGAUAACUGAAUUUGUGGAUAACAAGUGUUUUAUUAUGAAAACUUUUUAUAUCAGUUGUUCACUAACUGCAGCCCUGGCAUUGGCUCAACCCCUUCCUGUGUGAAUGCAUUCUACACGAUCUUGGUGCGGGUGCAGGUUUCAAAAGGAAUGUUGCCCAUUAUUCUGGUUUUGAUCUUCUGUUGUCUUUGAGAGUAAGGCAGCAGGCAAUGGAGGCUGGUUGCUUAGGACAAAUAGGGCACUGCCACCUCAACCUUGGUCUGCCGUCAGCCAGCCAGCCAGCCCUUACAUGUCUGCCUUCUUGUUUACAUACAGUCCCAGGGCUGGUACUGGCUGUGAGCUUCCUCCUUCUUAGUCUCACUGUUGCCCUCAGUAGAGAAGGAUGGGGACAGACCAAGAACUACCGGUAGUCAGUUCUGCUUUGUCAGUGACUCUGGCGCCAUCUGCUGUUAGCUUCCCUGCCUUCUGCCCCACCGGUUCCAGUGGGCACCAGAUGGCAGCUGAUCUUUCUCCAGAUUUGUUGCCCGUUGAUGGCCUUUUGGUUGACCUUGCUGAGCUUGCUCUGCUGUCUCCUUUCUGUGCUAAGUCUGUUAUGCUCCACCAUCUUAAUUACUCUAGCUGAACUGGCUUUCUACCUUCUUUCCCUACUCAAAUAAAAAUUCCUGCGCCGAGAAUAUAUUUAUUUUUGCUGUAAAGGUGUCUUCCUCCUGCUAAGCAUGUCUCUCGCUAUCCUUGCCUGUUUGCUGCUUUAUGUCUACUUUAAAGCCAACAUUUAAGGGCUUUCAUCCACACUUGACUUUUUCUUGCCCUCAUUUCCUGCCUUGUGCUCUCUGCGCAGGCUCAUAUGCUUGCAGUCGCCUUGGUCCUCUACUCUCACUCUUGAUUUCCAGUAUUUUGUUCUGUGAGCUUGGAACCCUCUCCAUGUCCAUCAAGCCAGCUCCCUACACAGGCUUCCAGCUAUGCAGAGGACUGGUUCAAGCGUUAACCCUGGUUGAGAUGCUGAAUGCUUUUAGGGGCUGUAUUCCUGUUUGCAAAUCAUACCCCUCUUCCGAGGUGGCAAAUUUCCCCACUUCUAACGAGUGAGAUUUUUUUCAUGGGAGAACUUUUUAAUAAAUAGCUCCCCAAGGUGGAAAUAGGGACGCAGGUGGCACUGUGGGUUAAACCACAGAGCCUAGGACUUGCCGAUUAUAAGGUUGGCGGUUCGAAUCCCCGCGAUGGGUGAGCUCCCGUUGCUCAGUCCCUGCUCCUGCCAACCUAGCAGUUUGAAAGCACAUCAAAGUGCAAAUAGAUCAGUAGGUACCGCUCUGGUGGGAAGGUAAACGGCGUCUCCGUGCGCUGCUCUGGUUCUCCAGAAGCGUCUUAGUCAUGCUGGCCACAUGACCCAGAAGCUGUACACCGGCUCCCUCGGCCAUUAAAGUGAGAUGAGCGCCGCAACCCCAGAGUCGGUCACGACUGAACCUAAUGGUCAGGGGUCCCUUUACCUUUACCUUUAAGGUGGAAAUAUCUGAGAUGGUUCUGAGUUAAGUUUGAAACAAAAGGUAGUGACUUUUAACAAUGCUGCAAAUAUUUGAAAUUGCUUUAUGAUUCCAGGCCUUUAGUCCAUUUCUCCUUUCUAAUGCCUACCCCCUCAUGUUUGUUCUUUUAAUAGAGGUACCCGGAAUUGAAAUUGGGAACAUCUGCAUCCACAUGCAUAAGUUCUGUCCCCUCCACGGUUUACUCGCCCGAGUAAAGGGAUGCUUCCCAAAGCCUUUCCUGGGCUGCUAUCUCUUUGGUAUUUUGUGCCUCCUGCCUGCUCAGUACACCUUUGUUCACGGUGCUUCUUUUUGUAUCCAGCACCUGUUGGUUCCAAGAAAAAUCUCCAACAGUAGAAGCAGUUGAUUGAACACUCAGAUUCCUUCAGCACAGGGAUACAUUGGCUACUUCGACGCUACUGUCAAUGUAUUUAGAUGCCUUAAUCUCAUCCAAGUGGAGGUUUCCGUAGCAGGAAGUAGAUCUUUCCAUUACUAUCAGUUCCCAAUGUUUUAAAUUGCAACCCACCAGGUUGCUCUGAUUUGUUUUAUUCUGUAUGAGCUACCAGAAAAUAUUUAGGCUGCUUAAUGCAGUUUCUGGAAUUAGCUGAAGCAGACAUGUCAGGAUUACUGGCGAUCCAAAUCUGUAAAUGUGUUAUCUAGGUUGUUUUGGUCCAGCAGUGGGAUUAUAAAUAGGAAGGCUUAAUGAUGUAAUUAGCUGAAGAGCAAUGGAUGAGGCGAGAUGGUCAGUUCGUCUAUAUGUAUGCUUUAGGGGUUUAUAUUGAGGUGGUGUUGAAGAAUCAACAUGUGUCGAGUUUGGGGUAAGCUGAACAUUUAGUGCAUUGUGAUAAAUAUAUUUAACUUGUAAAAAAAAACAAAGGGAAAAAGAGGCAUUCUGCGUUAAGAAGAUUGGGUACACUAAAAUUCCAGUGUUUUAAAGCUAGUGUUGAUAAUGCAGACUGAUUUAUGUGAGUAUACUGUAUAUCCUAGUAGCUGGAGAGGUCUGGUAUCACAGGUUAUGAAGUUUAUAUAGUCAGUAUCGAUAGUUGUCAGUGUCUCUGUUUAAUCUGUUCUUUGUAAUGGCUUAAUGCUAUCUUGUAACCAUACUUGGGGUGAGUUUAUGUUUACAGGACAAAAGAAACUUUAUAUUCAAAGUGUUGGCUAGUUUUGUAUUAUUUAUUUUGCAACCUUUGAAGCUCCGCUUUAAAAACACAAAAUCUUAGUCAUUCUUUAUUGGUUGUGGAUAUUUUAAAUAGUAUAUUGCAGACAUCUCAGCCGUGGGCUGCAGUCCAUGAUUCAUCUGUGGGAUUUAGAGGUUCAUAACUGCCUGGCUGGAUUAUAGCCGUGAACUACAAAUAAAUUUAUUCUAAUAUUCCCCAAUGCUGAAGUCUGAUUUGCUCGUUUUAUAUUUGGAUUAAUUUAACUUGCUGAGACUGCUUUUAGAAAUGCUACUGGCUGCUUCUAUGUGAUGUUUUAGUUUUUCAAUAAUACAAAUUGAGCUUUAUGUAUCUUUUACACUUUGAAAGGAACAUUAAGAACAGCUGGAAAACUGGCAGCAUAACUGCAUGUGUGCUUACUUAAAAAUAAGUUCCUUUUAAUUCAGUGGUACUUGCUCUUAGGCAUCUGUCUGUGUGUAGGAUUGCAGACUUAUUUAAAGUGCUUCCACAUUAGGUGUUCAGAACUGCGAUUCUUUGUUCACUUUCUCUUCAUGGAGUACCUAGAAAACACCAGCUUCAUUGUUGUCCUGUAUUUUCCCUGUGGUUAUUAUGUCUUUUCUUAGGCUACAGAAACGCACAUCACUUUCCAGAACAGGAGAAUAGUGCAUCUCUACAGGUUUAGGUGCCUUUAGUGCUAAUCUUUUGGCAUUUUAAAAGGAUGGGGUUUUGACACGGUCGGUGAUACAUUAGAAAAGUGAACAUACAAUGACUUAGCACACAUUCAUUAUAACCUUGUUGUUUUAUGACCCCGUUUUGGAUUACUAGAACACUUUGCUGGCUAUUUUAAUGAAAGACCUGCAGUGCUAUGCCACCAUAAUGCUAUGAUAUUAUUAUUAUUUUUAAAAUAUAUUUUAAAAAAGCAUUUCUGGUUGCUCCCGUUUGAGCAGUGACCAGAAAGUUUCUAAAUUCAUUUUCAAAAAUUAAUAAUAUUGUAUGAUCAUGCAGUUAGCAUUAUGGUAUGGUAUGCCUUGUUUUCAUUGAAAAAUGCAGUUAACACAAUAGCAGUAUAAUGCAUUUUUUUCUUAUUAUGCUAUCAUAUUCCUGUAAUAAAAAGCACAGUAAUCCUGAUUGCGUGAAAAGUCAGUUGCGAUUCUGCUUGCAGUGGAUGAACAAGUUUUGGGUAGCAUUAGGAGCCCCCCAUUUGGAAGCAACUUUAGUCCAGGGAUUUUAGUUCUAUAUUCAUUCAAGCCAUAAUGAAUAAAUAGUGAAUGCGGCUGGUGGUUAAAUUAGUUUAAUUUUAAUGAAUUCAUUAUACAGUGGUACCUCACUUUUUGAAAGUAAUCCGUUCUGGAAGACCGUUCAAGUUCCAAAACGCUCAGAAAUGGAAAACUCAAUACGGAAGUCUCAAAACGUAAAAUUCAAUAUGGAAUCUGCGUUUCAUGUUUGACUUCUGAGGCGCAUUCAAAAACCAAAGCAUUUACUUCCGGGUUUAUGGCAUUUGAAAACCGAAAUGUUCGUCAGUGGAGACGUUCGAAAACCAAGGUACCACUGUAUUCUAAAAAAAUUUAAGCAAAUAAUAUAAAUGAAUGCUGGGCUAAACUUUACUGAGUGUCCACUCCCCCGUCUAAAUAUAGAUGUUCAGUCUUCAAAUGCUAUGAUUUUUAAAGCACACUGAUGUCAUAAUUUAUCAAGAAUCUCAGCAUAUCUGAAAAUGACUUUGCCAGAAAAACACCCAAGUUGCAACAAUUUUUUAACAAAGACCGAUUCUUAAAAUAACUUGGGUGUAGAGUUCUGUACAAUUAGACUACUUUUGUAUCAGGCGUGUGUCUUUGUUUCAGAGUCAAUACAUUCCCCAUGGGUAGGUCUUACUAAGUCUGUAUGUUUCAAGCCUCUCCCUUCUUUUGAUGAAAAGGGGUGGGAGCGGGGAGACAAAAUAUGAUAAAUUGAAGCUGCUAAUUUUGUACUACAUCCCCAAACUUCAAUAUUCCUUUUUUCCUCAAUUAAUUUACAUAUUAAAUUGCUGAAACUUUGAAUAUAACUUUCUGUUGAAUUAUUUGUGUUUGUUUCAAGAAGACAUGUUAAAAAGAUGACAAGCCGGUUGUUUCUUCCUUUACUGCUUAUAUUGGCUGUUGCUCAUACCACGAUGAUGACAGAGUUUGUUACUUAAGAACAAGGAUGAUUGAGGCGCAGUAAAGGUGCCGUCUCAGCAGCUGGCGGUGAGUCACAGCAGACUUGGGCUGGUUGACAGGAAAGGAAAGACUAGCCAGGCUAAGUAGCCAGGCUAGAAGCGGUGGCCUAAGUUUGAGUCUGGGGCAAGGCAGUAAAAGAAUUGGAGUUGUCCCAAUGGGUUGGCAUACCCACCCGCCAAGCUUUGAUAGGCAAGGCAAGCUUACUCACGAGACUCCUUUGCUUUGUGAGAAAGUUGAGCAUGCAGAUGAUGCACACUGUGUCACGCAGAGGGUAGAUCUUUCCCCAAUGACAGCAGCACCAAAUGCUUGGUGGCCAGCUCUGACUCCAUCCCUUUGCCCCCAGCAGUUGGUUGAUGCUCUCCCUGGGUUCCAUUGAUUCUUCCCUGGGAGAGAAGAGUGGAGAUGGGAGUUCUGCUUCCCCGUCCAGAGCAACCAUAUCCUGGGAGAAGAAAGUACCUGUCUCCUCCUGCCUUUGUUCCUUGUUCCUUGGAUACAGCCCCAUCCUCCAUUCCCCCUCCCCAUCCAUCUCCACCUGUCAUUCCACACCUAAACCCGGUGAUGCCUCGAGACAUAUGACACUCCUUGAUGUUUGACUGAAGCAUUAGUCAUUGGAGGACUUGUGCAGUUUUGUGCCUGCCUUUCUGUCUAUUGAGUUGCACCAAGUUAGAGAGCUGAAAGUCCAAUAGUGUUUUUGGAACUCACCUUAUCCUUGAUGUGCAGAUGAUCAGUGACAGGAGACGGGGGACUCUGUGACUCAAUCUCUGGGUUAACGGUCUAUGCCUGAAACACAGGGUGCGCUGUGAUCUAUAUCAUCAGAGAUGUUUUGUGUAUGUGAUAUGAUGGGAAGUGCAAUACGGAAUCUCCUUUCAACACAUGCAUUGCCCAUGGCUGGAUCUGUUACUCGGGUGUCCAAUAUGCUGCUGCUCUUAAGUUGCUGGACUCUCAACAAGCAUCAGCCCCAGCCAGCAUGGCCUGUGGUCAGAGAUGAUGAGAGUUGCAGCCCAACAUUUAGAGGGGAACAGGUUGUUUAGUCAUGGUCUAGUACAGUGGUACCUCGAGUUACAGACGCUUCAGGUAACAGACUCUGCUAACCCAGAAAUAGUACCUCGGGUUAAGAACUUUGCUUCAGGAUGAGAACAGAAAUUGCAUGACGGCCGCUUGGCAGCAGCGGGAGGCCCCAUUAGCUAAAGUGGUACCUCAGGUUAAGAACAGUUUUAGGUUAAGAACAGACCUCCAGAAUGAAUGAACCCAAGAUACCACUGUAUAGUACAAUGCAGGAACAUUUUAGGGGACCAUAAAAGGAGAUGGUGUCCCUUUUCUCUGCUGAAACUUCCCCUACUCCACAAGUCCCAAAUAGUAUUUUAAAACUUUAAUUUCCUGGUAGAUGGAGUCCUGAGCAGAAAUAUUUGAUUUGGGGUUGGGAUGCGGUAAUAUUGGGGAUUCCCACUUCCUAUCAUUGUAAUUUUGAACAUCAAAUCUGUCUUAGACUUACAUUUUGUAUGUAUUUUAUUGUGGGUUUUAACUGAUAAUGUUAUAUUUUUGGUGUAUCUUCUGCAUAUCACCUUGAAUGCUAGUUGACUUAGCAAUUAGUAAUUGAUAGGAAUAAACAAUCGCUUCACUUCAUAUUCCUCUUCUGUGAAAUGUUCUGCAUCGUUUGAGUAUAUGUUCUCUCCCCCCCCCUUUGUGUUUUAGAUGGCUUAUUAAAACGUUUGUUUUAUUUAUGCUUAAAUUUACUUCAAAAGUUCUCAUAUCGGUGUACCAUAGUGUGAAUAAACUAUUCACAGAACAAUAUACACAACAUUAAACUGACAAAUUAACACACUGAAAUGCAACACUAUCUCCAGAACUAAAAACAAAACCCCAAACAGAAUAGGGCAUGAUUCCAAAAUCACCUAAGAUAUUUCCAUUUUGAUUGAAAAUGAAUGAGACGCAGGAUAAUAAACCAACCCUUUUGAUAGCAGCUUGCCAUUAAAUUUCUUCAGAUGCAGCACACACUAUUUAAUCUAUCACCUUCCUUGCCUGGAGACUAAGUUUAGAAACAGGUGAGUCUCUGCUCUGAUGGGGAUAGGCUUUCCAACACCUUGCAUAGCUUGCAGCUGCUUCAGAGGUGCUGGCUUGUCGAAUUGAAGGAACUUCUCCCCCUUUUUGCCUUCCUCUUUUUCUACAGGAAUUUUAGAAGCAAGUGGGCGUGGUUUAUUCGUUCCUCCUUAGAGGCAGGGAAUAAAUACUGGCAACUUCCACGCACACUUUCUGUUAUUGGGGAAGCAUUCUUUCUCUUCUCCAGAAAGGAAGAGAAAACAGAAUUUGGGAGGAGAUUGUGUCCCUUUUGGAGGCAUUUCCAUGGGUUGUUCCACAGGCGUAGCUGUAAAAAUGGGGAGAAGAACUGGGAUAAGAGCUACCGGCAACUUAGGAAGCGGCUUGUAAUGUUCUGUUUAAAUAGGACUUUGAACUGUGUUUUCCCUCCCGCCCCUUCCAUGUACUAAGAGGAGAGUAAAAGUGCUCUUUGUAUUCCAUGCUUGGAGCUGACUUCAGAGCCAUACACCAGAACAGCUGCUGGUGAGGCACCUACUGCUGGAAAAAUACCUGAGGUAAGUCUAGUUAUGUGACUUACCUGCGGCAUGCAGCUAGAGACAUUAAGAGUAUAGAGGGGUCUGAGGGCGGGAGUGUGUAUGGGGGGAGUGCUUUUUACCAUUGACUGCUUAAUGCAGUUUCUGUAUUUCCAAACUUUAAAAUUCUUACAAGUAGAAGAGUAAAUAUGUAAGGGUUUGGAAGAUAGAUUGGCACUUUCUGCCUUUGAGACUGUAACAAAGCAGAAAAAUACUGCGCAAGUUUUGCAUAGUUUUGUGGCAUUAAGAUUGCAGCCCUGCACAUACGUCCCUAGAAGUAACUCCCAUGGAGUAUAGUGAGACUUAGAUUUUGAAUGAAAAAUGCAUAGGAAUAGGCUGUAAGUGCAUUCUUUUGAGCUUCUCCAACCUGAAUACUGAUUUUGCUUGUGACCUUUGCUAGAUUAACAUGUGUUUGUUUGUUUUUUAAUGUAUGAAUAAAAAUCCAUUAGCAAAAGCUUUCAGGGAACAUACUGGAAUUUCUUAAGUCAGUCUUAGGAUUUUAAUAUUUGCUUAUUUUCAGAGAUAUUACAGUGGUUCUUCCUUUAUUAUUGAGCCUGUUGAAAUCAAUACAGAACAAUCAAUAGCUAAUAUUGGCUAAGAACUAUUAUCUGGCCCAAUUUAUAGUAGCAAUAAGGUAUGGCCAAGAAAACGGGGUGUGUAACACACACUCUCUCUCUCUCUCUCUCUCUCUCUCUCUCUCUCUGCCUUCCUUAUUAUUAACAUCAUAGUAUUAGAGAGUCCAUAGAACAAAUGUGGGGUAAAAAUAACUUUCUGCUACAUUUCAAAAAUUAAUAUUGGGCAACAUGCAUUAUUAUAUGAGGGCAAGCUGAAGGUUGAUUGGAAUCUUCCAGUGGAAUUUAGUAGUUUGGGUAGGGAUUUUUGACUCUCAGCAGUUUUAGCAACAACAAAAUGUGCCCCUUCCCUUAUUAUUACAUACAGAAUAAUUGAGGUUGCUGAGAAGACUUUUUUUUCUGGGAUGGGUGAGAACGAAGAGAAAGGACCUUAGUAUUUAUGAGUGCUGAAUAUUCCUACUGAGCAUGUUCUCAGAGGCACCCUGUUAAUAACUGGCUUCCCGAGGCACGAUUUGACCCCCGACUCUGAUUGUUAGACCUCUUGGCACCCAAUAAUAUUUCAUUUAUAAGCCAGCAAUUCACAAAGUAUUUCUGGAAAAGAUGUAGCAGAACUGUUGGUGGGGCUGUACUGGGUGAGGAUACUUGCACUUUACAACAUAUUUACUUAUUUUUGCAUUAAUAGCCUUGUUGAGGGUUAUAGGCAAUAAGGGCUUUCUUUUUCUUUUCAUAUGAAGGAGCAUUUAUUCAUGCGAGACCAUGACUAAAAUGGUGCUGUCCAGACACAGCGUUACCACUUCAGUGAGAGCAAGAUAGCUUGGUUGGUAGAGCAUGAGACUCUUUAAUUUCAGGGUUGUGGGUUCAAGCGCCACAUUGGGCAAAAGAUUCCUGCAUUAUAAGGGGUUGGACUAGACAACCCUCUUUACUCCUUCCAGUUCUACAAUUCUACUUUCUAGAAGGAGAAAGUAGAGAGCAUAUCAGAUUUUCUCUAAAAGGGGUGUCCGUUUCCCCAUUCUUAGUGGACACAUUACACACAUGCACCCCAAAACACACAUAUUUGCCAAAGUUGCAUGGGAUGCUGGCCUCCUUUAGUCACCAAGAGUCACAUGAGACAGUACUCUAGAAUGUGUUGCCUGUCAGAGAAUCACCAUCCGGCAAGGAACCUGUCUUCCAUGUGUCAGGCCGGCAAGGAUGCCAGGAGACUGGUAGAUGUCUUGUUUGGGAGACUUGAUCACUUCAGGUGGAGAAGCUCAGCAUUCCCCUUUCUCCAUUGUCUGGUUUGUAGCCACGUAGUAAGUACAGUUCUGCACAUCUUGUGCAAACCAGCUCUUUCUUGCAAGUUGCUGGCCUGCUAGUGACAGGGCUGUUGAAGCAAAGGCAGUGUUGCUAGCAUUCUUUCUAACAUGUUGAGCAAUAAUUUCAACACAGAGAUGGGCACUGUAUUGCGUUGCAUUCCUAGUGGUAUCUGCAAACCAAAGAUAAUCCCGAAUAACUCUUAAAGCAAUAUAAUAAUUAUGAUGAAUUGCAGCAGCAGGUGGUUGCGAGACAUGUGAAAUUAAACACACACACACACACACACACACACACACAGCCAGGAAAGCAAACACCCCUCCCAACACUCCAUGCCUUGAUUCCUACAUUUAACUCCUUUUUUUCUUUGUUUAUCCUAAGCACUAGUUUGCCAUCAUAUAGAGUUCUCUUUCCGUCUCUUUCUCUCUCCACUCCCUCCCGGUUACUGGAGCAAAAGUCCAAAAUGCUGUCCCUCUUAGCCAAAUGACAAGGGGCAAUGGGUGGAGAAGUUAAAAAAGAAAGAAAGGUUUAUUUCAAAGCUGCAGCUGUGAGUCUCUGUUUGGAUAUCUCCAAAAGAACCAGUGGCUUAUGUCUGCAAUCCAGCUCCUCUUAGAGGCUGAGGCUGUCAGAUCGCUUGAGCUCAGGAGUUCAGGGCUGCUGAGAGCUCUGCUUAUUGGGUGUCCGCACUAAGUUCAGCAUCACCUCAACAUGUACAGCCUCACAUUUUAAACUCACUUAAUUUAUGGUUUUUCACUUCUCAACUUGGACCAGUCAUCAGGUAUCAGCAGAACCUAUCUCACACGACUUUUGUGAAGAUAUAGGAUGUAUAAAAUGGCUGCAAAAUGGGGCUUGGUUCUUGUAUUUUAGGCAUCACGUUCUGCUUCCUUUCACCAAAGCGAUGUAUCUUCGUAAACGGACACGUUUUGUUCAUCUCCCCACCCUCCACCAGAAAAAUUUAAAAGCCAAAAAUUCAAAAGUCACAUUUUGCAAACAAUCACUCAGAACACAUUAAAAGGUAUUUGCUGUGGUGUGCGUAAUUUCAGGUUCUGCUCAUGCACAUAAAUCCAAAUGGCAUGUUUGCAAACAUUGGGGAGCAACUUCAGGCACACAAACAUAUAUAGAGAGAGAACCAACUGCUGUAAGCAAAGUAGUUCUCUCUGCCAGUCUUCUGUCAGUUUUGUAAAUGUGACGGUUAUAUGUUACAGCAGUGGUCUGGAAACUGGUUUUCUGUGGCUUUACUGUCCUGCCGGAAAGUUUUAAAGGCACAGCCCUAUGCAGGCCAGGCAAAUCAUUAUGGGCCUUCCUGUACUAUUUUUUCCCCUCCAGAUAAUUCUGUUUCUUUGGCCCUUAAACAUUACAUCAGUACCAUGGGAUAAAGCCACAAAAAGUGGCUCUGCCACUGCUGUAAUGUAUAAACUGAGCAGCAAAGCCACCACAGAUGCAUUGGCAUUUAUGGGUACAUGCGGAACCAAAUGGGGCGUGGGUGGCGCUGUGGUCUAAACCAGGCUUCCUCAAACUUCCUCCAGAUGUUUUUGGCCUACAACUCCCAUGAUCCCUAGCUAGCAGGACCAGUGGUCAGGGGUGAUGGGAAUUGUAGUCUCAAAACAUCUGGAGGGCCGAGUUUGAGGAAGCCUGGUCUAAACCACUGAGCCUCUUGGGCUUGCCAAUCGGAAGGUUGGCAGUUCGAAUCCAUGUAACGGGAUGAGCUCGCGUUGCUCUGUCCCAGCUUCUGCCAACCUAGCAGUUUGAAAGCAUACCAGUGCAAGUAGAUUAAUAGGUACCUCUGCGGUGGGAAGGUAAAUGGCGCUUCCAUGCACUCUGGAACUUGUCACGGUCUUCCGUGCGCCAGUAGCGAUUUAGUCAUGCUGACCACAUGACCUGAAAAGCUGUCUGUGGACAAACGCCGGUUCCCUCAGCCUGAAAAGCGAGAUGAGUGCCGCACCCCAUAGUGGACUUAACUGUCCAGGGUUCUUUUACGUUUACAUGUGGAACCAGUGGUAAUCCUGAAACCACUUUUCCUGCUACCUCUGUCCAACACACUGGCCCAUUUCCCUUGCGUGGAUUUCCAUUUAUUGUGUUAAAACAGGUAGGAGAGGUACAGAUGAAGAAGGUAAUCAAGUUCUGGUUGAAACCUGUGGCCAUCAGAUUGCAGCACAGAUUCCUAGAUCAGCUUUGUUAUCUUCCUCAGGUGAGAAGGAACAUAAUGAAUCACAUCUCUAAAUGGCCACAUAGCUGAAAAGACAUGGGUGUAAAUCCAAGAGAAAACCUGUGUCUGUAAAAAUCAUGCCACAGUACUUUCAUUGGCUGUGCUGUACAUUCCUUUGGCUGGGCAAUAUGUUAAUCAGUGAUUAGUCACAUGAUUUUGGCUUGGACUGCCAAAAAAGAACAACAAAAUACAACAAUGUGCGCACGCAAUCCCUUAUUCAUUACUAGCAGAGAUGUCUUCUCAACAUUUGGUUACUCUUCUGAUUUUGCCACUGAGACCAUUACUGCUCUCCUGUUUUUUCUGAUCCUAACAAAACACAUCAUUUAUCAUCAUAUAAGAGACAUGUCUGUCCGGCUAGGUGUAGAUAUGAUGUAAUUAAGACAACAAUAAUAACCCCAAACACACACUAACAUUGCCACAAAAACGAAGAGAACAGUGCAAUUGAUACAUAAAGAGAAGCACAUAUUUGAAAGAGAAGCACAGGUUUGAAAUCCAGGAGGCUUAUUUAUUUAAAUUCUAGUAUGUAUGAACCACUUGUGACUGGGGAAACCCAGCCAGAUGGGCGCAGUAUAAAUAAUAAAUUAUUAUUAUUAUUAUUAUUAUUAUUAUUAUUAUUAUUACUUGCUGUAAAUGCAUCAAAGCCUAUGAGAGUCUUACCAUCAGCCUGGGCUAAAUUAGACCGUACCCUACAGUACGUUGCUUACAAAAACUAGCAUUGGUGAGUGAGUUCUCCUUUGAAGGGCAUUUUUUGGCCAUUAUUAGUCAUCUAAUAAACAGGUAGGGAUGUGGGUGGUGCUGUGGGUUAAACCACAGAGCCUAGGACUUGCCGAUCAGAAGGUCGGUGGUUCAAAUCCCCGCGACGGGGUGAGCUCCCGUUGCUCAGUCCCUGCUCCUGCCAACCUAGCAGUUCGAAAGCACUUCAAAGUGCAAGUAGAUAAAUAGGUACCACUCCGGCGGGAAGGUAAACGGCAUUUCUGUGCGCUGCUCUGGUUCGCCAGAAGCCGCUUAGUCAUGCUGGCCACAUGACCCGGAAGCUGUACGCUGGCUCCCUCGGCCAAUAAAGCGAGAUGAGCGCCACAACCCCAGAGUCGGUCACGACGGGACCUAAUGGUCAGGGGUCCCUUUACCUUUACCUAGUAAACAGGUAUUAGCAACUUGGGGACAGACUGUUUCUUUGGAACAGUCUGAAAUCUUCACCUCAAGAAUCAGACUUUUAAGGAUUGUAACAUUGCACAUAUAAUAUGGAUUAUUUUGCUUUAUUGCUAAGGUAGGUAAUGCUGCUCUAGUAAUUUGUUACAAGGUCAGAGCAUUGUUUGCUGUUUGUCAGGCAUGUGUGUUGGAUAAGACCAAAGGGUGCUUGCCUUGCUAGGUAGUAGUUAACACAGUGGCAGCUUGUGGGAUGUAGUAACUUUUACUGCUUAGGGAGCUUGAGGAAAGGGAACUCAAUUCCCACAUCUGCAGAGAUGAGUGCUCUGUUUGAUUUGUAUUAUGUGCACUCCUUGGUUUGUGAAGGAAAUAGGUGCAUAGUUUAUACUUGUGUAAUUUUUGCUACUUGGCAAAAUUACAAAAGCCACCUAGAGGAGGCGUUUUCAACAUGAUUGGCAUAGAACUUGUAAAAACAAAAAAACCUUUCUCUUGACUCUUUGCAACCGCAGUUGGCCCCACCCCAACCUCUGCCCACGUCCCACGAUAACUCUUGCUUUCACUCUUGGCUCUCCUCCCAUCGAACCCACCGUUUCCCAUGCAGUUUUGAAGAAGAGGAGCUUGAAUGCCUGAAAAAGGCAUCCCAUUUGAAGUUCAUACAGGACAGGGGGACACUGUUCUCAAAAAAAAGAAAAAAAAAAGGACAAUCACGUUUUUCUAAGGAUGGCUGGCAACCCUACAUGGAUAGCACCUCUUUCUUCACCUGCUACCCGGUAUAUUUGCUACCCUCCUGUACGUCUCUGUGCCUUAUCCUUUUAAUUUCCAAGGGAGUAGAAACACACUGCCCGAUCAGAAUACAAUCAGAAUAAAGUUUUACCCCCCACAUAGGCAUGCAAAGGGUUCUCUUCUGGUUCAUUUAAUGGUUGGUCAGAUUUUGUGGCACAUACAGUGGUACCUCGGGUUACAUACGCUUCAGGUUAGACUCCGCUAACCCAGAAAUAUUACCUCAGGUUAAGAACUUUGCUUCAGGAUGAGAACAGAAAUCGUGCAGCGGCGGCACAGUGGCAGCGGGAGGUCCCAUUAGCUAAAGUGCUGCUUCAGGUUAAGAACAGUUUCAGGUUAAGACCGGACCUCCGGAAUGAAUUAAGUUCUUAACCCGAGGUACCACUGUAGUUUGUAAAAUGGACCCCACCCCCAUGACUUGAGUUAGAAAUGGAUGUUAGCAGCUGUACCAUCAUUCUAUUUGGUACAAAUUGAGUGGUCGGUUGCUUGCUUUCUAAAAUAGAUUGAAAUCUUUGAUAAAGUUACUCCGUUUAGACAUGUGCAAAAUCAACUAUUUCCUGCAGCAGUGCUUAGUGAGAUAGUGUCUUUUAAAGCAAAGUUAUCUGAAGGUAUCUGCAAAAUGGUUUUGUAUUCGGAAGUUUUGGUUUAAAUGAAUGGCAGGGGAUACCGUGCCAUAGAUUAUGAUGCCCAUAGCUAGACUUAUCAGCAUUGGGGAGGAAGUGGUAGUUUUACUUGCCUUCAGAAGUUUAAGAUAUACAGCGGAAGCCUUUUCUAUUGGUACCCUAGCAGCUGUUGGCUUGGUGUCUGACUACUUGGGGAAGGAACUUCUUUCUCGUGGUACUAGACUGUAGAAUGUUGGGUCACGUCGGGGUCACCAGAUGUUGGGUUGAAAUCACGACAGACGAAUGGUGGGUGUCAAAGGAGAGGCGUCUGCCCGGGGCAAGUCCCGGGGACUCUCUUUUAUUGAAUAUUACAAACAUUGCCACAGGUGUGCUUGUGGCUGAUUGGCUGAUACAAACACAAAGCAUCUUGUUGCUGAUUGGUUAACAUAGGUACAAGGCGGGCAUUACAUUUUACAUUAAUCAGUGAUAGUUCAAAAGACUGGGAGCGGAGCUGGAACUAGACAGGCAUGAAUCCUCCUAAUUAAAUUGUAACUAAGAUUAAUAUAACAUGACUAAAACAAUUACUAAUGAUUGAUCAUAAGUGAAAGGUCCGUAUAUGUGGUCAGCUAUGCAUUGAGAACAGAGCAUGUUGUUUUUUGUACGUGAACUCAGAAUGAACUGAAGAAUUGAGGGAAUGUCUGGGUGUCCUGAGCUUGGUGUGUUUGGAACAGUAUGUGCAGAGCAGAAGGAGACUUCCCAGAAUCCAAGAGGAAAGAAGCAAGAGUUUUCAUAGUAAGCAUAGAAAGAUUGCAUAGUAAGAGUUCCCAUAAUGCCACAGUUAUGUGCAGUAAGAGAACUGCAGAAAGAGAACUUCCCUUCAUCUCCCCCUUUCUUUUCUUGUUUGCGAGGCAUUCCAGGUGGAUAAGGCAAAAAUACUUCGGGAUUAGUGGUGUGCCAGCGAAUGCCCGAAAUAAGCCUGCCAGGGUCGAUGGGACAAAAGUACUUCAGGAUACGUGGUUUGCCAGCGCAUGCCCAAAAUAAAUCCGCCCACAUCUCCCCUAAGGUUUACUGUUGGUGUUGCCAUUUCGCAAUGUAAGCAGCAAGCAGUUUGCUGGGUGGUGGAGGGGGGGAGAGAAGCCGAGAGAAAAGACUCAUGAGGCUGGGAACGCAUUGGAGGAAACAGCAUAGUAAAAUAAAAAUGGAAAUUAUGAAAAUAGCAUAUUGAAAGAGACUACGAAGCCAAGUAAGGUUAGGCAACCAAGCAGUAAGCCACUGGGUGAAAGAAUCCCAGAGGCCAGAAAAUCCAACGUCCUGUUUAAUGUGAUGUGUAAGAUUUUGCAAAUGAGAGAUUUGGCUUUGAAUGGCUCUAGAAUUGUCAGUAAUAUUGAAACAGCACAUGUCAUUCACUUGUUCACAGCCAUAAUGAUGAAGCAUCAGCAAGUAAUCUAUCGUGGCGCGGUUCUGUAAAAGCCCAUGCUGGAGUUCACUUUGCUCUUUAUUCAGAAGGUGAAGGGCUUGAGAAGUAUAGUUCAGCGCUUUGCUGCAGAACAAGCUAGAGAAUUAAUAUUUCUACUAUUGCGUACAGCCAAUCCAGGAACUCCUAAGAGAGAAACAGCUAAAGAGAUAUAUUCAGACCUACUGAGAAGAGAGACAAAAGCAUCACAAUCAUUAGUCAAUUAAAUAUUGCGGCGAUAUCGAGAGCGGGAUAAAUGAUGCUUCUUGGGUAAAAUGAUGGACAAACGGCUUAAACAGCAAGGUGUGCCAUGGCUGAUGUUUGCUGGAAUGUAAUUAAACGUAUAGCCAGGACACGACCAGAAGAUUUCCAGUUGAGGGGAAGUGCAAGCUUACUCAUUAAAUUGAAUGGUAGCUUGUAAUUGCUGUAGCAAGUCUCUUCCCCACAGAUUGAGGUGGAUUUUCAGCACACAGGGCUGGAUGUAAGCAAUGGUUUCAGAGCUAUCAGGCAGAGAAACAGGCAGCCACUGUACGCUUUGGAAGAGGUUUGGGGGCCACCCACACCCCAGACUGCAGAGGCAGACUCAAGGGGCCACGUGGGGUCCCAGCAACUACUAGAAAUUACAGAAACGUCUGCGCCUGUGUCAAUCAAGCCUUCCAGCACAAUACCAUUGAUUUUAUACUUACGAAGAAGUUUCUUCUCACCAAUCCUCUGGACUACAGCUAACAGCUGUGGAGGGAAAGAAGAGAGCUCGUGCAAAUUAGUAUCCAUAAUAGAAGCAGUAGGAUGAGAAGGGAGCACCACCAAAUGCGCCCAAGACUCACCCUUUUUGAUUGCAUGGGCAUAUGGCUCCAGAGUUGAACCAUUAUUGUGCCUACAUAGUCAGGAUCCAGAACUCCAGGAAUAACCUGGAUGCCUUCCUUUGCCGCAGAAAAUUUGGGUAAAAUUAAACCUGCGACUUUAGGAGGCAGGGGACCUGCCAAUUGAGUGGGCAUGAGCACAAUUUCACCAGGUAGAACAGAAUCUUUGGUCUCUUGAUUGAUCAAAUCAAUUGCAAAUUCAGAGGGUGUGUUCUUUGAAAAGUUUGCAGCAGCAGAAAUUAAAGGCGGAAAGCUCUCUAAUUUUCCUGGCCCGAGAGUGGGGCCGCAAUGGAGUUUCCCGAACUCCUGCAUUGAUUAGCCCAAUGAUAGCCUUUGCCACAUUUUGGGCAUUUUUUAGAAGGUCUAGCCUUAGAGGCAGAACCAUCCUUGUGUGCCCCCCCGCCUGGGGCUCUGCAUUGCUUGGCAAAAUGGCCUGGGCGCUUGCAAUUAAAGCAGUUACCAGUAGGCUUAGUGGUUGCUUGGAUUGCGCCGGCAAGCAAGGACAUCGCAUGGCUCUGGCUACCGACAUCCGCACAAGCUUGAAUCAUAUCGGCCAGUUCAUAUUUAGGGCGAUGUAUGAUUGACUGCAAAGCUUUCUUGCAAUCAGUGUUUGCGUUUUCAAAGGCCAAUUUCUUCAUCAAUUCAUUUUGAGCAGUGGUGUUAUCAAUCUGCCUAGUGACUGAUUCUUUCAAUCUAUCUAUAAACUGAUGGUAUGGCUCCGAAUGCUGUUGCUUAAUAUUCACAAAGGAGCUCAGCGGUUGCCCAGAAACAGGGACUUUCCGAAAGGCGCGUUGUACACAGGUCGCGGUGCGAACAAAAUGUACAGGUGUCAGUGUUGCUUGGGCAGUUAUAUCAGCAAACUGACCAGCACCAUAAAGUUCAUUGGCAGUAUGUUGAGGAUCAGACAGGGCUGAAGCGCUAUGUUUAAAUUCACUCUCAAACACCACAUACUGAGCAGGGGACAAAAGCAUGCGCAUAAGGUCUUUCCAGUCCUGAGGUAGCAUAAUGUAACCAGUUGCUAUGCCUUCUAGCAUCCCUGUCACAUAAGAGGAUUUCAGACCAGAAUCAGCAAUGGCUUUCCUUAAUUCUCUCAUUACAGAAUAAGGAAGCGAUUCAUAAUAAAUCUGCUGUUGAGCAGAUCCAGGGUUUGAAUAAGAGAUAGGGAAAGCAGACGGCAUUUCACCUGGCCACUCAGACUCCUCCUCUAAGGACAGGAGCCCUGUUUGCCUUGCCCGAGAGAGCGCAGCACGCACAGCUCCGAGAGAGCAAACAGGGGCUGUGGCAGGAGGAGGUGGGAUGGGGGGGGCGGGAGGAAGCAGGCUGGGGGGGCGGGGUGGGGGGGGAGGAUGCAGGUUGAGGAGGGUGAGACGCAGGGAGGGAUUGGCUGGGCUGCAAAGGAGAAGGAGGUAAAAGUUUCGGGUAAGGGGGGGGGAUUGUCUGCGAUGGCGAAAAGUGCUGGUGGCGGGCGAGACGCCUGUGGUAAUUUAGCGACGGCAUCAGCACAUUUCUGCCAAGUGAGCAGACAAUGAAUCGGAGCCCUAGGUUCUGCAAAAAGGGUCUUUCCGAUCUUUUGCCAAGUCUCUACGUCCAAAGAUCCAGCCUCUGGAUAAAAAAUGCAUUGGCAAUUUAUCUCACAUAGCAAUUGUUCAAUUUCUUUUAAGGAAAUAUUAACACCCACCUCCCGCUGUCUAACUAAAUAAAGCAACUCUUUAGCAUGCUCUUUCUGGAGCUUAGUCAAGUCCCCUCCCAUACUCACGAAGUAGCGCGCUGAGACUUUUCCAGUCGGGUGAAGUAUGAGGUUUGGCUGCGUAAGGGAUCUGGCACGUCGGGGUCACCAGAUGUUGGGUUGAAAUCACGACAGACGAAUGGUGGGUGUCAAAGGAGAGGCGUCUGCCCGGGGCAAGUCCCGGGACUCUCUUUUAUUGAAUAUUACAAACAUUGCCACAGGUGUGCUUGUGGCUGAUUGGCUGAUACAAACACAAAGCAUCUUGUUGCUGAUUGGUUAACAUAGGUACAAGGCGGGCAUUACAUUUUACAUUAAUCAGUGAUAGUUCAAAAGACUGGGAGCGGAGCUGGAACUAGACAGGCAUGAAUCCUCCUAAUUAAAUUGUAACUAAGAUUAAUAUAACAUGACUAAAACAAUUACUAAUGAUUGAUCAUAAGUGAAAGGUCCGUAUAUGUGGUCAGCUAUGCAUUGAGAACAGAGCAUGUUGUUUUUGUACGUGAACUCAGAAUGAACUGAAGAAUUGAGGGAAUGUCUGGGUGUCCUGAGCUUGGUGUGUUUGGAACAGUAUGUGCAGAGCAGAAGGAGACUUCCCAGAAUCCAAGAGGAAAGAAGCAAGAGUUUUCAUAGUAAGCAUAGAAAGAUUGCAUAGUAAGAGUUCCCAUAAUGCCACAGUUAUGUGCAGUAAGAGAACUGCAGAAAGAGAACUUCCCUUCAGUAGAAUACUCUCUUUAGGAAAUUUCAUUUUCAUUUUAAUAUUUCAUUGUCAGGCAAGAACCUUUUAAAACAAAUUCCAGACAUUUUAACCUGACCUGGGCUUUUAAAUAUAUAUUUGUCCUGCUGUUGUGCUGCUCCUCUAAACUGUGUAAUUUUAAUAUUCUCAUUUUCAUUGUAUUUUACAUUGUACUGGGAAUUUAUUGAAGUGUAGGAUGUAAAUCCUUGAAAUAAAAUGUACGCACUAAAAAUUUCAGGCUGUGGUAGAAGUCUUGGGCACAAUCUAGUAAAAGUUGAGUACCUUGGAUUACUAUUGAUUUUAGCAGGAAAAACCCACACAUGUGCGAAAAUAAAUGGGGUUUAAAAGUGCUUAACGUUUCCUGAAUCUAUGCCCCUGGCAUUGCAGGUUAUAUAAAUAAUUUAUCAUCUCCCCACCUCCCCAGAAUAUGUUCCUUUUGUCUCUUUAAGGCCACAGCACAGCUUACAUCUACUGCAAGCUUCUGUGCAAGCUCAGAACUACUGUGCACCACACAUUAAAUUUCAGUAGAACACUGCUGGUGUAUUUCAAGGGAUAUUGCUAAAUAAACUGGGUAUCAAAUCUUUAAACGCCAGCAAAUAUAAACAUUGCUGGUUUUCUUCUCCCGAACCCUCCUGCAGCUGAAACUGUGUGUGCAUGCCAAUUGUCUUCGUUUAUAAACUUUUGUAAGGCAAGUUUCCUGCAUUCUCUGCUAAGUGCUGUCUCACUCAGUGUAAGUAAAAUAUUGCAGAUGACAGGCAGAUGACUUGUUCUUCUCACACUGGUGCUGGUGCCACUCACUUCCUGUUUGCCUUGUCGGGGUGUUUCCUGAAGCAGCCAGCGUGUCUGUCAUGCAGGAAGCAGAAAAGCUAAAAUAGCACAGACAUUCCCAAAUGUAUCGCUACCUGGAUGCGUUGCUUGUGAGGGUGUACAUUGGUCUGUCUCUGAUUCCCCCCUCCCUUGUGUCUUCAGCCUUACACCUCAGCUGAUUUCCUAAUCUUUCCAGCUUAUUCAGCUGACUGCAAAGGGGCCAGGCAGUCGUUUAAAUUGCAAAGCUUCCCAUAUUGCUGGCAUGCAAUUCCCUUCAAACGACACUCAUUAUUUUUCACUAUUAUCCCGUAAUAUUAAUAAAACAGAAAUUUAUGCAUGGAACCAUGACUUUUUUUAUUGUUGCCAUGUUUAUUUCUGCUUUAUCUUGAAAGUGCAAGAAAGAGAAGCUUGUAAUUCUGAACUCCUGUUUACACCAAAUAAAUCCGCCUGUACUUAUUUAUCUGGAUAAUGCCGCUGAUUCAACAAAGCAAGAUCUAACAAACUGAUUUAAAAGAUUAAAAGUAUUUUGUAUAGAAAAGAAAUUCCUACUGCCUGUUAGCUUGUUUCUUUUCCUUUCCUUGCUUUUCUGGUGGCAGUCUAAUUUCAUUCCUUGUUUUCCUUAGUGAAAGGUACAUUUAGGGUCAAACUAGAACUGAUGCCAGUAGAUAUAAUUUUGAAUGCUAUGAUUGGGACCCCCAUUCUCAUAGCUAUAUAACACCCCUGGCAACUGCUGGGCUGUGGUGUCAGUCCAGAUUGGGACUGCCACAGGCAGGAUUUAUUUAACCCAGUGUUUUCUUAGUUCUCUCCUGGGAUUGACUGCAGCUUUUUUUCUUUGCUGGGCUACACGUGGGGCUUGCAAGAAAAUGUUGCAGCACGUAAAUGCUCCUGUUCUGAGUUCCUGCCUGCCUGCCUGCCUGCCAGCUAGCUAGCUAUGACCUUUCUGAGGCUAUUCCAUUCCAUCCAUGGAUGCUUUAGUUGAGAUUCCUGCAUUGCAGGGAGUUGGGCUAGAUGACCCUCAAAGUCCCUUCCAGCUCAACAAUUAGCUAUAGUGAUUCUAUUAUUCCUUCCUUCUAAGUCUGCUGGAUCCCCAUUGGGUUAUCUUUCAGGGGUCCUGCCCGUUAAGCCCCCACCCGGGUAAAGUUUUUCUAUUUCUGCAAAUGCUUUGGUUCCAAGAAACCUGCUGAUAACCUCCCUCUUGUGCGUGGAUGUUGCUGUUUUAGCUGUGUAAUGAUAGCUAGUUGGAGAACGCGUUUGCUGUUAGUAUGUAUGUUGAUUGAUCUGCAGUCAUGCAACACUGCAGAAGUUCAAGUGUGUUUUAAAAACUGCAGGAGCCUUUUAAUUAAAUGGCCGAGAUGCUAACAGUCGGAGCCUCACUGUUAGUGGCUCACUUCAGCUAUGGAAUCGGGCAACAAAGGCUUACACAGUGGAUAUUUUCCCCCCCAAGUUAUUGCAGGGUCUGACACACUUUCCUUAGCGGCCAUAACGACCCUGGCUGAAAGCAUGGAUAUCUGUGACAGAUUUGGCUUUAACCUGCUGCUCAAAGUAUGCUUUUUUGGCCUUUUGAAGUAAGAAAAUGUCAUUUGGACUUGGAGCCAGCUGAAAAGCGUUUCUGUUUCCAGGACUGCUGCUGUCCAAAGGUCAUAUUAUCAGAUCUACGGAGGGGUCAGUGCCAAUUGCUUAGAAAGAAGCAGAGAGCAACUGGCAGAGCUGGCUUCUGGUUUCAGUGUGGUACAAAAAAGGGUUUUCCAGCAUUCUGUUAAAUUAUCAGCUUAAUUAUCGCGCUUUACGGGGCCAAUCACUCUUCCCUUCAAAUGUAUAAAAGCUAUUUAAGGGAAAUACGUGAUGCAUAGCUGCAUAGGAAACUCCUUAAUACAGAGUUAGACCAGUGGUACAUCUAUCUCUCUGUUAUCUGCACUGAUUUGCAGGGGCUCCCCAGUGUUUCAGAUGAGGAAUCUUUUACAGACCUUCCUGGAGAGUACAGGGGUUCCUUCAGGAUUAGAGGAAAAUGUUUUCUUUGGCUGGAAGUAAAAAAUUAAAAAAGGGCACACACUACCCCAUAAUCAAUGGAACUUGUUAGUCAUUUACAAGAGAGGAAUAACACGGUCCUUUACUGUGAUUUACUUUAUUGCUUACUCAUAAUACUAGAACCUGGAGCAAUCCAAUGAAGCUGAACAUUGGAAGAUUUGGGACGGAAAAAACGAAGUACUUCUUUACACAAUGCAUGGUUGAACUAUGAAAUGUGCUUCCGAUACGAAAGAUUCAAAUUUCAUAGAAAGUGAUAUGUGUGUGCGUUUGCGCAUGCACACCAGUUUUUAAAAUUUAUUUUAGAAAUCCUUAAGUAUUCAGUUUAGGUUUUAUUUUAUCACAUGGAAUAGGUCAGAAUUGGCAGAAAGCAAGCAGGGGGGAAGGAAAUUGCAGAGUUUGUAUGUCGGUAAUCAAUAAGGGCAGGAGAUUGCUUUCCUGUCCCAAGACCACAUUUGUUGUGCAGCAUUUGCCAGAUCCUGCCCACACAGAAAAUCAUUGGGUGAUCAGAAACACCUGACACUGUAUCAGAGAGGGGAGGUCAGUGCUUGGCUGAACGUGAGAGGAGGGGGAGAAACAGUAGAGGUGGGAAAUAGCUGACUUACCAGUUCCUUCAUCCACUGUGUUGUGGCUUUACCCCAAUCCACCCUUUCUACAAGGUUGGGGAAAGUUGCAACUUCCUUUUAAGGCAAAAAAACCCCCCAUACUCUUCUUUUAAAGCAAAGGUCUAAUCUCAGGGAUUAGAACUCCCCCAGUCCUUCCUAAAUUCUCCGUUCAUACAUACAUACAUACAUACAUACACAUAUAAGUCUAUAGUUCUCCUGUUUACUUUGUUUACAUUGAAGUUCUAAAGUGAGAAAUUCCCAUGAGGCACGCCAGGCUGUGGUUGUGCAUCUUUAAUAUUAUGCGUUAUUAUUUUUUUAGCUUUAUGCCCUUCUCUGUCCUCAAGGCUCUGGGAACUUUACAUAAAUAUUUACAAUUUUUGUCUUUCUAAAAAUAGUGUCUGGAGAAAAAACAAAGAAAUGGCAUCCCUCCUUCCAAAUAUUCAGUAAAUGCUUUCAAAAUAGCCAAUGACUAACCAUUGUGAGAAAGAAGAUAAUGAACUAGAUGAACCUUUGGUCUGAUCCAGUGGGCCUCUUAUGCACCUUUUCCUAAUGGAGCUCAUGGUAUAGUGUUAAGAUCACAAAAAACUCACUGACAGCAUACGUACAUAAUUUUACUUUUGUACGCCACCUUUCCGUAGUUAAAACCAUGCUCAUGGUGGCUUGCGAUUAUAAACACAGUAAAAGUAGCCAUAAACAAUAAAUUAUAAAGCAUUUAAAAGUACACAAGCAAAUUAAACAGUUUCCAUAUAAAUCAUAAUAAGAUCUAAAAUAAAGAUACAAAAAAAAUCAAUAUCAAAAACAGGAACAACCACGCUCCCAACCAAAACCCCUAGCAAUACCCUAACCCAAGAGUCUGUUCAGCAGCCUCAGCUUUUGUAGCUGGAGUCAGUCAGGGCCUGCCCUCCCAGGCCAGGUGGGAAAAGACCUGUAAGACAUGGAGCAAGUCUUCCAGGACUCAGAGCCAAGAUGUAGGUGGAUGAUGAUCAGAGCACAUACCAUGUUGACAGUUGUGUGAUAAUGAUUCAUUAUUUUCAUAAAUUGGCAUUUUUUAAAUUUAAGAAAUAAAUUAAGGACUGAAUUUGGAAAAACCGUCUUCAGAAUGCUAUGAAUUGCCCAGUUGUUUGGUUUUUUUCUUCUUCUCCCAUGCACCAUUCAUUUGUUUUCCCACACUCCUUUUAGAAUUACGUUUCUAAAUAUAAACACUGAAGUUUCACAUAACUCAGUACUGUAUUCUGUUUGUGGUUUGAAAGUUUUCUUUUCAGAGCUUUCUGAAUCAAGAUGAGCUUUGUGUUGCACGUCAAUUAUGCAGUCUGUGCGAGGCACAACUCUUGACUGUCAGAUUAGCCUCUAGGUUGGCAGUGGACAACACAGACUGAAGAAACACCACACAUCCAUGCAGUCUUGUUCUCACUUGUUUCCUUUCAGUUGUCUACUCACACUCUUUCUCGCACCCAGUUCCAGAAGGAAGAUAAAUAUUAUUGACAUCUUCAUUCUGUAAAGCAGAGUAGGCUAACCCGGGGCUCUCUGGAUUGCUGCUAGAUUCUGUAGGUCAUCCUUGACCAUUGGCCAUGCUGGCUGGGACUGAAGGUACUUGGGAUCUGAAGUAGCUUGGAGUAACUUGUUUCAUUUGUGCAGUGGAACUUCUCCCCCUGCACUCCCUCCCAUGUGCCCCCUAAAUCUGUUCUAGGGGUUCCACCAAAUUUUGGGAGCAGAUUUGAGGUGAUGGGGGCAAAGAGGGAGGGACAUUCUGUUGCUCAAUUAGAAAUCCUUGCAUUAAGAUGUGCCAGUUGGAUACUGUCCUUGAAAUCCCAUCAACAUCUGGGGGGUCCACUGGAUCCCCACCUCUGUUAUAAAAUAUGUGCAGCAGCGUACUUGUUUUCCUGCUGGUUCCGUCACCUUUUUUCUAUGAAUUUGAAAAUUCUAGUAGUCGGUUUGAGGAAGGGAGGAGAGAGAGUGGAAGCCUGGGCUUUAUAUAUGGAAAUCACCUUAAUCUCUUCUGGAACCCAGUUUAGUUCUUUGCUAUGCCACGUUACUGGAAGUACUUACUGAUGGGGACGACGUCCAGUAGGACAUCCUUUCACUCCAAUUUUGGUGAAUCUGUCACUACGGGGCCAGUGCAUCAAGUAGUAAGGCUGCCAUAAGGGUACUGGAAUGCUCUGUGCACCCAGGGGUCCAUACUAAGCGGGUGGUGCUGUGGUCUAACCACCGAGCCUCUCAGGCUUGCUGAUCGGAAGGUCAGCAAUUCGGGUCUGCAUGUUGGGGUGAGCUCCCGUUGUUCUGUCCCAGCUUCUGCCAACCUAGCAGUUCAAAAGAACACCAGUGCAAGUAGACAAAUAGGUAUUGCUGCAGCAGGAAGGUAAAUGGCAUUUCUGUGUGCUGUGGAACUUGUCACGGUUCUCCAUGCGCCAAUAGCGGUUUAGCCAUGCUGGGCACAUGACCCAGAAAGCUGUAUGUGGACAAACGUUGGCUCCCUCGGCCUAAAAAGCGAGAUAAGCGCCGCAAACCCAUAGUCCCUUUUGACUGGACUUAACCGUCUAGGGGUCCUUUACCUUUACCUUUUACAUACUAUGCAGAUAUGGGCUGGGACAAUCAUCAUUUUCUCCCAUUGAGUUAUUUGGGGUUACAAUAUGGAGUUGGGAAUAAUGAGAGGGGAAGAGUAAUUUUUUUUUUAAAAAAGGGAUAGAUGAACGCAAGAGUGCUCUCUACCCUCAACGUGAGUCUGGAGGGUCACUGGAUGAGAUAGUUUAAUUAUCUUCUGAAACCCCCCCCCACCCACUCCAAGCUGCCUCAGAAUUGCAGCCUUAACCCAGUCUUGCUUUUCAAAACAGAUGACACAUGAUUUCCUGCUGCAUUCAUAUAUUUACCUGGUCACUCCUGCUACGUGCAUCAUGCUGUUCAAUUUCAAGGCUAAAUUGCUUAAUAGUUGUGUUUUCUGAGAACAAUUUCCCCUCCCUCCCCCACAGGUGUUUACUUAACUUUUGUUUGCUCUAACAUUCUGCUAAGUGAAGUUGCAUGAAAAUGAAGCAGACUUCACAGAUCAGACACAAAUAUAAUCUUGCAUUGCCUCAGAUCCAGUGUUUAAUACUAUGUGUAUGUGUGUUUUGGGGGCUGUUAAUACACAUGUUCAGCCGAAAGUUAUCAAAUUACUGUAUACUGAAUGGAGCACGUAUAUGUGUUAACUGUCCCUAAGUUGUGUCUUACCACCGUCAUGUCCCUCCCUCCGCCCCUGCCCCCAAAAUCAUUGCCGUUGCAGAGCUGUUCCAGCCCCAUGGCUUAGUGCAAGAUGGAAGGGUUUUAGCCUGAGCAAAACUAAGUUGUGUAUUGCCCAUGUUCCUUUACCAGAUUUUAUAGUGCAACAUACUUUAAAGAUACUUGGCAGUGUGUUUAAGUAAAUGUUAUAAUGUCUAUGUCCAAUGCUGUACAUUUUAAAAUAUGUGAUGCAGAGCUGAUUUUAAUAUGAUUGUAGUAUAUUUCUGUAAUGUUCAGCUUACCAUCCUCAUGUAACAUGUUGUGAAAAGCAAAUAUUAAAGGGGUAGAGAGAAAUUUAAAAACACUGCAUUGUUUGAUUAUGCACUUUGGAGAAGGUUAAAUAUAUCUGUCUCAUAUAUAUCUCAACCAUCACAAUCACAGUUGUCCUUGCUUCAAAAAAGUGGGAAGUUUGCAAAGGGAUGUCCAAAAUCAGACUGGCAAAACGCUGAAGAACCAAUAUCUGUUCCAUCUUAUCACAGUCCUGUGCAUUCAAAUGAGAAUUCCCAAAUACAAUAAGUCAGGAUCUGGACUCUUAGAUAAACUUGACUUCUCAAAGUGCAGCUUUGCAAAGAAAAGGCAAUUGUGUGAACCAGGAGGGGGAAAGAGCUUAAUGGCGGGGGGGGGGAGGGAGACAAUUCCAGUAUAGUUGUUCAGGAAACCUUGGGGUGCUUUGCAAAACAAUCCUUGAAUUGCUUGAUCACUGUACUGGUAAUUCAGUUUGGUCAGGGAGUUUCCCUCGGAUUUAGCAGACAACUCAGGAACUGCACAGCUCACUUGCAUCCAGGACUCCAGCACUGAAGCCUUUACCCACUUCCUUGCAGUGUUCAGUACUGUUCUGCUGAUACGCUUUUUCCUAAUUGCGUUAAAUUUAUGUUCUAUUUCAGACGGAAAGCCAAGCCAAAAGCUCCUCGUCCUCCAUCUGAGACAAGGAUCACUGACUGUUCUUCUUUUGAUGAUUCAGAACUAACUAAUUUCACCAUGGAGCAAAAAGAAAACAUAAUCGACAGAGACAUUGAGCUGUCUGUGGUUCUCCCAGGUGAUGUGAUCAAGUCUACUACUGUUAAUGGCAGGUACGUUUAAGAAAGAAUUCAUGCUGUUUUGCAGCAGAAGUGCUUUAGCACGUACUAAUUUCAACCUGGAUGUUGAACCUGGAAAUCCAGUAAUGUCUAUGUUGUGAUCCAAAAACCCAACAAGCUGUUUGUGCCCACAUGAUUUUGUUAUCUUGCGCCGAUGUACAUUUGUUUUGUUUUUUAGUUUAAAUGAGCCUUGUUCCUUUCAUUUUUUUGUCCUAGAUAACUUAAUUGCAGUUCAACCAGAGGUCCCCAAAGACAGAUUUUUAAGACUUCGGGGAAUAGUGAAGCCCUUCAGCUAUCCAGUGGGGCACAGCUCAGGGAAAUGCCAAGGCAAAGGGAAGCUAAGCUUGUCUGGCAAAACUCUAGGAAACACUCUCUGGCUGGAUUGAGUGAAAAUGUAAUACCUUCCUUCCACGUGACUAGGAAAGACUGAGAGUGGGGUUGAGGCACAGUCACAUGGCCCAAAGAGAAGGCUUACAGAGAGUAAGGCAACUUUGCCCUAAGCUUUAGCUCAGGUUGAUACACAGCUCUGUUGCUCCCAAGUCUUGGUCAAGAGCUUCCUUGAGCUGUGUGUUCCUGUGAGCUAGGGCAAAGUUUGCACAGGUCCCUGGAGCCUUUAAAAAACAGGAUUUGGGGGCUUAUGCACACUUCUUUCUAGUUUGUGGAAAUUGGCCAAAAUGAUAAAAUUGAAAGAACAGGGGGGGAAAGUGGAGGCAGUUCUCAGUAAUAAUUAACGAUGAGCAACAAAAGUGAAAGAAACAUUUUCUUGCCUAUAAAUCUGCCCAGAUUAUUUCCUUUUUAGAGUGUGGCCCUUCAAGGACCUCUAAAUUACUCUUUAGAUGCUAAAAUCUGCAGCAAAACCUGUGAAGAUUGGUGUAAAACAUGAUGGCUGUUUAAGCCAUCUGCUACGUAAGAAAAGCAUCUUGAAUAAAGUUCUGGGAAGGUGGGCUGGGUAUUCUUUCAUUUGUGUAGUGUGUGGAGAAAGGAAGGCAUCGUGCGAGUCAUCCUUGCUGUUUCUUACCUGCUCCAAAACUUUAGUGGAAAUUAGAUCUUUCAGUAAUGAUCUGUGUGGUGCCAGGUAUUCUAUUUAUCACAUAUCCCUAGCCAGUGGAUUUGCAGAUGUCGCUGCUGUAGUUAGGUUUGGCUGUCUGUGUUUCUUCCUCAGAAUUUUACUUAGGAAUAGGACCCAGUAAGUAAUUUUCCAAAAUGUGGCCUAAUUUGAAAUACUGGAACCCCCUUGAAAAUAUGUGCAAACAUGAUUGGCAGGCUGCUACAAUUCUGGUGGAACAUUGCUUUCAGUUAAUAGUUUAAAAUUUGUAUUUAAUGCAGAAUAGAUGCUGAAAUAGAAAAAAAGGUUUGGUGCAAAAUACAGGAUUUGGUGACUGAUGUUUUCACGCUUGAAUUUUAGACCGAUGAAACAAUUACUUAAUUGAAUUGAAUGUUUACUUGCAAUGAAAUUCCGCUCAGGCAGUUGAAAUAAAAAUAUAAUCUGAAUCAUAGCUUUUUGGGUGGAAAAAAAAAUAGUUUGUUUGGGUAUUUUGGCAAAUUUAGCUUUUUAAAAGAAUUGUGAUUUGGGAGCCCUUCUAAGUGGAGCCUUUGUACAGGUCAUUUAAGUUCAGCAUGGUAAGACUUACAAGAAUUGAUACAGGGUUUGCGGUAGUAAAAGUACUACAGUGGUGCCUCGCAAGACGAAAUUAAUUCGUUCCGCAAGUCUCUUCGUCUUGCGAGUUUUUCGUCUUGCGAUGCACGGUUUCCCAUAGGAAUGCAUUGAAAAUCAAUUAAUGCGUUCCUAGAGAACCGCCUUCAGACCAGGUCCGGGGACAGUCUGUCCCCGGACCUCUUCUGAAGGCUGGGGGGCAAGGGCUUUUCUUCCCACCCCAGCAUUUUAAAAGCCCCGGGACAGCGGAGGACUUCUCCGCUGUCCGGGCGAUCUUAAAAUGCUGGCGGGCGGCAUUUAAAAUCACCCCGGGACAGCGGAGGACUUCUCCGCUGUCCGGGGCAAUUUAAAGCCCCUGGGAAGGCAGGCAGGGGGACAAAGACUUUGCCCCCGCCAGCCUUCAGAAGAGGUCCUGGACCUCUUCUGAAGGCGGGCGGGGCGAAGUCUUGCUCCCCCGCCUUCAAAAGCCCUCCGGGACAGGCAGGCAGGGGGAGCAAGACUUCGCCCCCGCCCGCCUUCAGAAGGUCUUCCCUCCCCCCGCCCGGCUCGGAGCACCGUUCCGAGCCGGGCGGCGGCGGGAGGUCUUCCCUCCCCCGCCCGGCUUCGGAGCACCGUUCCGGGCCGGGCGGCGGGGAGGUCUUCCUCCCCACCGCCCGGCCCGGAGCACCGUUCCGAGCCGGGCAGAGGCGGAGGUCUUCCCUCCCCCGCCCGGCUCGGAGCACCGUCCGGCCGGGCGGCGGCGGCAGGUGUUCCCUCCCCCGCCCGGCUCGGAGCACCGUUCCGAGCCGGGCGGCGGCGGCAGGUGUUCCCUCCCCCGCCCGGCCGGAGGAGCCUUCCGAGCCCGGCGGCGGCGGGAGGAGGUGUCCCCGCCCCGCCGCCAGGCUUCGGAGGAGGUCCGAGGACAGUGGGGAAGACGCGCUGCGCUUCCCCGCUGUCCCUGAGAUUUCCCUAUGGGCUGUCGUCUUGCGAAGCAAGCCCAUAGGGAAAUUCGUUUUGCGAAGCGCCUCCAAAACGGAAAACCCUUUCGUCUAGCGGGUUUUCCGUCUUGCGAGGCGUUCGUCUUGCGGGGUACCACUGUAGUUUGUUUUCACUAGACUGUAAAACAGCAAAGAAAAGCUGCAUGUGUAUUUACUAGUCUUUAGUUAUAUCUGGGUGGUCCUUGUUCAUGAGCCAGCAGGAAUUAGGUAUGUGUCCUAGCAUUUUAAAUAAGUAACCACCAGUCAGUGCUUAACUAUUUAAUGGGCUGUGUCUCUGCAUCCCCUGCCCUUCCUGAAGCUGUUUUAGGAGGGAAUUGUUUCAUUUUAUAAUACGAUUUGCUCUUUUGUAUACUUGCAUACAAAAAUAAGGUUUACGGUAAGUGAUUGGGUAAAAUAUUUCAGGAAGACCGGUUCUGUUUAUUGCAAUUGGCUAGUGUGGAACUGUCUUGCUGUGCAAGGCCAAAUGCGCCACAAACUCCAUAAACGUUCAGAAAUGUAGUCAAGAGACCUGCUAUUCCCACUACAGCAACCAGUCACAGGGGAGGAAGCAGUGUGGAAGGCAUAUUUUUUCUUCUUUUUUAAAGUUACUCUUGGCUCUUAGGCUGUUUGGUAGUCUUUUGGUAAAAUGUUUUGUUGAGCCUUGGGUUCAACAAGGCCCUUUUUUAUAAUUCAGGGAGGCGUUGUGUAAGCUGUUCCAAUUAGGAGGUGGAAAAAUUAUUUCAUCAUAAUCUCUGUUAUUCAUUAUCAGGGUUGACCCAAGAGCAACUUUAAAGCUUCUAUGCUGAACGUUACUGUGCGGUAGAUUAAACUUGAGUAGGAAUGUUGCUUGUUUUUUUUACAGUCGCUGAGACAUUCUGCAGGGUUUUAAUCUUACGAAAGUGUUCGAUAUCUCUGUGCCGCACUAUUUCUCGACAGUGUUGAAAGUGGCUUUUGCCUUACAGACGCUGCUGAAUCCCAAUGAAAUAAAUUACUGUAUUUUUCACUCCAUAAGACACACUUUUUUCCUCCUAGGGGAAAUGGAGUGAAUGCGCUGGGUGGCAGAGGGAUCCCUCAGCUACCGCUACAGUCGCGAGCUGAGAGGUGCCUCUGCAGCCAGAGCCAUGGCUCCCGUCUGCUGCUCGCUGUGAAGCCAGCAGAGCAAGAGCCACUGCGCAGCUAUCACUCUUGCUCUGCUGGCUUCAGCGAGAGCUGCGCAGCACCUCUGGCUCUGCUGCCUUCACAGGAAAGCGGGAUGAGGUACGGAAGGGGCUCCAUGUAAGGGCUCCCUUCUGUCCCUCCUCCCGCUUCGCUGUGAAGCCAGAAGAGCCAGAGCCGCUGCACAGCUAUCGCUCUUGCUCUGCUGGCUUCAGCGAGAGCUGCGCAGCGCCUCUGACUCUGCUGGCUUCACAGUGAAUUGGGAGGAGGGACUGAUGGAAGCAAGCAAAGCGAGAGCUGCUUACAUGGCUUCUGUCCCGCUCUGCACAGCUCUCACUUUGCUUGCCCAUCCCUCCUCCUGCCUCGCUGUAAAGCAAGCAAAGCACCUGUCCCGGUGUCUCCUCCUCCUCUUCUUGCUCCGGAGUCGCCGCGCUUUACAGCGAGGCAGGAGGAGGGAUGGGCAAGCAAAGUGAGAGCUGCGCAAAGCGGGAGAGAAGCCAUGUAAGCAGCUCUCGCUUUGCUUGCUUUAAAGCAAGAAAAGCGAGAGUCGCUUACAUGCUCUGUGCAGAAUAUUUUUUUCUUGCUUUCCCCCUCUAAAAACUAGGUGCAUCUCAUGGAUAGGUGCGUCUUAUGGAGCAAAAAAUAUGGUAGUCUUGAGAGUGCCUACAUCUUCUGAAAUGUACUGUACAGGGAAUGAUAAUUUUGCACACAACGAAGGCAUGUGCAACCACUGACGCGUGCACUGCUUUUGGCCUGCAAGGGGGCAGAGUGGGGGUGGGGCGGGCUGACACCUGCAAUGACCUGGAUCGCAUCCCCCAUGCAAGUGGGGAGCUGCCUGUACAUAACUGUCUUCUGGUUCAAGCAAGGCAAGAGCGUCUUCAAGAGCCAGACCUCCACCACAACCAAGUCUUUCUUAAUGACCUUUGGGGAAAUUAUAUAAUAACCAUUUAUAGUCAUAUUAACAUUUUAUUCCAGCAAACCAAUGAUGGACUUACUGGUAUACCUUUGUGCACAACACCGUUUGAAUCCUGCCAGCCAUACCAUAGACCUGAUGACAGUCGAGAAAAAGCAGAUCAAAUUCAAACCAAAUACACCCAUUGGGAUGCUUGAAGUCGACAAAGUGAUUUUAAAGCCAAAACAGAUGGAUAAAAAGAAGCCUACUCCUGUCAUCCCAGAGGUGAGAUAUUUUACAGAAACUUUUUCUACCUCCUAAAUACUUUUCAUUUAAAUUCUAAAGCUUUUGGAGGCAGUAGCAUCAUUCAGAAUUUGUUCAUAAAAUUGCAUAUGAAAGUCACUGGAAAUUAACCUAUAUUUGUCUUUGGUAGUGCAUGCCUUGUGACUGCUCUGGGUUCAGAGAUGAAUUGCUGAGUGGUUGCCUAGGGAGGGAGAUAGGUUUUCAUUCCAUGGGUUCCUACCUGCUGUGAUCUGCUUUAAGGAGGGGUGCGCAUGGGUUUUGCCUUAAGCAAGUGCAAAAAGUCCUUUCGCUUAUUCUCAGUUCUCUGUCUCUCAUUCCCUGUGAGUUCUAUGAAGAGCAGAGAAAGUGUUGACAACCAGGGGCAAGACAUCACUACCACGUGAGCCAUAUUCAGUUCAUGAGUUCAAAUCCUUGGGAUAUUUGAAUUUGGGGAGGCCUUGUUCAUAUCCUCUUCCAAGUCUUGAAUCUUAAUAGGGGUGGCCUAAGCCAAAUCUUCAUUUCACACUGAGAAGAGCUGGAAGAAUAUGGGGUAUAAAUUAGAAUUCUAUUACAUCCCCGCCCCAUGAAAUGUUUUGUGAAAGUUAUUAGUAGCAAUGAACUCAAUGCACUUGAUGGAUUGAGUGUCUUUCAGAAAGCAAAAGACUAUAAUCGGUUUUUAAAAUUCCCCUUGUUUCAGCAAACCGUGAGAGUCGUUGUAAACUACAAGAAGACACAGAAGACUAUUGUCAGAGUUAAUCCUCAUGCACCACUGCAAGAUAUCAUGCAAAUCAUCUGCAGCAAAUGUGACUUCGACCCUUUACACACUCUGUUACUGAAGACUUACCAAUCUCAGGAAACUCUUGACUUGACCAAAUCCCUAAAUGAGCUUGGGCUCAGAGAAUUAUAUGCUAUGGAUGUCAGCAGAGGUAAGAUUUAUAAACUGGUCUCUUACCAAAACUAUUCCUGAAAGUUAAUGCUGCAAAUAUCUUCAGAAGCAGUACAACCUACAUGCACUCACUAACCUGUUCUGCAUUCAUUCAGGCUGCAUCGAUGUGAGAAACCAAUGACUUGGUAUCUUGUUUUAUUCAUUUAAAAAUAUUUUAGCCACAGGGAUGAAUUGGCUCAGUCGGAGCAACCUGGCCGAGGAAGAGAUUGUCAACUCUCUUUUUUCUCCUUGCACUGUUUUCUCAAUCAGAAUUGCCCACCCAAAGUUGCUACUGCUGCUCAUAGUGUGAAGGCCGGGGAGACAGUAAGCAGAACCGGAGCCAGCGACAGGCAGAGGCAACUAAUUCUACUUUUGUCCCCAGACUCACUGACUUCUACAGGGGCUGUGCUGAAAAUGAGGAGGAGGAAACUGACAGCCAAUGUUACAUCCUAAAUUGGUUGUAAAAAGGCAGGGAGGUCGUGGCUGGCUAUGGGUGGGUUGAAGUAGUUGGGACAAUGCCCCAUUCAUCCCAAUGGACAAGCCUCCACUGCUACUUGUCCUACAGUGGGGAGCAGAGUGCACCAAUAUUGUGCCUGCCUCCCCAUACCUCAUCAAGACUAAUAGCAAAUUUUCUGUUCUCUCUCCAACAGUUUCAGCACUUAGAGAGUCUUGAUGACAACCAAUGAUAUAAUACUUUGGGGUGUGCAAAUUAUCUUACAUGAAUUCCUUCUGUAACCAUUACAAAGACCUUGUAAUGUGAUCCAGUAUUAUUAUUUCUGAAUUGCUGAUGUAAGUCUGAGGCACAGAAAAAGUGGCCACGAACCCCUUUCAGUUAAGAGCUGCCAUAGUAUUCACACUGGCGAAUUCCCAGUUCGAUGCUUCUUAGCCACUGCACCAGGUUCUUCUUUCCAUUCCCUCUCAGCAUCAUCUGUCUUUGUGCAGGAAAAAAAAUGGCACAAAGGUUGACCUACUAAAUCCUACAUUUGUAUUUCCUACCCUCUCUAGGGGUUCCUGAACUUGCAUGCAUAAAACUGAUUUUUCAGGAUAGUAGCAAUUGUUAAUGGUUGCUUUAUUAUCAUUGUUCCCUUUAUAGCGAGAAGCUGACAUAGCAGCUUUCAUAAAUAAAGGACUGUUCAGGUAUCAGAGUGCAUAUAGGAUUGCUGUUAGGGGAGGACUGUAGAGCAUGCAUUUUGCAUGCAGAAGAUCCCAGCUUCAACCCCUAGUAUCUCCCAAGCAGGGUUGGGAAAAAUAUCUGUCUGAAACCUUGGAGAGCUAAGCACUAGUCCGCCUUUGCCAACUUGGUGGGAUCCAACUGUUUUUGGACCACAGCUGUCAUCAGCAUCAGUCAUCCUGGCCAAUGGUUAGAGAUUAUGGAAGUUAUUGUCCAAAAUAUUUGGAGGGCACCAUAUUGAGCAAGGCUACUAGACAGUACUGAGCUAGAUGGGCCCAUGGUCUGACUCUGUAAAAAGCCCCAUCCUAUGUUCCUAUGAUGCGGGUGGCGCUGUGGGUUAAACCGCAGAGCCUAGGACUUUCCGAUCAGAAGGUCGGCGGUUUGAAUCCCCACGACAGGGUGAGCUCCCGUUGCUCGGUCCCUGCUCCUGCCAACCUAGCUGUUCGAAAGCACAUCAAAGUGCAAGUAGAUAAAUAGGUACCGCUCCGGCGGGAAGGUAAACGGUGUUUCCCUGCGCUGCUCUGGUUCGCCAGAAGCGGCUUAGUCAUGCUGGCCACAUGACCCAGAAGCUGAACACCGGCUCCCUCGGCCAAUAAAGCGAGAUGAGCGCCGCAACCCCAGAGUCGGUCACGACUGGACCUAAUGGGCAGGGGUCCCUUUACCUUUACCUAUGUUCCUAUGUUUGUUCAAAUACUUUAAGAUAAAUGGGUUGUUCAGAUAAAUAGGUUGACAGAUAAACAGGUUUCCUGCCUCCACUCUGGACAGGCCACAUGUAUAGAAACUGGGUAGGUCUGCUCUUGUCUUACAUACCUCCUCAAUAUAUGGGUGUGUCACUUUUUGUGUUUUUGUUUCGGUUAAGUAUUCUGGGCUGCUUAGAUCAGGGAUUUUUGGGUCCCUUAUUGAACAUUCAAUAAAAUGCAGACAGAAGUUACUGAAGCCUUUCAUCAUGGAAGCUAUUAAUUUUAGGGGUAAGCACCCAUUUUCAUUUUGUUUACUGCUCUUGGACAAGGGAGACGUUUAAUUUAUCUUGUUAAGUUUGUCCUUUUAAAGUUCUUUUGAUCAUGGUGUGAGUUCUAGACUAGUUUAUUGGAUAAUUCUAGAUGGAGCCAAAUACACACCGAAAUAAGAGCUUACAUUAAUUUACCUUCAGGCAGUUAGCAGUUAGAGAUGAUGUAUCCAUUUCCAAAACAAAGUGUUUGUUAUAAUCUUAGUUAUAUAGAUUGCCCUCUUCAUUCCAUUGUCACAUACUGCUGUUCAAAAUUUUUAAAAUGCAAUAGAUUUUUUUUUAAAGCAAGUUAAUAAACCAAAUGUUAGAAACCCAUUUUAUAUUAAUAUUGUAUAGAUAUCUUCAUAAUACCAGUGUAGUUUUUAAAAAUAAUUUUCAAGUCUCAGUUUUGAGUCCCAUGUUUGAAAUAAAAAAUAAAUAAAAUGACAAAAUUGCCUCUGAAUUCCAUUUUCCAAAUACUGACAUACUUAGAACUGAAUGGUACUGUAUUUUUUAAAACUAUGAACGUUUGUUUUACUAAUAACAAUUGUUAAUUACUUUUACAGCUGAGGAGGAAACAGCAAAAAACAGCUCUCAAAAGCAUGGUUUUGUUAUAUCCUGCAAGAGAUUUGUGCAUGGUAGAAACUUUUAGGAGUGGCAUUUUAUACAGUAAAAAGCAAAUAUUAAAUUUACAAAUACAGUACUCCAGCAUCUGAAGUGGUGGUUAAUAUCACCUGCAUGUUCCUUGCUUUUGUACUUAGAAUUCCAGCUUUUAUUCUUAAAAAGUUUACGUCUAAUCAGCCCUUCGUUUCAUGAUUUAUUUCCUACGAAGCAUUUGGGUCUGACAAUUUGGUCUGGUUGUAUGCCAACGGAUACCACUGUUUUUAGAUGGAUAGAUCUGGUGAAUUUCAUUUGUUUUUAAUACUUCCAAAUUAGAGACUUCCAAAUGUAGAGGUGCCUCUGGGGACAGAGCCAGGUGCCUUCUCUGCCCAGUUGGCCAUCCUUGCUUAAAUUACAAUGUUUUCUUUCUUUCCGGGUGAAAUUUGAUAGAAGGGAUCACUUCACACACUUCUGCAUUUUGAGAAUUUGCCUUCGGUUCCUUUGCUUGAGACUGUGAUGAAGGAGUUAUUUGGGAAGCAUUGUCACUAUAAUUAAGUUUUCAUCUUCCUCCCCUCUCCAUCUCUCUAGUCACACCGACUGCUGAAUUCAGCUUUUCAUCUUUACAGGGUGAGUUUGUACCUACCUCAGAGUGAAUGAUGUAGUAUUCUUAAACACAGGCAUUCCCAGUUAAACAAGUAUUAGGACAAACAAGUAUCUUCUAAUAUGAAUGAGAUUUGUCUGAAUUAUUGUUAGAAGAGUAAACAACACAGAUUUUGGUAUGGCAUGCAAGUUCUCCUAACUUAGAAUAGCCCAUGAAUACUCACUGAACAGCACCAGAGGAGUUUAAUUUUUUUAAAAAAAUAACAGGAAUUAAAAUGGGUUAUUUCUUUUGUCAUGAAUGGCAGCAUUGCAAAGGUCUUCAUUCUCAAGAAACAGAAAAUAGCACUCUUUCCUAUUUUCUGACCAGUAAGACCACUUAGCAAUGGCUACAGAGGAAGAGGAGGCACCCAAAUUUUUCUGGAGGCCAGGAAAGGAUUCUAGUUUGAUUGAGAUGGGCUGGAUCUGGCCUGUGGGUUUGCCAUCUUUGAAUUACAGCAUGGCUUGUCUUAUGCAGGUUAACAUUAUAUAGUAUUUCUUGAACCAUUUGUUUCAAUUAGGUGGAAUUUAUCUAUAUUACUUGGGCUAUAUUCACUUGGGCUUAUCUGCAAAACCUCUAAAGAUGCAUGUGACAAACUUUUGGAAACACUUAAAAGCUCAUUCACUACCAUACAGUGGUACCUCUGGUUACGUACUUAAUUCGUUUCGGAGGUCUGUUCUUAACCUGAAACUGUUCUUAACCUAAAGCAGCACUUUAGCUAAUGGGGCCUCCCGCUGCUGCCAUGCCACUGCCAUGCGAUUUCUAUUCUCAUCCUGAAGCAAAGUUCUUAACCCGAGGUACUAUUUCUGGGUUAGCGGAGUCUAUAACCUGAAGCGUAUGUAACCUGAAGCGUAUGUAACCCGAGGUACCACUGUAUUUGGAUGGAAAAGGAAUUUUCCUCAACUAGAUUACUUGUUUAUUACCUUGUUUAUUAAAAUAUUUAUGGGUUGCUUUGCUGCUCACAGGCACCUGAAGUGACUUGCAACUUUUUAAAAAAAAGCAAACUCCAAACUAAACAAUAUUGCAAACAAAAAACAAAUUUAAGAAUUUAUUUUCAAUCAGGGUCGUGGGGUUUUGCAUUAUUACUUUUGUCUUUAUAAUUGCUUGGGAAAGAUAUGUAGAUUACAUCUUACUUUUGGUAUAGAUAAAAUGACUUUUCUUUUAAAAAAGAAAAAAAUACUACUAAAAUCAGACUAAAUGUGCUUUGCAGUUUUUAUGUUUUUUACCUUGCAUAAUGAAAUGUUUUCCAACAGUUAUGAUCACUGAAAGGGAUGCAUGUAAAGGAGAGAACAUGGUAUUCUAUAAAUUAUGUUCUUUUUGAAAGAAAUAUUUUGUAAUAGAAACAGAGAUGCAGGAAAGGAAAGAAACAGUACAGUCUGUAAAUGAUGGCAUCAAGUAAUGUAUUUUAUUUUUAGACUCUUGCCAAAACUCGCAAAAUUCAGAUAUUUUGAAGGAAAAAGAAAAUAAAGGAUUCUUCAGCUUUUUUCAGAGAAGCAAGAAGAAACGAGAACAGGUAAGACAACAUAAGUUACAAAUAUUAAUGUAUGGUAGAAAUCCCCUACAACUGGAUCCUCUACGGUUCACUCUUGAUCCAGACAGUUGCUAGGAGAAAGCAGACUCCAACAUCUUUUCUGCCUUCUUGAAGUUAUCUGGACUGGCAAUAAAAAUGUGUUGUUAAACUAACUGCCCCGUGACAUUUUUUUCAGUUUCUGCCAUGAAACUGUGUGCCCUCUUUUUUGCGGAUUGAUCGUAUUUCACUCAAUAUAUUUCAUGAGGGUUUUUUUUGUUCCAGGAAGUAUUUCCUUAGAUGAUUGAACACUGCAAUCAUACGCAUGCCUACUCAGAAAUAAGUGCCAUUGUUUUAAAUGGCAUUUACUACUGAGUAAGUGUUUUUAGGAUUGCAGCCUAAAGAUAAUGUCGUCCUGCAUGGCCUAAAGGCCCUUAUUCUUACUUCGAUCUGCUUCAUCCUUAGAUACUUGUAGGUUACAGUUGUGGAGACUUAACGUUCUCCCUGAAUAAAGAAAACUGUACUCUCAAGGCUGGCUGAUGACUGAGUGGCAACAACCCACACCCACACCCACCCACCCACCCUCAUUCAAAUGGUACCUGUACUCCGAUUACUGUAGUAACCCUAGGAUCUUCCCUUGGAGAAAUAACUUCUGUUCUGGUAAUGGUAAAUUUGAAUGAAGUCCUAUAAUGAAGGUUGAGAACCCCUGGUUUAGAGAAGUACAUUGGCUAAAAUCUAUUCAGAUUAUUUUUUAAUUGUUGACCUCUUUUCCCCUUCUCAAAAGACCGCCAGCGCUCCUGCAACUCCAUUAAUGAAUAAGCCAAGACCAACCUUUGGCAUGAGAGCUAAUACAAUCUCCAAGCAGUAUGACUCAAAUACCCUUCCCUCUGAAAUGCCGAAGAAGCGACGAGCGCCCUUGCCGCCAAUGCCUGCUUCCCAGAGUGUGCCCCAGGAUCUUGCACAAACCCAGGGCAGACCCAUGACAUGCGUGGUGAAAUCCAGCAGUGUGGAUGAAACUGAUAAGGUUGGUUGUCAAAAGUCUCGUCCUUCCUUUAAAUUUCCGCUGUGAGAAUAAUGUCAGAGCAACUUCUGUUUAGCUACGGAACAGAUAAGCAAGAACAUUUAUUGCUUUAUACAUUCUGAAUAAAUUGUAGCAGACCACAAUUUUGAGCCUAAUUUAUAGGCCGUCUCUGGAAUCGCCGUGGCCUCGAAACCAGUUUCCUUUGUGGUCACAUUCCAUGCCACAUCACAUGUAAAAAGGGGGAUGUAGGUGGCGCUGUGGUCUAAACCACAGCCUCUUGGGCUUGCCGAUCAGAAGGUCGGUGGUUUGAAUACCUGUGACAGAGUGAGCUCCCAUUGUUUUGUCCCAGCUCCUGCCAACCUAGCAGUUCAAAAGCACACCAGUGCAAGUAGAUAAAUAGGUACCACUGUAGCAAGAGGGUAGAUGGCAUUUCCGUGCACUCUGGCUUCCGUCAUGGUGUUCCAUUGCGCCAGAAGCAGUUUAGUCAUGCUGGCCACAUGAACUGGAAAGUUGUCUGUGGACAAACACCAGCUCCCUCAGCCUGAAAACGAAAUAAGCGCCGCACCCCAUAGUUGCCUUUGAUUGGACUUAACCGUCCAGGGGUCCUUUACCUUUUACCUUUACCCACCAGCUGAGCACUUUGCCAGUAUGACAAGAGAUCACUUGGGAAAGCAGUUGCUGCACUGGGAAAGUGUAAAUUAAAUCUAACUCAGCCAUGCUUUGAAAUAGGUUGAAUUGAAAUAGGUGGGAUGUAUGUCUACACUAUGCUUAGGGAGGGGCAUGUUACAUUAAGUGAAAAGGCUAGUCAGUUAUUUUCAAAGGGGUCCUUUUAAAAGUUGAGUUUGGAAAUUAAAAUUAAUCUUUUGGUGGAAGUCUGACAUUGUUCAGUAAUACUAAAUCCUGCUAUUGAGAUAAUUUAAAGCAAGUUUAAGCAUCAGUGCUUUUAAGUGCAGCCACUCGUUCUAUUAAAAAAAAAACUUUUUGGGGGGAAAAAAAGCUUCUUUUAAAACAUGUUAAUAACAAAUUGGAAUUGGAACCCUCAGUUCUCUACUGAACUGAUAGUCUUUAAACUUGCAUUAAAUAUGGGGAAAUUAUGAUUCGCAUUAACAUAUUCAGUAACUGGAGAAGGAUUUGACAUUUUAUGUCACUACCAAAUUGCCUUUCUUAGCCCUGUAUUUUAAAAAUGCAGUUAAAUAUGUUACUGAGAAAAGGUUUCCUUAACAGUUCAAAUCUUUGUGUUAUGAUGAACAAGUUAGAGCCUUAAGGAAAUUUAAAUUUUCCUUACUGAAAGAACAUGGAUGUUCAAAACUCAUGUUUUUAUCUUAAUAAAAUUGCCUGCUUGUGUAAUAAUGCAUUUUAAUGAAGUUAUGAAGCAGGCUGCCAGGUCAAAUCUAUCUAUAAAUCCCAAUAUGUGCUGAACUUACUCUAGCACAGUUUUGGGGAAAAUUAAUGCAGUGGGUAAUAUCUUGGUAAAGCACAGAUUGUCAGUUGUGAAUUCCAAUUAAAGUUCAAAGCUAAAUGUGGCAGUGUAAAUUGGAGCACUGCAUAUUUGUGUUUCAGACAUGACUUUGAAUUGAGAAUGAAAGCCAUCGUUUCUAAUACGUUAGCCUAUGAGCUUGCUAGGAAGAUGAAGAACAGAACAGGCCCAAGAGAUGAAUUGGAUGCAAGGCCCUUCAGUUAAUAUUGUUUUUACUCAAAUCAAGAAUAACACAGGAAUUUAUUUUCUGUUAAGUAGUAGCCACCAGAGUGUGCUGUUCAACAGAGGUUUGGGAUUUUGCGUCUUGGUGAGAAGAUCCUCAUUCUGAGAAAAGUUACUGGUCCAAAUAUAAUGUGCUCCAAAUAUAAAAUAAGAAGACGGGGUCUUUCCCCCCUCUUCUUUUCAGUGUGUAAAUGUCUGAAGUUUGGCAAAUUUGGGCCCAAGUAAAAAAAAAACACAUAGCAGCAACAGCAACAAAAGUAAAAAUUCAGGGCAUAGAAGCCUAUUGAGAUUAGUCAUGCUAGAGCAGUUUCCAUUUUUCUCCCUACUUUGUAGACCAGGGAAACAAACCAUAGAAUGGCUGGCUUAGCAUUGCACAUGAACCAACAUGCAUGGUUUGUUUCUCUUCAGUGUUACAUGCAAUUUUGGUUUUAGUAUUUUGGGAGGCAUCAUCUUGGAAGAUAGCAUACCUGAAACAAUUACAGUCGUAUCUCAGAAGUCGAAUGGAAUCCAUUCCAGAAGUCUGUUUGACUUCCAGAACAUCCAGGAACCAAGGUGCGGCUUCCGAUUAGCUGCAGGAAGCUCCUGCAGCCAAUGGGAAGCUGUGACGGACAUUCGGGUUCCAAAGAACGUUCACAAACCAGAACACUCACUUCCGGGUUCGCAGCAUUCGGGAGCCAAAACGUUCGACUCGCAAGACGUUCGACUUCCUAGAUACAACUGUAUUAGACAACAGAAGCAUGGAAAGUGUCACUCCAUGAGUGCAAGUUAGGACCCAGGCCAAUAACCUCCUGCUUCUUCUUAAAAGGUUUCCCCAUAAAUCUCAUUGCAGCAGUAAAUUACUGUUUUGUGUUUCUUGUGCUGUGGUUUUUAAACUUCUUGCUAGCCUUUCUUUUCUUUUUUCUAAUCUGCUAUCAAUAAUGUUAUUUUAGGGCACAGAUGGGGAAUCUUUUUUUUUUUUUUUGGACUAGGAGCCACAAUCCUUUGUGGACCACCUUCUGGCGGGGGGGGGGGGCAGCAAAUGCCUGUAAUGGUCAGAGCCAGAGGCAAAGUUGGUGAAGUACAGUGGUACCUCGGGUUAAAUACGCUUCAGGUUACAUACGCUUCAGGUUACAGACUCCGCUAACCCAGAAAUUGUACCUCGGGUUAAGAACUUUGCUUCAGGAUGAGAACAGAAAUUGGGCGGGGACAGUGCGGCGGCAGCAGGAGGCCCCAUUAGCUAAAGUGGUGCUUCAGGUUAAGAAUAGUUUCAGGUUAAGAACAAAUUAAGUACGUAUCCAGAGGUACCACUGUAACUGAAUAACUUCUACCUUUGAACAAUAUUCCAGCUACACACAAGCCAGAAGCUUUUAAACGCCAACCCACACCUCCAGGCAAGAAAGAGUUGUAACACAAAUUCCAGGCAGACAGGAGGAAUUCAGGAGCAGGAUUGGAAAGGCUGUAACCUAGGAAGGGGUGAGGCCUGAGGGUCAGAUAGAGAGGUUGGGGAGGCCACGUUCGUCCAGUGGGCCUGAGGUGUUCUGCCCGUCUUGGAACAUGUAAGAACAGAUGAUGAAGUAUGGGUGGGGGGCAAAAUCGACAGCACAAUCAUUUCUGAGUAUAUCUGUCAGAGGAUGGGGGAAGCAGGCUUGCCCUGAGAAAGAAAGGAUCCCACAGUAAUUUCUUGGUUUGUUGUGCACAUCCUUAGUUGGCUACCUCUUCUUCCUCUACCUGCUGCCUCAGGUGGGUUUUGAGGAGGGCAUUCUAGGAAUCGUGAUUUGGAAAAUGUCCAUGCUGCUGUGACAGCUAGAAAGGCCUUUUGAAUGUAGGUUUUGUUUUUUUUUAAAAAAAAGCUAGUAUAAAGAAGUAUUUCUAGUUGUUGCAACAAACCAUUGUGGUGGCAGAGGCAUUUUCCUUACCAACUUAGACCGGAGUGUCUGGCUCUUCCUUGGCUCUUUCUUGGGACAAGGGUGAUCAAGAGGAAAGAGGAGGAUGGUAGCACUAUAGGGAUCCAGGGGAAUCCAGUGGCUGGUGGGGAAAUUGGUUUUUGGGGAGCCCGUUGACUGGAUUUUGCUGAGGACUUCCUGAAGUCUGGCAAUAGCCCUCCCUACAUCCCUCUUGUUUGGAAUGAAGCCUUUUCAGAAAGUUUUGACAGCGCACUAACAAUCUGUAGUUAGAUAGGAGAAAGCGAACAAAACGUCUCUUGCUGCAUUGCCUUUAUAGUAGAUUACUGAAGCGUCCUUGUCCAAACUGAACAAUUUGCUCAAUUCUGAUAAAAGUGCAGCUGUUUAUCCAUGCCAGAACGGUAAUAUCAGACAACAGCAAGGGGGAAAAACCAGCCAAAAACAAACACUGACUCUACUGUGUCAUUUAUUGCAGUCUUAACUAUUUUUAAAUGGAAAAUAUAAGACUUCGGUUACCUUCUUAGUUUCUCCAACUUACUAGACUGGGCAGUAGCAGAAAAUAAAAAUAAAUAAAAGUUGAUUUGUAACAUUCAGGUUUGCUGACAUUUUGAGUGUUUGUUCUAAAUUUCGGAGCCACAAAGAAUCUUAGUGCAAGCCUUGGUGCUUGUUUCCGAGUAACAAAUGGGCGCAACUCUCACAAAGAGCAAAUGAGGGGGUAACUGUGCCUGAAUUGUUCUUCUUCACAUUGGAAAAAAGGGGGGGAGAGAGUUUACAUGUUUAAAUGCUCAUCUAUCCAUCCAUCCACCUAUCUCACAUAGAGGGAAUUCAGAGAGAAAGGAAGAACUACACUUCUCACUGACAUGAGUUUCUAUAUGCAGGGACUUUUUUAUUAUUUUUUGGAUGGCGGGCGGUGAUGGAGAAUUCUGUCCAUGCAGAAGUUGUUUGCGAGAAGUUAAGUCUCUGAUAACUGAAUGUUUGGUUCAUAAGGACACUUGCUGCAUCACACUGGAAAUUGCUAACUCUCAUUGGUAUUGCAACAGGAGAUUACUGGUUUUGUGGCAUUUUCUUUUUCUGCUUCCUAAGUUAGCUCUCCAGUUAAAAGUCACGAAAAGAACAUAUUUUUUUAAAGGAGCAAUUUAAUAAUAAUAUAAUAAUAAUAAUUUAUUACUUAUACCCUGCCCAACUGGCCGGGCCUCCCCAGCCACUCUGGGCGGCUUCCAACAGGAUAUUAAGAACACAAUAAAACAUCAAACAUUAAAAAUUUGCCUGAAGGCUCACCACAUCUCACUCUCAUAAUGAUAAGGCUGCUUUUCCCAAUAGAGUGCCACGUGGUAUAUUAGACUGCUUUUCCCAUAAUCCCUGACCACUGGCUAGGGAAGGCUGUGCUAAACCAUCGUUCAGCCACCAAUUUUUAGCAUUAUGUCUGAACUGGAUUUCUGAUUCACUUAUGAGAAAUGUUAAGUGUCUGUUAUGGGGCUGCUGAAUUGUUCAUUACAUUCACAUUUUUGCUUCUGCAAAUUACUAAUCUUUUUGCUGCAUCGUUGAUGUUUGUUUGUUUGUUUGUUUGUUUGUUUGUUUGUUUUUCCUACCCUCCCCCAAUUCCCCAGGGACUUUCGGGAAUAGGAAUAGUGAGGACAGGCUCUCUUCAGCUCAGUGGCACAUCUUCCGUCAAUUCUUCUCUGAGGCGAGCAAAGCGCAAAGCCCCAACGCCACCUCCCAGAAAAUUGCAAGGCCAAAGUGACAACAGCAUUGAGACAGGUAAUCUUUACAACACAAAUUAGGUUAGGUUAUAUUAUUUCUGAAUUCACAGCUUAAUCUUGAGGCGGUUUUGCUCUGUUGGGGAGUAAUGGCGUCUAGGUUAAAAACACACACACACACACACACACACACACACACACGAGAGAGUCAGAGGAGACUAACCAUAUAACGUGUUCAGGAAAGAAAAGUAGGAAUGUCCCACAAGAGAAAUAGAAAACUGACAAUUUUUCAUGCCUGUUCAUCUUUGACAAAAUUUAUUCAGGUUAUUUCCCCCACUCUAUAAAUUUUAGACCAUGUCUAUGUAUAUAGGUUUGUAUUUAAAGUACGUUAGAAUAGGAAAUGUUUCCUCUAGUAUUCUAAACUGCAUUAACAUUUCAGGAUCAGAGUCUGCAGAAUCAAUUCAUGCAGAAGGCAGCAUCAAAGGAAGUUACUCAGAAGCACCAUCUCCAACAGGUAAUUUUUCCAUGUGUCAUUUAGUGAAAGACAGGCAUAGGUCUAGCCACUAGCAUGGCCACAAAAUUCCAUUCCCAUCACCAUUGCUGCUGCUGAGAGUCACUUGCCACACAUACAGUUUUUAAAAGACCCCAAGGGGGUUAAGAAAAACAGCUAAUAAUCGUUUUUGCUUCAGCAGCCUGUUGAAGGAUCAUUUCUUUGCAAACAUUAACAGAAGUAACUUAGAACAGCUUUGCUUGUAGCUCCCCCUACAGCCACAUUUGGGUUGGAUCUAGACACACUCUCUGCAUGUUUGCACUUGAGUUUGAAGCGCUGUUAAUUUGAACAGGGAAAACAGGUAGAGAAAAACGGGACGCCACGUCGUCAUCUGGUGGCACAAUAUUGUAUGGGGCACAUACAACGCAUACACAUCGCUUUUUCUUCACCAGUCUUAACUGAGUCCCUAUUGUCUGCAGUGCAUCCAGUUUGAGUGGGGUUUUUUUUAAAAAACAACAACUAUUUAAUACUGUCAUUUCACUCUGCAGUAGGGAAGAAGGCUCAUUCCCAGUCACCAUGCUGGUGGUAAUUCUGAGUAGUAAGAUCAAAAGUAAGAUCACAACUCAAGUUCAAACAUGCAUACAAUCUAAUAUCUGUAGGGCUGUCAUGCAAUUAAAUAAACAGUAGUUGAUUAAUAAAUUAAAUGUGAAUCUAUGAAAAAAAAUUAAAAAUUGAAGUAAAAGGGUAUUACUUGUGUUUAGAUGAUUCAUUCACCUCUUGCAGCAGGCACGAUUUUGGAAAAGGCAUUGCUGUCCAUGUGAAAGGGAUGAAGGUUUUGCCUCUUUCAAGAUGCUGACUUCCUCUAGUUUCUUUUGUAUUAAAAGCGAAAUGUGUGGUUUUUUUAUUAUUAAAAAAAACACCUUGAUUACAUCUGUAAUCAGUCAACUUGUUUCAAUUUGAUUAAUCGACUAAAUGCUUCAGCCCUAUUAACACAGUGUAACGCAAGCUCCUUUAAUGUAACUAACUUGCUAGGGCUGCACCUCUGCUGCAUUUACUUUCCCUUCCUCAUAUUUUCUUGUGUUUAGUGAUCAGAUUAAUGCGAGCUAAUUCAUUGUAUUGUCUCCUAACCUGCUUCUUAGGCAAUGUAAUUGAUCUAACUGGGACCAUAGUGUCAACAACAAAUGCCUCGUGCAGCUUGGAGCCAACCAAUCAUGACCAAAACAAUGCGCUGCAAGUCCCAGACGAAACUAAUCUGGCUAAUGCUGAUAAUCCCGAUGAAUCUGAAGUGUCUCUUAAAUGUAGGUGGUUGUCAUGUUUUGCCUUUAGGAGUGGUUUAUUUAGAUUACUUGCGCAAAAGUUAUCGUGAUAAUGCAGUCGGGAAAGCAAUUGGGUAUCUUUUCUGGGGCAGCCUUCAGGAAACCUGGUGCAUUCCAGAUGUUUUGGAUUCCAAUUCCCCCAGCAACCUCAGCGGUCAGGGAUGGCGGGAGUUGUAAUAUGACAACAUCUGAAGGACAACAGGUUGGAGGAGCCGGUUCUAGAGCCGCAGAUGAGGAACCUGUGGGUGGCGCUCUCAGAGACUGCAGCUCCACCAGGGUUUUCAAUUCAGUUUCAUUUCAAGUGUCAUGGGUAGGUGGCCACAACAAUGGGCCCCCAUGGUACAAUUCCAUUUAGCUCUUCUCUCACUGAUGAUUUCAGAGAUUUAUGUUAAUUGCCCUGCUUUCCAACUACCAUGUUUAAAACGCAGUAGAUCACCUUUAUGCUCAGCUUGUUGGUUUAUUAAGGGGGUUCAGAGGAAGCUGAUUUCUCCCCAAAAUUAUGAUCAGGCUGUUAGGCAGUUUUCAUAGGCUAUGAAGCCUACGCCAUAAUAAGUUUUGUUAGACUUUAAAGUGCCACGUGAUUUGUUGUUGCUUUGCUGUAAGAGAUUCAUGCAAGCAGCCCCCACCCCCCCGGAAUCUAAAUAAAUCUGAAAAAUUAAAUGAAAGAAUAAUACAAAGAGGACUGUUAAGGUGUUGAGAGGCACUGUAGUUUAGUGGUAGACGUAAUGUUUGGCCCGCGGAAGGGACCAUCGCUAGCAUCGCCAGGUAGGGCUGGGAAAGAGUUCUGCCUGAACCCUGAAGAGUUGCGGCCAGUCAGUGUAGAAAAUCAGUGGGCUAGAUAAGCCAACGAACUGACUCCUGGUGCAUAAGUCGCCUUCCUAUGAGUUCAUUAUCUUCUGAAUGAGGAGACAUUAAGGUAGGAAUGUUUUCAAGUGGUUGCCAGUCUUUCUCUGCUCAUACGAGCUUUUACUCCAUAAGAGCAAAACCUACCACCCUGCCCUGCUGAUCUAUACUCACAUUUAUCAGAAUUUUAAACUAUUUGGGCCACAGGGACAAGCAUCCCCCUCACCCCACACACCCCAAACUCCUUAGUAAGCAUACUCUGAUUUUCCAUUUGGGAUGGUAUAUUUUUUAUUUUUAACAAUGUAAUGUGAUAUAUUUAUCUUGGCUUAUUAUUGUUCUUUAUGCUUUCCUUGGGAGCGUAGCUGACAUAGGCUCCGAAUAUAGUCUAGAGGAGAUAGAUGAGAAGGAAGAAAUGCAUGAAGAAAGUGCAGGGGCUCCUCUCACUAUGCCAGAGGCCCCCAUCUCCUUCAGUACUCCUGAAAUUCCACGGGGCGUUCAGAAAAACGAGCCUGCUUCGUUGGCUUCAGAUCCUAGCACUGGGCGUGACAAUACUCUGCAAGACUCAAAUGAAGAAGCAGAAAAUAAGACUGCACGUGACAAGUGAGUGCAUCAGGCUUCUUUCUGUAAAUGGUGGUAAGCCCCCUUUAUAUCCUAGAAGGAGAGCAAUUGAUCGCUGAGCCUAUGUUUGUGAUUGCAAGGGUAUCCUGUCCACUGUAAUGGUAUCUUUGUACAUCAAUACUUUUAUCUAUGAGAAGGGGUUGAGAAAAGUGGUGCAUUGGUGCUCCGAAGUACAAAGCAAUGCACCCAGUGUUUAUGCAGAGCUCCGUAGCAGUAUUUCUUCUUUGAGUUACUUAUGAUUAAACAAGUCGUUCACCCUCUUGUUCUAGCGCCAAACAAAAUAACUCCAAAAGAAGACUCCAGUGUGACACCACUGCAUAACUUGAACUGAUAGAAUUGAACUUGUUCAUUUCCAUCACACUUCUGGCCUCAAUCAAGAUAGUGGGUUUUUUAACUUGCUACAUGUGAUAAUUAACUUUGCCAGUGCCAUAAUGUUUGUGUUUAUCAUCAGUAGUGCUUUGUGAAUGGUCACUAAAAUUAUUUUACAUAAUUCAAAUUAUAACAGUGUGUGUGUGUGUGUUUCAUUUCCCUCUGAGCUCACUACUUUUUCUUUGCUACUUAUGUGUAUCAUCAGUACCUGCCAACUUAGGAUAACACAUCAUACAUCUGAAAGCCCAUGAACGUUUAUACUGAGACUUGGAAACUCAGUGCCCUUGUUUACAUUUAAUGCUAUGGCAAACCGUGGCUAAGCCAAAGCAAGCAAAUGUGUAGGCGCCAGGGAAAGAGGUUGCACCCAGUUUUGCUGAGUUAAGCCAUGGUUUAGCUUGUUGUGUCAUCCAAACCCUGGUCCAUGGUUUAGCUUUCCCUACCAACCCACAGUCUGUAAACCAUGGGAUGGCUUGGUUUCGGCUCAUGGUUUGUCUGGAGUCCUUAACACCUGGUGGGGGUACAGAAGCAGUGGCAGUAAUGCAUGGGAUGGGGCCAGGAUGUAAUCACAUGAGGAGAAGAAUGCCUGAAUAGAAUUUGAGUGUUUUUCUCAAUACGUUACUGAUGCCAGUCUGUCUAUUGUUAUGGUGUGAUGUUUUGCAGAGCUCAACAUAGUCAAGUAUUCAUUGCAAAUAUUACACUUGGCAGUGCUAAGCCACUUGGAGCAUUGCAGCCAAAUGCAAGCAAUGGUGAGUAAAUUUAUAUUGUUAUUUGUGCAAGAUGUAUUUUCAGUUGCAGCGGAAUCCUGGCAAUGUUGUUGGUGUCUGUUCAAACAUACCGGGUGGUAUCCGACUACAAUGUCCCAUCAGCACAAAAGAUUUCUGCUUGCACAAUGGGAAUUCCCCCCGGAGGUACGCCAGGGGAGGCAGAAAUCCUUGCACUGAAGGAACAUUCAUGUAGUGUUACAUUGGAUGCAGCCCAUUGUGUGAAUGGCGAAUGUAAAGGAGUCUUCCACAAUUUUUUUCCUAAGUGGUAUUGAUGGGUCCUUGCAGUUGCUCAGAGAAAUCUGAAUAUAAAGCAUAUGUAUAUUUUUAAUAUUUUAAAAACCUCUCAUGUCUGUCAUAUGACAUAUACUAUGACAUAUACUUAAGACUACAAAAGCUAUGUACCAAAAAGCUGUACUCUGGGAAAGUUUAGCUCCAUUUUAAUACAAUUUGGAAUGAAAAAGAGUGAUUCAUGAUUCAAACAACUUGAUCCUAAUGCUAAUUUCAAAUUUUUGUUUCCUUUUUUUUUAUAAAGGUCACAGUGACGCAAAAUUUCUUCCUCCAACAGAAGAAAGUAAUAUUGAUGUGAGAGAAAGUAACAAGCUUGAAUCAUUGAACUGCCAAGCAUAUCAAAAUGACAUAGUCGUAAAUCAGGAAUGCAGCCCUCAAGCAUGUCUAGGGGUGCAAGAUAAAAAAUGGGAUCAGUCCAUUGUGGAGACAGUAAAGACUCAGGAUGUUGCAAUUCAGGCAACCCCACCCGACGGUAAUUUGGGUCAGACUGAAGUAAGGGAGAGUACUGGUCCUCAAGGCUGCCAACUGGUCACACGCAAAGAUUCAACUCACCUGCACAAAUCAGCUCAGGAGAACCAACCCUCAGGGCUCCUCAGCAGGGUACAUGAGACCGUAGGAACUAUGACAGAGUUCAACCAACAGAGGGAACAAUCGGCACAUGACAGAGCAAAUUCUAACGACAACCAAUAUAACACAAUUGAAAAGGAUAGCCCCAUUUUACCACAGAAAGUCAUCAAAAGCCCUGCUAGUUCUCCUCCAAAAGGUUACCCACCUCACUGGCAAGACUCUAAACCUAAACCUAAACCUUCCAAUGAGAUUACAAGAGACUACAUACCCAAAGUUGGAAUGACUACCUAUAAAAUAGUGCCUCCAAAAUCUCUGGAGAUAGUGAAGAAUUGGGAGUCCGACACUGCGGAGGAUCGGGAAGCGGCCCACUUGCACAUGUCUCCCAAGGAGAAUUCCCAUGAAUUUGGUACGCAAACAGAAAUGCUUAAUAACUCUAAAAGCCUGAGCCCAACAGGACCUGUUUUUAGACAUGAAGUUACGUUGCUAGGGAACGAUUCACUGCAUAAAACAUACAGUGCUGAUAAUGCCACAGUUCCUCUCCCUAAUGCCGAAGGCAGGAAAAUGGAAGGGGAGCAUUACAGACCUGGUCCGCAACAUGUUGCAGCUCCAUUUGUGCUAAGCACGGAGAAGAAAAGUCCGCCCCCACCGGUGCAAGAAAAACCAAGGAUCUUAAGUCCUACAGCAAAACCAAGCAGCUUCUAUUUACAGAUGCAAAAGAGAGCUUCUUCUCAUUAUGUAACGUCUGCGAUUGCAAGAAGCAAUUCCAUUAGUAGCCCUACGCAAAACGAAGCUAAGAGUAUGGAGCCAGAAAAAAAGUUGGCCUCGCCAGAUCAUACUUCUUUUCCAUUUCCUAGGACAGUUACUGUUCCUUCUCAAUUAGUAGAGGAAAAGACUGAAAACGGACACAGCGAGGAAAAGACAAAAGUCACCACUCCUCCUGUAACAAUGCCCAAACCUCUGAAUUCCCCCUGCUCCCAGCCUCCUCCAUUAAAUCUGAAAACCCUGAGGACUUUCGUUUUGCCGCAACCGUAUUCCAGCUCCAGGCCGUCACCUUUUGCUCUUGCUGUAUCUUCAGCAGUUAGGAGGUCGCAGUCGUUCAGCAAAACAUGUGCACCCAGGCCACUGAAAGAGCAAUUGUCCCUUGACCUUUCCUCAUCAGUGUCCAACACGGAGAUAAAGAACCAUUCUCCUCUACAGAGCCCAACUGGACAGCUGCAACAGAAUUUUGCAGACAAGGUAAAACCCAACAAUAACAUUUGUCCUCAACUUCCAUGCGGUGCUUUCUUACAUGCAUAUAUCUUGGCAUUUUGCAAAAUAACAUAGAACUGUUCUGUCGUUCACUAAAAGUGUGCAUUGCAUUGCGUGUUGCUGUCUAAGGUAGAGUGAGCUCACUCGGGGCAAUGGUUUUCUUUCUUCUUCUCCCAACAGAAAAAUAAUUGUGCAACCGAUGAGCAAAAUAGGCAGGUGCCCUCUUUAUCUGGCCACCCAACAACUGCCGUCUGUCAGAGAGGGAUUGCUGUGGCUCUCCAGCGCCCUGACCCGGAACAGAUCCACCAGAGCUUGCUGGCUGCAAUCCGCUCGGGAGAAGCUGCUGCCAAAUUGAGAAGGGUGAGGUGGUUGGGUUUUUUCCCCUCCUCUCCCCUUUCCUUUUUCUUCUCAUCAUUAAAAUAAAUAACAAUGGAUUUACAGUGCUUACUUUCAAAAUCACCAUAGCAAUCGGUGCUGGCAUUAAUCUUGUUGAAGGAAUCUCACGAGUGUGAUUUCUGAAUAGUGCCAAUAGGGGAGAUGUAAGGACUGGUUGCAAAAUGUUCUUGCUAGCUUUGAGUAAAGGAAAGAGUGUAUACAGCUUUUCCUUUAAACAUACAUUUGGUAUAAAGUGUAUGGGCUGAUUCCCUCUGCCAAAUCCUCCACUGAAACAGCUGUUAGGAAGAAGCUUUAAAGAUCAAGGUCAAAAGGACCUUGCCUCUCCUACCUGUCUUCAGAAUUUGAAAAUUCCUUGCUAAUGCUCUGCUUUCCUGUCUCAGAUUUCAGAAAGGUAUUUCAUCAGUUAGGGGAAAGAAGGCAUCCAUAUAGAGCUGGAAAUAGAAUAUCCUGGGGUCUUAUUUUUUUUAAAAAAAGAGUGCUUUGUUUGGUUUGUGGCAAGAAGAUGAACUUUUUUAAAAAAAUUAUUCUGACAGUGCCCUGUCAAUGAUAUUAUCCUAUUAUGAAUUGUCCAUGACUAGAAUAUGGUCAUGAGAGAUGCCUUUUUAAAGCUCUCUAGCCCAAACUGCAUAUAUAGUUAGGUAUCUCCUUCCUUCUCUGCUUUUGUUAUUCCUGUGCUAUGCAAAAUUUAAUCCCACUUUGUCUCUCUCACUUGUCACCUCCUGUGCCAUCCCACAUUUGUUUAAUUAAUGAAUUUAUGAAUCGCUUCCCAGGAAGCAUCAUAAGGAGAGCAAGUACCAAAGAAUGCAGACAGUAUUGACAUAAUCAAGUAUAAGUCAUUUUUUUCCAGGAGUUUUAAGUUUCCCUCAGUUAUAUUCUGUUUAAGAGAACAUUUUUCUUUCUUUCAAAGUAGCAUGAUAAUGACUGUGCUAACUCACUAUCUUACAGUAUGAAGAAGUGAAGCUGGGGUGAGAAAAGUGUGGUAUCAAAUUUAUUUUUAAGCCUCUUGUGAAGAUGAAGUCAGACAGUGUCUGUAAAACAUUGCUUCAACUUUUAAAACAAGGCAUAUUGCACGGGGAAAGAAUUAAACAAUUAAGUCAGCAGACCCAAAGUUACUGCAUUCACUUGUGUGUGAAGAACAAGUGAAAGGACAUUUAACUCCUAUUUAAAUGGCAAAGUUCGGCUAAUGCUUUGUGCUAUUAAAUUGGGUAAAAGGUCUGUCAGGUGCUCUCAGCAUCCGCCAAGCAUUCAAGAAACAAGGCAAAAAUUGCCACUGCAUUCAGCCAAGCAUUUGCCCCCCCCCUUGCUUUAAUAACUCGUUAGGGUACAGAGCCAAACUCUGUGGUCUUUUGUGCUGCAGUUUUAUUCCUGCUGAAUAAAGCUUGCAGUAAUUGCUAACCAAAUGGGUCAAAUGAGGUUGGGGUUUGAAACUAUUUCUCUCUCUCCAGAAUAUUUCCAUCAUAUGACUGAACUCUCCCUGUUAGUUUCCCUUGGGCUCAUACAUCUUAAAGCAUUACUUUCAGUUUAAUAAUCAAAUGAAUGCAUAGGCCCAUUGUAUUGUCUUCAGCAGGCAUCUGCAAACUUCAGGCUUGCUUGGAACUAUGUUUUAAAAAAACUAGAACCUGGAGGUUCCAGAACCAAUUUGAGCCAAUUGGAAAACAGUGGCUUGGUGAAGAACAAAGCCGGGUGCAAAAUGGUGGCUCAAUGGGCAGAGCCCAGUUACCUGUGCCCCACCCCACCCCACGAAACAUGCACUGGGGUGGCUGUCAUUUACAAUGACAAAAAUUUACAUCUGAGUAAAUUCUAACUAGCCAGAGCCAAAUCUACUGCAAGUCAUCCAACGAUCUCUCAGCGGGUCCAAAUUAACCUUCCACCCAGCCCUAGUCUACAGUGCACAGUAAAAUUAGUGAUGUGGCAAGAAAUAAAUGUUCUCCAGAUGAAUAAUCGCUCGUGUGGUUUGGAAACAUGGGUUUUAUAUAUUUUUCAUGCGGCUGAGUGCAUAUUGAACCCUAUGUUUGAUCAGACUGUUUCAACUAGCUAGCUUUUACGUAGUGAUGUUGAAAAUCAGUUGAGCUUUAGCAGACAGGAGCGAGGCAAGUGUGUGGUGACAUCAUUAAAGUAAUCAGCUUUGUGGGGAACAUGAAACCACAAAUUGGAGCAAGAAUUAAAAGAGAAACAAGUAAUAAAUUCCUAUUGCUUGGUGUCCAAACAACUCACUUAACAAUCACAGCUCUGGCUUUAUUCAUUGGCUAAAAACACUGACAGGCAUAUAUACCGUAUUUUUCCAUGUAUAAGACGCCUAUUUUUUGAGACUUCGAUUUAAGAAAAUGGGGGGCUUAUAUCCAUGUAUAAGAUGACCCCAGAUUUUAAACAUUAUUUUAGAGUAAGAAAACCUAGUCUUAUACACAGAAAAGUAUAGUAUAUAUGAAAGCUCAGUGCCUGAGUCUCUCUCCUAGGCUGGUUACCAUAUGAAUUCUUACCACACAAACAUAACCAAUAUUACAUAGGCUUUGUGAAACUGAGCCACAGGGGUGUAGCUCUUCAGUGGCUAUCACUCUAGCUCAACAAAGGUAGGCCAUGCAUUUUUGUGGAACAACCAUGUACCUCUCUUAAAUUUCUGAUGUGCCCCGAAGAUCCCUAGUAAUAUGGCAAUUGGACCUAAGGCAGAGUAACAUCUAUUGAUGUACCCAGGUGGUGAAUUGAGUUUCCCAGCAUUUUGACAUUUAAAUUAGUGUAAGAUGCAUCAGACCUUUCUGGAGAGGAGGGUGUAAGUAUAUCUGUUCCUGUAGCUGCAUUUUAUCCCGCCCUUCCUAAGGAACUCUAAUUGACUGAUGCAUAGGCCCAGUUUAUUUCAGCAGGUCUACUCUCAGCGACAGCAUUCGAAACAGUUGCAAUUAUAAAUUAACUGGUGGGUGACUUCCAUUUUGCAUCAGGUCUUCCAUCUACCUGACUACCUUAUUUUCUCUCUCAGGUUGCGCCUCCAUCAAAUACAGUUGCUAUUAAUGGAAGAUCCAGUCUCAGUUCCUCAGUGUCCGUAGAAGCAAGAUACAACAAUCACUAGGACUUCAUACCAAAUAUUUUGCACUUUAUCCACUACUGCAUAAAACUACGGUUAAUUGCAUAUUGCUGAGGACUGUGUGUAAAUGCAAGGUUGCGUUGGUAUAUAUUGUCAUGUGAAGCACAGAAACUUCAUGGAAGUCCUGAAAGAGUUAUAAUUUAUAGCAAUAUUUUUUUUGCCCUUUUAAAGCUGAAACUGCUGCUUCAGAAUGCAUAACAUGGCAUAAAAGUUUCGUUCUUUUGCUGCUGUGAUCUGGUAAUGUUGAUUUCCACUUUAACCUUAAUUAAUGAUGUUUAGCAAUAUGUUGUAUGAUGCUAAUGUAUGAAGCUCUUAACUGCCUAAUAAUAUUGUUCACAAAUGCAUGAAUUUAAAUGCAUAGUUCUGACACCUGUUGCCUUGGAAAUUUAUUGCUGUACUCUCUAGAAAUGCAGUUGGGCGAGUUUCCUUUCCUUCUGCUAAAAAUGCAGGACAAGAUCCAUCCAAAGUCAUGCUGCUUCAGAAUCCCAUCGAUUGCUUAAGUUCUGUGUUCAAAUCAGUAGGGUUUAAAAGUGCUUAACUCUGGCUGGAUCAUGUCUUUUUAGGAUUAGCAUUAUUGGCCUUUGUAUAUUUUCCAGUACCAAAGUGGAGAAAUAAAAUAGAAGGUGAGUUUUCUUAUAAAUACUAGCAUUGUUAUCUGGUGGUGUCUUCAUGCACACUAGAAAGUGCCUUAACUGCUGUAACAAUGCUGAUAAAAUCGCAGUUGUUUUCCAAAGGCAGUAACUUGGUCAGCAUCCCAGGCCUCUAUAGAAGAAUCUGAGCAGCAUGUCAAGAGCACUUUUUAGCAACCUCUAGGGCAGGGCAGGGAAACUGAGGCCAGAUGUGGUUCGAUUUCAGCUCCCUUCAGCCCCAGCCAGCAUCACUGAUGGUCAGGGAUGGCGGGCGUUGCAUCUGGAAGGCCACAAGUUCUCUGGCCCUGCUCUAUGAGCUGAAUCGUUGAGGGCAGAUUUGCGCAAUCUAAAAUGUAACAGGUAGUAGGUAUGAAUAGGAAUCAGUGUUUAUUUUCUUACUGUCCUGUGCUUACCUUUAGCAUACCCCAUGCUCUCAGCGUGCUGCAAGUGUGAUGGCUGAGCAAAAAUAGGGAGGGGGAUGUGCUGGCAUGGGCAGGGACGCAGAGUUUGGGAUCUGCAGAAUGAAGCAUAUGGGAAAUUUUGUUAGCUGACAUGCAGAGCUCUCUCUCGAGAGCUAAUACAGCUCUGAACCGCAGUGAGGACUCCAGAACCUUAUUUGGCAGUUGAUACAAAUUUAUGGGUAAGGAAAAGAGGACUGUGGCUCAGGUACAGCUUGAGGCAUUCUCAAGGCCAUUGGCCCAGAGCUACCAAGUUUAAUUUAUUCUUGUUCUCAGAAAAAAGCAGUAUCUUAUUUCACGUUUGGGUAACUUUUAAAAUAUUUCUUUUAAGUUCAAAAAAUUAAAGCUAGGGGAUGCAAAACAAAAUAAAGCCCAAACUCCUCUUUUUGUAAGUAGGAGAAGAGGUGGUGGUGAUUUCUGCAUUAUAACAGCUUCUUUAAUGACACUUUAAACAAUGCGAUGUCAACGAAGUAGUUUUACGAGUCUAAUAAAUUCUACAGUUGUGAAAUUUAAAAAUUGCUACUGAAAUAGACAUGUUAGGUUGAGCAGCUAUGUGCAAGACAGCAAAAUGCUCAGUGGCGCUUCUUUUUCUGUUCAUCUUUUCCUCUCCAAUUAAUGUUGCAUUUGUGUGACAAGAUCUAUUUGUGAUCCUAGUUCUGAUCAAGCAACUGAAUUUGUAGAUAUAUGCUGCAAAUACUGGGAUAUUUUCUAAAUAAUUACGGUUUUGUUAAAUAAAAGUAAUUGUAUUUAGUUUCAUUCUUAAAUGAUUACGUUGAACGACUUAUCGUUUUAGAACAUUCUUGUUAUUCCCCCCCC